AUGCUAGGUAGGGGCAAUCAAGCUUCGGCGACUGGGUCUGAGUGGUCCAGAGACCCUGGCAGAGACAAUGAAGCUUACCUGGUGGAGGAACUCAAUCACAGUACUUUUUUCCUUCAAGUGUCCCCAUGGUGAGCAGUACAGAAUACUAGGAAGAAUACUAGCGUUCCGUGUUUUUAGAACUUCAAGAGUUAAAUGUAUUAAGUGGAUUUACAAAUUUAAGAGCACUAUAUCACUACCCCUAUGCUUAUGAUUAAGAAUGGUUAAGCACAAAACGCUUAAAGGACCACUAUAGGGCCAGGAAAAACAUAUUCGUUUUCCUGGCACUAUAGUGCCCUGAGGGUGCCCCCACCCUCAGGAUACCCCUCCCGCUGGGCUGGAUGGCAAGGAAAGGGGUUUUUACUUCCUUCCAGCGCCGGGCGGGGAGCUCUCCUCCUCCUCUCCGCCUCCUCUCCUCCUCUUCGGCUGAAUGCGCAUGCGCGGCAGGAGCUGCGCGCUCAUUCAGCCGGUCUCAUAGGAAAGCAUUUACAAUGCUUUCCUAUGGACGCUUGCGUCUUCUCACUGUGAAAAUCGCAGUGAUAAGCACGCAAACGCCUCUAGCGGCUGUCGAUGAGACAGCCACUAGAGGAUUUAGAGGCUGGAUUAACCCUAACAUAAACAUAGAAGUUUCUCUGAAACUGCUAUGUUUAUAAAAAAAUGGGUUAAUCCUAGAGGGACCUGGCACCCAGACCACUUCAUUAAGCUGAAGUGGUCUGGGUGCCCAGAGUGGUCCUUUAAGGUGGAAAACUUGGUGGGCUUUGUAUUACAAUAUGUAAGCAGAGUAUAUGCUGUAAUUUGCCUCUACAAUGGGAUGUUUUUGAUUUCUGCAAUAAACAUCAUGUUUUAUUCUAAGCCCUGGAGCAUCGAUUUUUGUAAGUUCUAUUUCUGCAUGGCUGGCCAGCAACAGUGUGUUUUUGGAGCUCGGACUGCUAAACAGUGGUGGAUAUCUAUGAGAGCAAUUAUCGUGGAUUUGUGAGCUGUUCCAAUCUUUUUUGUUUUUGUCAUCGAGCAUAUCAAUCCUAUGAUGCUUUGUCAGAUUUUAGGAUGGAAUAUUACCAUUUAUUUUGAAAGCCCCCUCAAAGUGCCAUGUCUGCUUACAUUGUGCUGUUAGGAAGUGGCCGGUAGAUAUACUUACCUGACCCACCUGAAGUCUUCUUUGACUUGGUCUUUGGCUCCUUGUGGUUUCACCUUACAAUAGCAACAUCACCAGUGUCCUUGGAUGACCUUGAGCAUACACAGUGAGAUGCUUGUUAGAAGAAGCUCAGUCCCAUUUGGCUCCCUACUAUGUCCCUACUUUGUCAUAUCUCCUCAAUGCAUUGGAAUGUCAGUGAAACUCCAAGGCAGUCAUUAUGAGUUUUUCAAAAAGAUGCUAUCUGUAUUAAAAACUCAAAAGUGACAGUGCUGCUUUAGAAGAAACUCUCUUGGAAAACCACUUUGUUCCAGUCUUCUGGGACGCUAUUUGCUUCUUUUUUUAAAUUCAGUUUUUACAGAGACUGUUAAAGAUCAACCCGACAUAUUCUGCUUAUUAAGGCCUUAACCAAAAGGCGGAAGGAGACUACGGACACUAUGGGCAAAAGAGCAAAUACCUCCUAAGGGGAUCUGCCGUUUGAAGUGCAACUUUCCAAAUAACUUUUAAAGAAAAAUCAAAUGCAAAUAUAAAAAAGUUUCAAGGCGUUUGAAGUUGUUUAUGUCAAGCAGCUUUUUUUUGAUUAGUUGUGUGUGUAAAAAUUGUAUUGAAUUAGACAUCUUCAAAAAUAGCUGCUUUCAAAUAUUCGGCCAGGCUUCUUGUAUUUGGCUGUAUGAGGCAAGUUGAUAUCUUUGGUACUGAAACAAAUCUGUAAAAAGAAAGCCUAGGAUAAUUGCUCUUAAAUAAAAAAACAAGGGCCCCACUUGAGGCGGAUAUACAGGAGUGUCCUGUGGCCCCCCAUUGUAUGGAGUUAUCUGGAGUCAUUCAGGGUCCUCCUCACUACCUCCAUUACAGUAUCCUGUUAGCUCUCAUAAGCUAAGCUUUAACUCAAUGGCUCUGAGUAGUCAGUUCUAGUGGUAAUGGUGCUUGGCUUUUUCCUUUAAGGAGAUGGUUGGCUAACAUCAGAGUUAUAUUACACAGGGUGUUUCGUGUUAAGAGAAUUAAAAGCUUGAGUUGUGGUAAAAGGGGUGUUUGCGAUUAUUGAGUUUAAGGUUAGAGUGGGGUUACAUUUAAUAUUGGGGUACGAGGUCUUUAAUUUUUAAGACGAGUUAAACCUAGGAUUAAGUUAAAGUUUUUUUUGUUUGUUUUUUCAUUAUUGGCUCCACAUUGUCAGACAUUUUGUUUAGUGUAGAUACAGAGUUACUUCAACAUUUUCAAGUUUUUUGUUUUUUUUUAAAUACAUGCUCAUAUUAUUUUUUUUAUUGGUUUGUUCUGCGUAAUCUUAUUGCAUACCAAUAUAUCGAGAUAUAGUUAUUGUUAUUACCGUUUCUUUUUAAUUCAUUUGCAUAAUAUCAGUUUGCGAUUCCAAGCUGAGAGAGUUUAGAUGCUGAGUGGAUUGGAAAAAGAUGAUUUGGUUUGCAACCAUUUGUGGAAAUAGUUGGUUAUUAGAGGUUGUCUAAACGAGUAAUUGAUAUUUCGUAGAAGCAGUAAAUGUGGAUUAUGUUCUUUCUUUAAAAGUCUAGAAAUACAUGCGGUUUAAGUUUCUUUAUUGCAGGAGACAUUGUAAUAUGAUCCCCUGUCUAUUAAGGUGAAGAAUAUUACUUGUUAAUGCAAUAUAGUAUGCUGACAUUCGUUGGUGAUAAAUUCUAUGAGCCAGUAAUUGAAUUGCUCAUUAGCCAGAUUUCCUUGUCUACUAUGGAAAUUAAAUUCUGACAUGUUUGAAGCCAUUUUCUUUUUUACAUAUAGUAUGAUCACUGAUUAUGUUGCUAUCGUAUAGAUUGUGGUGGCCACAAUUAUAUUCUCAAGUAAUAUUAUUAUUAUUAUUAUUAUUAUGGUAUUUAUAUAGCGCCAUCAAAUUCUGCAGCGCUUUACAAUGGGUAAUAUAGUUACUAUGUGUUAUAUAGUAUUGAGUUAUACAAUUAAAGUGAACUACCAGAAUAUAGGAUCAGAGAUAAAAUAGUAGGUGUCUCUUUAAAACAAAUUUGUGGGUGUGUUCCUAUAAUAAUAUCAUCAUAUCAAUAUUCAUAUUAAUAACAAUUGAUAAUAUUUUUAAUAUUAAUACAAUUAUUAAUGGUUCAAAUGUUUCACAAUAUAUAAUUUAAAAUAUAUUGCCCUCAAUUAUCCCUACAACAUGUGAAAUGCUGAAGGUGGCGUAUCCCUGAUUUGAAGAGUAGUCUAAAAUGGAAUGUUGCCAGUUACCCACAAUUCCUGGUUUUGUUCGAUUAAUUCUUACAUGCUCUGGAGCCAUAUAUAACCAAGUGCUUUUAUUGCUGCCAUAGAAAAUUUAGCCAGUUACCAAAAAGAUUGUGGUGAGGCCAAACACAAUGCAACUUACUACAGUGCAAAUACAAAAACAAAUAUUGUUAUACAGGUGAUGGAUAGCAAUAAUAGUUUAAAUAGAAAUUUUACCAGUUUAUAUAACUCUAUAAAUUUCAAUAUUAUUUUCUAAUAGAUACAAUUGAUGGUCUGUUUGGCUAUUACUGUUACUAAAAUGUUUUAUGAGCCUAUGUAGUUAGCCAUGUAAAGGCCGUCAGGCAUAUUGACUUAAUUGAGAAUUCAAAGUUAAUUUGAACUUUAAGGUCAAAAUAGCUGGUCUUAAAUUUUUAAUUCAUUUAGAAUUUUCACUUUACGAAAUAACCGUGCCUGCGUGUGUGUGAGGAAUCUAUUCACUAAACAUUGUGUACGGGACUUAUCAAAGUGUUUUAAUUGGAAAAGUGAUGCAUACUUGUAAACGUUUAAUAAUAAUCAACAAUGCAAUGUGUCUGCUGUUUCCGCGAUUGCAAUUGCUCCUUAUUUAGCACUUUGACCCAGAAAAGUACUCCAUAAUGGUUUACUUGAUAUUAAGAGAAAACUCCCCCACUAUGAAUGAUUAUCUUCUUUUCCUUCUAGGCCGCAAGUUCCUGAUUGCAAAUGCUCAGAUGGACAAUUGCGCCAUAAUCUAUUGCAAUGAUGGAUUCUGUGACAUGUUCGGGUACUCCAGAGUCGAAGUUAUGCAAAGAUCAUGCACCUGUGACUUCCUCACCGGGCCGGAAACCACGCACAGCAGCAUCACCCAACUUACACAGGCCCUGCUGGGGGCCGAUGAACGCAAGCUGGAGAUUCUGUACUACAGGAAGGAGGGUAGGACAUGUCUAAACAUCUUAUUUUCAAGCCUGUCUUUUUAAUGCUAUGAUAAAUGUCACUCACAUCAUAUGAUGGAGGAACACCAUUAGAACCCAUGACCUUAGGUCUGUAGAUAUGUAGUAGACAACUGAUGUAGUAUUUGUUUUCUAAUACAUGUCUUUUCUAGUGGCUACGAUGGUCAGUCAGUUGUUCAAGUCCACGGUUGACCUAGUUGCCUUGCUUGCUGAUGGAACCUUUGAGAAUUCCUUGUAACCCUCUGCGAAGUUGAAUGUCUAUCUCUGCUUUAAACAUGUUUGCAACCUAUCUCAAAUGUUGAGCAGAAAGAGCACUGGAGUGCAUAGAUGGCAGAGAGCAGUGUGGACACCAGGGAUUUAAACAGUUUCUAAUCAGAACAAGAGAUAACAUUUCAGAUCAUCAAAGACACUCUAUUGUGCAUAACUUGACUAUUACAUCAUAUGUGUUAGUAACGUUUUUCACUUAGCCUUGAAAGAAGAUACAUAUUUAAAGGCACAUAGCAUGACUAAAUCCAAUUAUAGUCUGCUUACAUUAUUUAUAUACUUGAUAGCUAACAUAUUUAUAGAUUAGUAGAUCAUUUUAAAAUAAGAGAGUAUGAUACCCCAUUUGUCUUGUUACCUGGGUGUCUGGCUAAAUGCAGUCUAUUUCGAAGAUCCAUACAUACUUGUAAGUCCUUUGGCACUCUCUUUAAUUUGUACCAAGAGCUAAGCAUAAGUAGAAAGACUACAGAGAAUGUGAGACGGGCAUACGUAGAACUUUCAUAUGCGACCUCGAGACACUAAAAAUGGUCAUGGGCAUUUUUUGUAAUAUCUGCAAAUUCAUAUAACUGUAUAAUCUAGCUGUUCGAAAAAGUACAUUGCAUAGAUGAAAUGGUUAGGAGAGAAAAAAGGGUCCAUGCAGAAUGCCUGUAAUGAUUUAACCCCUUAAGGACCAAACUUCUGGAAUAAAAGGGAAUCAUGACAUGUCACACAUGUCAUGUGUCCUUAACAGCGUUAAAGAAAAUAGUGUGGUAAGUGGGCACUUGUAUCUUAUCAGCACAAGUUAAAGUAUAACGCACCAUGAAUAAAUUGCUUACGUGUACAUAUAUAUGUAUAGAGAGCAAUCUUCGGUAAUCAUGUCCAGUUGUGCCAGUGCUUUAUUUAAAUAGUCAGCAUACACAGUUAACAGCAUUCUGGCAUUCUGUGCAGACAAUGAAUACGUGUCAACGUCUCAGUAUUCCAAUGGACCUUCUCUGUCUGCAUGUAUUUGCAAUUUAGACAGUGGAGCUUCUGGGCAUUUGAAGGAGAAGGCUGUCAGUGAAUGCUAAGCAUCUAGAAUAUAUCUUAAAAAUAUUUAUUUUCUUUGGCAAAAAAGUUUCAUCUUUAUACAUUUUUUAUUUGUCUGCAAAAAAAAUAAAAAAUACAGAUGGAUGCUUUAUAACUCCAAAUGCCAUUUGGGUUAAAUAAAACCCCCCACUUUUUAUGCUCUGCCAGCCCAUAUGGGUUUUGGGAUUGCCCAUGGGGCAAUAUAGUAAGGUAGUAAGUAUGGAUCUAGCUCCAAAAAGGGUGUAUGUGUUUGAAUGCAUGCACGAGUUAGUGUCUGUGUUUGUAUGUGUGUUGUUAGGUGGGUGCAUCUGUGAUUAGAUACAUGUUUGUGAUAAAUGUUGCAUGUAUAUAUGUGAUUGGUGAAUUAGUUAUAUGUGAGAAAUUUGAAUAUGUCAGGUAUCCCAAAUGUGCUGAAUCGAGUGGGAGAGUUCCUAUUUUGGGCUUCUGUCAUGUCAUCCCGGAUUUGUUACCCGUUGUCCCACUUUUGUGGACACCAGGAAACUGUCCUCAGACAACGUAGCGUAACCUCAUCAUUAGAUUCACUCUCGCUGCACUGGGACCAAGCACAUACUGGGCCAGCCAACUUGAUUGACUUGACGUGCCCUUUCCUUGGGUGGGUCCACUCUCUUUCUGAGCAAGUACGUUUGCCACCCACCCUAGUCUCGAGGUGGGGACAGCAUUUUAUACUUAGAUCCAGAUAGUAGAAUGUGUUGAGCAAGCCCUGACAAUAUGCUUUAUUGUUUACUGAGAUAUUAAGAGGUUCCACUGCCCUAACACGUUAAAAUCACUUAUUUUAUGCCCAAAUCAGAAUUAACUUCUUUACUUACAGAGAAAUAGAAAUGCACAAUGCAAUCAUUAAAUUGGAUGCAGUCACAUCUGGCACUGAAAGGUUUAAUUAAUCUCUUGGGCUUUUGAAUGAAUAAAAGGCUUAUCUUUGUUUUAAAGAGUGACAAAUGCAUUAUAUUCUAGCUUUAUAUAGCUCCGUGCAGGAUUUUUAAUCUUGCAUUAUUAUAUAAAAACAUAUCGUGUACAGAUCUCAACUCUUGAACAUUUCCGUCACAUUUCGCCUUAAAAAUGCUGUAUUCCGACUUGCCUGUAUCCCACGUAUUAUAUUUAAAGGUUGAAAGAUGUCAUGCCAAGGUCGUGUCUGCUUUUCACGCAGUUCCCAGGAGACAGCUUUCCCAGAAUGCAAAGUGGAACGCUAGUAAUGUGUAAUGUGGUCUGUAAACCCCUUACUGACAGGUGUGAAAAGGAAAUGCGGAAUAAGUGGAUUGUGUGUACGUGGUUUGAGUACACAGGUUUAAAUGUUACUUGUGUGCGUAUAAAUAAUUUUUCGGUCUGCAUUUAGUUUUCUCUAGAAUAGUUGCAAUUUUAUCUUUGUGUGUGAUGCCGGUUUUUGUUACUUUGUAUUAAAUUUUGUGAGUGUGGUAAAACGUAUCUAUCCUUAUAGCCAGUGGGGUCUGAAUAAAGAUGGUGGCCUCAAUACCUAUGUCUGAUGUCCCUAAAAAUGUCACUGGAUUGUGCCUGGAUGUUUGUCUUCUCGAUAUCCAUAGUGAAAGUAAUGAGGAGGAUUUGGGCUCUGCUGGGAUAAGAUGGGUGGUGAAUUCAAAGGUUCCUUUGAGCCCUUAAAUAGAAACCAAAGAAGUAAUUAAGUCAUGUAUUUAUAUUGUAGGACAAUGACUUUGAACAGUAGUCUUACGCAAGGCAAAAAACAAAAUAAAUUGGUUUGUCCAAAUCGAUUCAUGGAAAAAAAAGAUCUUUUUGGUUGAUUUGGGAUUUUUCCCAUGUGUUUCAGUUCAUACAAGUUUCCUCCAUGCUAUUGUUUUAUAAAAACGACGAAUCAAAAUGGCGUGAAAAUUGUGUGCAUUAAUUGUUUCAAACAUCAAGUAUGAAAAAGUAAGCAAUAGAGGAGAAAAAAGGAGGAACAGUGAAGGAAAUCUAUAUUUAUAUAUAUUAUUUAUUAAUAAUUUAAUAUAUACGUUACAUAUACUUUGAUCAGCCACAACAUUAAAACGACAUGCCUAAUAUCGUGCUGCCAAAACAGCUUUGAUGUGUCCAGGACCUGUGAAUGGGUUCUGUGGUAUCUGGCUCCAAGACAUUAGCAGCAGAUCCUUUAAGUCCUGAAAGAUGUGAGGUGGAGCCUCCAUGGAUCAGAUUUGUAAUUCCAGCACAUCCCACAGAUUCUUAAUCAGAUUGAGAUCUGGGGAAUUUAGAGCCCAAGGCAACUCUUUGUCAUGUUCCUCAAACCAUUCUUGAGCAAUUUUUGCAGUGUGUCAGGGUGCAUUAUCCUGCUGAAAGAGGCCACUGUCAUCAUUUAACACCGUUGCCAUUAGGGGUGUAUGUGGUCUGCAGCAAUCUCUAGGUAGGUGGCAUGCGUCAACGUAACAUCCACAUGAAUGCCAGGACUCAAAAAUUUCCAAGCAAAACAUUUAUGACUUUUGGUAGGUACCAACCACUGCAUACAGGGAACACCCCACAAGACUUACCGUUUUGGAGGUGCUCUGACCAAGUUGUCAAGCCAUCACAAUCUGGCCCUUGUCAAAGUCACUCAGAUCUUUUCAUUGCCCACUUUUCCUGCUUCCAACACAUGAAAUUCAAGAACUGACUGUUCACUUGCUGCCAAAAAUAACCUAUCCUUAGGCAUGUAUAAUCAAUGUUAUUCACUUCACCUGUCAGUGGUUUUAAUAUUGUGGCUUUUUAGCUUAUAUAUAUCCCGCAGCUUUUUUUCCCCCUCUGUUUGUCACGUCUCACUUGAUCUGUGAACAUUUAGUGGCAGUCCUCUUACCACCCAUCACGAAGCAAACACAAUGGCUAAUUCAUUGUCCUUAUCAUUUGUUUUGUGAUUCUGUCAUAUUUGGAAUUCGAAGAGUCUGAUGACUUGUAAUUAAUUUAAAACCAACUGCACAAGUCUAUUGAACAGACAUGGUGUAAACCAGUUUAGCGAGCCUAGAUCAUGGUUAUUGAGCAACCAAAAAAUAUUUGAAUUGCACCACUAGCAAUAUAUAAUUCUGGACUUUAUUCCACAAAGGCUUUGACAAAGACAUAUUUAGAGGGUCAAAGCUUUGCAGGGUCCACACCUUGAUGGAAUAAAUUCCUUGAUAUUGAAAUUGUGUUACAAUUCCAUAAAUUCUUCAGUUACUUAAUACCCAUAAUCUAUGCUUAUUGAACUGGAUUUAUUUCUGUCAGCUCAAUGUUCUUAUCCUUGAUGUAUUAACCUGGAUAAACUCUUCAUAUGCGUGAUAACCUUGGAUCUGGAUUUUUCUUUUGAAUAAUACUAGAACAGCCACCAUCUAGACUGCUAUGGUGUAUUCAACUACUUAAGUACUUGACAUGAAUUGACAAGGAUAGAUAAAUAGAAUAGUGAUAGCUUAUGUGGAAAACCACUUAGGAAGCAGGGAAAUCGCAAAAAAUCCUGGCUAAAAAAGUGAGAAAUUGGGUCUAUCUACUAAAUAUCGCUCUAAAACUAGUCAAGGAGUCACCGUAAAAACCACCUAAUAGAAUAAAAAUAACAGCAAUAGUAAAACUGAUAAGAAAAAAAAAAAGACAAGGCGUUGAGAUAGUAUAUACACAAAGCAAUGAAAGACAAAUACUAAAACAAAAAAAGUUCAAAUAAAGUCCAUCCAAUAUUCACAAGUGCACAUAAAAAAAGUCCAAAUGUUGUAUAGUUAGUUAGUGAUGGGGAAAUUAGAAGAAAUGUAGCAAAAUGUGUUUAAGUGCUACAAACUGGACAUGUACUGUAGAGACAUUAGAAGCACCUUUUUCCCUGUAGGGACAGUGUGCAUAAGUAAGAGCCGCUACCUAAUAUGAAUUCCUAAUUUUGGGUAUUAUAUGUGAUUUUAUGUUGUAUUUUUGCACAUUAAGUGCUCUAUCAUUUAGCAAGAUGUAAUUUUAUUAUUGCUACAGUAUAUGUCCAUUUUGUAGCACAUUUUGCUACAUUGUUUUUAAUAUCCCCAUCACUAACUAACUUUAUAACUUGGGCCUUUUGUAUGUGCACUUGUGAAUAUUGGAUGGACUUUAUUUGAAUUUAUUUUGUUUUUACUCUAUUUGUCUGUCUUUAGGGAGCAUGAAAACGCACAAAAUACCGAAUGCUGAUCGUGUGCUGCUCAUUUGUGGGAAUGAUUCCACCGAACAGUGUUCUAUCUUAUAUCAGCUCCUGGCCUUUUCAUCAGUUUUACUUAAUUGCUGUUAUUUUUAAACUGAAAAGGGUUUGUCUUGGCCCAAUAUCCAGGCAUAACAGAGAUUUGUUUCCGUUUGCGUCCUGUUUAAUUCAAAUAAAUAUCAUGCAAAAUAUCAAGAGUACUAUAGACAAUCUUGAACCUAUAUAAGUGAACAGUGACUGUUAACAAGUUGUAUAAUUAAACUGAUGCCCAUAGAACCUUCAAUUUGUAUAGGGUAUCUCAAAAAUGUUUUCACGGAUGAUCUCCUGGAGAAACUCAAACAUCAAGGGCUUCCUUCAAUGUGUGGACCUGGAGCUGUAGCUCCAAUAGCCCCUUUAAAAAUCUGACUGUAAAUGAAGACUGUAGUAUCUGAGCUGACCAGGCUGCCAUAUUAUGAUUAGUAUGUGUGGAGUCCACAUAGGUGUUCACAAAUGGGUAGGAUGAGUCCAUGAUUGUAGUGGAGCUACAAUAAUAAAAUCCAAAAUCUCCACUGGUGUUCUCAGAAGCUGGAAAAGAAGCAUUGUUUGGCAGAUAUAGUAUUAUUAUUAUUAUUUUUUUUAAUUAUUAUUUAUAUAAUACCAGCAAAUUUUGUAGCCAGACGAGACACAGUUCUGGGAGUCAACUGGUUUAUUCAGAGCCACACAUGGCCUUUUCUACAAAAGCCCAAACAUACGGUUUCCCAUACAAAUUUACAGCGUAAUCCUUCACAUGAUCCUCUGUGCCUGAGAGAUAAUUACCUGGGGGAAAAACAUAUAAAUAAAUUAUCUCUCAGGUAUAGAAAAAUCUAAAAUUUGUAUGACACCCCAAAACACACAUAAAACAACCAUGUACCCCCUGAAGUCUUAUAUGCCCAGAGAGCCUGGAUCUGAGUGCACAACAUAUCCGAAAAGCUCUCAGAUCCCACGAACACAGCCGAAACGCCACCGGGGUAAAGUUUUGACCGACUGCACACGAGGCUCCUGCUCAAAAUAGUUCCAUAGAAUCUGGGGUAGCGGUCGGUCUCUUUCAGGAGCAUGAAAAUGCACAAAAUACCGAAUGGAUGCUUUCACCUGUAUUUGUGGGAAUGAUUCCACCGAACAGUGUUCUUCUCAGAUGUAUAGAAACUAAUGCAGGCGGAGAUGGAAGUUCAGCAGUGUUCAUGAGGUCGUGUGUCCGAUUUGUGUUCCAUGCACUCGACGACCAAACACCGCUGCCUGCUUUUGAGGGAACAAGAUGGCUACCACCACGUGUUCAUACAUACAAACAACGGUCACCCAGCCAACCAUUUAGAACACUGAGGUGUGAACCAUUAUGGAAGUGUUAACAGGGGUGAUGGAGGUUAACAAGCAUACGGGUGGUCUGGAUCUUUCGUGGUUUUGUUCAGUUGUCGAAGAAAACAAGGGGAAAAUUAGGUGAAAAGGUUUUACCGAACAAACCAGGGAAUCAUAAGGGAACAUAGGUCAACUCCGCCACAGUGAUCACGACAUUGAUCUCACUCACUAGUUGUUAUUGGUGGUAAUAGAGUAAUAGAGUCGCAUAAAAGAGAAUCUGCGUUGUAGCAAAGCAGCUCAUCUUGAUGGAGGUUGCUGGGAUAUUGAAUGUCUCAUACUGAGACUCCAGCAGCCACUAUGUUUCUAAAGAAGCUGGAUACCAAUCCCACUGGUAUUUCAGUGGCUAAGAGAGUCAGCUGAGUGCUCAUAACCAAUAAAUGAACCUUUGUGGAAGACGUUUGCAGAGAAUUUACAUUAGCCAGCCCGGAACUUUCAUUCCAGACUGGCUAAUGACGUUGCCAAAGAUGGAGUUAAAUUAAUUAAAUUAAAUCUCAUUCAAAAUAACAAAAGUAUGAUAGACAAUAUUGAAACUACAGAGGUGGACAGUGACCAUAAAGAUGUAGCAUGAAGGUCUAGCUGGUAAGCUGUUGAUGAAGUAAGAUGUAAGAUGAAGUUUGGUUGGUUAGUAUCUGAUACUAAAUUAAUAAAACAUAUUUUAAGGGUUCUAUUUCACAAACUUCAAAUUUGGUUAUCGGUUAAAUCAAGUCAUAUAGUAUGAGGAAGAAUAAAGUUCCCAAACUUUAUAUUGAUACCCAUAAAAACUUCAAUUUCUUUAGAAUGUGUCAAAAAUAUGGCCAAAUGUUUUCACACAUGAUCUCCUGGAGACUGCAGUAGGCUGGCGUUUGUCAAAUAUGGCUUUAUGAUUAAUCUAAAUGGAUUUGCUGCAAUGAGAGGUCUGCUAGCUGGUCUAUUGACAUUAAUAACGCAUAGUAUGAAUACAUUCGUUAGCAGAGAGUUCUCCCGAGGGUUGUUAUUCAGCAGUGUGUUAGAGUUAAUUAACACGCAAUUAGCUAUUUGUUUAAAUUCAUGCUAUUUACUUCUUGCUGACAUGACUAGAGGUACACAAGACUUGACUUCACUUGACUAGACUAUACACAGAAGUCAGAGGUGGGAAAGCACAGGAAUUGGAACAAGAUUUGGAAAAAAUAUAACUGGUAUUGAAAGUGAAAAGUACAAUGGGGAGGCUUGAAUAUUUGUAAGUGGAGUCAACUAGAAUAUUUUAACUCAACUUAGAAUGUGGUUCUUGGUUUCCUUGGAUGCUGGAACUGGGUGAGACUGGAACAGGACAUCAAUGUCUCCGUCACAUGUUGACCAUUUUCUAAUGUUACUGAUUGUAAUUUGAAUCCACUUGUAAUGCUGCAUUUCCAAUACAGGUGUAUGACUGCUGGCAAUAAAGGGGCAAUUGCCCCCUGGGUCACUACCCUACAGGGGUUGUUGGCAACAACCUCAAAGUCACAACAUUAUUUUUCUGCUGAUUAAAAGCUGCUGGACUUGCAUUACAGUGUCUCUUGGUAUGGUACUGGAGAACUGAAACAGCAAGCAGGAAUUACACAUAGUGUUUGCUAGCUCAACAAUAUAUGGGUUAGCGCUUGGCUCACAGCCCAUGAAUUCAUUGUUCUCCAGGGCUGUAGCUCCAAUAGUCCCUAUAUAAUAAAUCUGGCUGCAAAUUGAGACUGCAGCAUCUGGGCUGACCAGGCUGCCAUAUUAUAGCCAAUAUGUGUAGCAUCUACAGAGGUGUUUGCAAAUGACCACAUGUUGAGACGAGUCCUUGAUCUCGACAUUCGUAGCUAGUAGUUACUGAUGGUAAUGGAGUCAUAUUAAAGAGAAUCUGUGUUGUUGAUCCUGUGAAUAGCUUCUCAUGCAAUGCAGCUCAUAUUCAUAGAGGUUGCUGGGAUAUUGAAUGUCUCAUACCAAGACUCAAGCCGCUUCUGUCUGUCUGCAAAAGCUGGAUACCGAUCCCACUGAUAAUUUAAUGGCUGAGAGAGUCAGCUGAGUGCUCUUAGCCAAUGAAUGAACCUUUGGGCAAGAAGUUUGCAGAGAAUCUACAUUAGUUAGCCCGGAACUCUCAUUCCAGACUAUCUAAUGACACUGCCAGAGUUGGAGUUACAUUUCUAGCAGGAACAUCAAAUAACUUAGUAUCUCUGUAAACAAGGUCCUUACACCAUUGAAGUAGGGCUGGUGAAGUAGUCAUGGUGCUUGGAGUAACUCUUUAAUUCUGCACCACUUUAACACCAUAAUAUCCUUGAAUUUUAUAUAUUUCUAUAUACUCUUUCUGGGUGUAGGAUUCCAAUCCUGCAGACACAAUGUGACAAAGGGAUUACCUAGACUCCUUAAGGAAUCUUUUCUUGUAGAGCUAACUUGUGGGAGGACUACAGGCUGUGUUAAGUCAUUAUGAAAACAUUACCUAAUCUAUGGGUUUUGCUUCUAUUUCAGACAUUCUCUAUAGCCGUACAUGCAAUUGCAAGCUAUAAAGAGCUAUUACUAGAAGUUAUUAGUCUAGAUUCUUCAUAUCCGUCACCCAGAAGAGAAAUGACCCUUCCGCCACUCUGGCCAGCCUUUCUAUAUCCGCAAUCACAUUUCUGUGAGGCUUCACAGGUGCAAAACAUUAUCUAAUUUGAACUUCAAGACACUUGUUGUCUACCCGCAUGUCAAAAAAUAAGAGGGCAACAUGAAUUUGAAAGUAAGAAUUAGAUGUCUUCUGCUGCCAGUUUUUAUCUAUGACUAUACAAGUAAUUUAGAAAUAAAGAUAAAAAUGAACUUUAAAAAAAAAACAAAAAAAUAACUUUUUGAAUCAUGAGUAAUUAAGUCAUGCAGUAAGUAUUACCUGAACAACCUGCUCUAUCUGUGACACAUAACUGCUACAUUUGGACGGUCCUAUUCAACAAAUGCCAGAGGACACAAAAGCAGUAACAAUGGCAAGAGGUAGAUAGGGGAUGCAAUUAACACCAAUUAAAAUAUAGUGGCUGUAUUUUGUGGGUUGUAGAUUUUUUUCUUGUGUAGAUAAGAUACAACUUGAGUACGUAUGAAAAAGGCACACAUACACACACACAGACAUGCACACACACACACACACACAUAUUUUAACACUUGCUCACGUGCACAUACACCUUUCAAAUCUUUUCCAUUUAUAGAUCAUUAGCAUAUAAUAAUUGCUUCUAGCGCAGGGAGCUGUAAGAUGCUCAUAUUCCAUCAUUCUUCGUCUCUCACCGCUUCCCCAGAAUCUGUCUCAUAACAAAUGCAUCGAGAGAGGCCCCCUCCUAUUUUCUGCCUUUGUUCCUCUAUCCUUAGACAGAGGCUUAGCGAGACACAGAUCUAUGAAAGUGGGAGAUAUAACUCGCUUUGACAAAUUCUAACAGCUGUAGGUGAAUAAGAAGCAGUUUGUUGUGGCUUCCAUCCUGCUGCUGAAGUCUGCGCUUUUUUAAAGAGGUUAGGUGUGAAAAUUGGUACAUGAGCUGCAUGCUCUUACACAGCCGUAGGGACAGGAUACAAACAUAUAUUAAUCGAAAACGGACAUUAGCCAGGUCAUAAUAAAUAAGUUCUGGAAGUCCAAGUUUUCCAUUGUUUUGUUGUGAUGCUCUAUUGAACAUUAAAGUAGAGAAAGGACCGAUAACACACAGUAAAAAAAUAGAGGGAAAAGGAAUAUAUUUAAAUCUCUAAAGGCAUAUUCAAGGCUUGACAAAGGCUCACGUAGAAGCCGAAACAUUGUCUCCAUUUCUGUGUUUCAAAUAAAGACUGUCUUUUCAAAAGAAACUGUCAGGUGUGACCGGAUACUUGUAUUUACUAUCUACAAACAAAAUCAAACUCUUGUAGUAAGAGUAACUGUUUCUAAGUGCUUGUUUUCACUCAGAAUUGAUUUCAAAACUCUAAAACGGCCCUUCUAGAUCCAUUUUGCUUUUACCUGCAAAGGUGAGAUGAGAUCAUUAAAAGCCUGUCAAUGCGUCCAUCGUGAGAACUGCUAUAUGGAUGGUACUACUGUCAGAACGGCACUCUUUUGGUCAAAGCUGGUCAGUGAGGGAAAUAGUAAACAGCUUCAAAGGGCAAUUUUAGGUUUUAUUUAUCAAAUUAGCCAUAGCCACCGUGAUAUCGAAUUCAGGACUAGGAGACAGGCCACAAAAAAAUUGAGUUUUACAGGGUUGGAUGUUCACUAAAUUGAGAAUUGCUAGGAAUUUAAAGUGACUUUCAAAAUUAAGGCCAGAUUAGGAAAAUUCUCCAAAUAUUUUGAAUCUGGCUUUGAAUUCAUUUUGAAUUCCUGUCAAUUCUCAUGUUACAGGGUUAUUCAACAAAGUGAAUUUCAAAUUCAAGGAAAAGGAAAACGGUCACCAUUUUUGAAGUGUUGUUGAAAAAAAAUAAUGACAUGUAUUAAAGCAUCUGAGAAUUUUGUAAUUAAAGAUAUACUGUGUUUCUGACCAAAGCAGAUUGAAAGGGACACUGUAGCCAUUAUAACCAUUUUAAUUUAAUUGAAUUGAAUUAGUUACAGUGCCUUGAGUAUUCUGGGACCAUCCCACCAUUCAGUGUUAAACCACAUUCCCUCAUUUUAAAACAAAAUAAGCGUCCGUAGACAUCCACAGCCUUGCCCCCAGUGGAGGUCUCAGGCACUUCCUUCUAACCAAAGCAAUUCACACCAGCAGUGGACACAGUGAUUGGCUGACACUCUCAGCCAAUCACUUUGGCUCAGGCUACUGCUAUCUCAUUAUACCAAGCAGCACAGUGGAUAUGGGCAACUGGAGACUCUCAUUCAGUAUAAAAACAAUUUAACACUAAAUGGAAGAACGACACCAAGGGAACUCCAGACACUAUAACCACUUCAGUGAGAUGAAGCAGUUACAGUGACUACAGUGUCCCUUUAAAGAUGGCACAAUUAGAUGCACUAAAAUGGCUAUUUACCUAGGGCUAUGCAUUCAUCUCAGAAUUAUUUGUUUACAUACUCUCCAGAUGCAUAUCAUUUUUUAUUUUUAAUAAUAUUAAUUUUAAAAAAAACAAUAACAGUUUUCCUUUAAAUAUAUAAUUCCAAACUAAAAUGUCUCACUCAUUCAGUGAUAGUGAGUCUGUAUAGACAUAGGCAGAACAUGUUAUGCCAGCAUGAGGUCUUUGACGCAUACAGGGUUAUUUACUACAGCGAGAACUACAGUGAAUGCAAAGUGAAUUUCAAAUUUAAGAUCAACAUAGCUAAACUGGAAAAAUUCUCCCAGUCAAUAGCCACUUUGGCUAAUUCGGCUUUAAAUAUGAAAUCCACUUUGAAAUUAAUUUAGAAUUUUCUGAAAUUCUCACUUUACUGAAUACGCAGAUAAUAUUUAUAAAAAAAGCUCUUUUAGCCUAUGUUUGGAUUCGAAAAUUAAUUAGCCAUUAGUCUUGAAGGUAAGCACAGCCUAAGGUAAGUAUUUGUCUUUAACUACUCCUCCCUUAGCUUUAUCUACUCAAGUGCACUUGACACCUUUUGGGGUCAAAAAAUUCAAAGACUUCACAAGUAACAGUGCCACUUUAACAACCUGGUUGUGAUGAGUGCAAGAAAAUUUCCUUGGCCUUUAAAGAAUUAAUGUGUUUUAACAUAUCUGGUUUCGAAUUUCAUUAACGCAUGCCGUCUGCGUACACUUGGAGUUGUUCUAUGACUGUUUAAAUUGUUUACCUUUUUUUUCAGUCACACUUUGCUGACAUUCCCGUGUUACCAAGCCUAUUCUAAGCCACAGACUGCAGCCAACAAGCUGUCAUCGAGUAAAGUUGCCAGAAUGGGACUUCCAGCAUGUGCUAGACGGCAGCUGACAUUAUGUACAAGGGUUAGAGUUAUAGACUCCCAAUGGCCGAUGGACAGCUGCCAAGCCAUUUUAGAGCCGCUAAAUCUAAACCGGACUUGUUGUAUGACAGCAGUGAUAUAUCUAAACAUACUUGUGCAUGUUGUCAGAGAACAAAUGUCCUGCGUAGUUUCCAGUUACCUAUCUAAAAGCCCCAGGCUUGAUUAUUUUAGUUAUUUUCUGCAACACUAUCACGGUUAUUCACUUCAUUAUGAAUUGUUGGGCACGCAAAAAAAAUGUAAAAUUAAUUUUCCAUUUCAAACCAAAAUAACCAAAAUGGAAAAAAUGUUUUGAAUUUGACUAUAUCAGUCUCAGAUCGUAAACUUGCAUUAACUUUGAAUUCCAAAAAAUUGACGCUUAAAGGGUUACUCCAACUAUCAUAACCACUACAGCACACUGUGUAAAGAAAUAUGUACAGAAUUGAUAUCAGACUGCCCAGAACUCAAGUUAAUGACACCCCAAUGCCGCUGGUGGAGAUACCCCGUCUGGCAGCAGCAGCAUUUUAUAGUGAAAUGGCACACAUACAGAGCCCAGACACCAUGACCACUUCAAAUCAGUAAAGUGGUCGUGGUGCCAUCAAAGACAGGAUGUGGCAGGAGAGCAAGAGAUGAUGUGUAGAACCCCGAUAGUUUGUGUCCUAAAACGAGAUGGCAACUAGCCACGGACUAGUAGAAUGGUAACUAGCACUUUUCAUGGUAAGCUGUUCCAUCUAUCUAAAAUUUUUGAUGACUUAUUAGAGUGUUUAAUCUAUUAUAAAUGUUAAAUUGUGUUCUGUAAAACAGUUUUAUAUGCGACAGUGUGGCUAUUAUUUCACCUACAUCUGUUACGUUAUAUACACCAGAUAAUUCUAUGUUUAAUAUGAUUAAACAGUAACAUGUGGAUAAAUGGGAGCUAUACCAUUGCUAUACCAUUGUGUAAAUGUGUACCGUACAAGCUCUUGCUGAUGAAGAGCCACAGACAGGGAGCUAUAACCCAUUGGGGGUAAUGUUAAAAAAACUAUUCUCAGGAAAUAAAUAUCACAGAGUGUAAGAAUGUUUUUUCUGAUUGUUCCGUUUUGCUCUAGAAUUAAUUUGCAUAUAUAUGCAGUGCAUGCUGUAUUGAAUAAUAAAUACGAACACACCAGAAACCAAUUGAUGAUUGCCGUAAGGCCCUUGUAAAGUUUAUUAGGGUUUAAAUGUAAAUAAUUACAUUAUCUUAAAAUAUUAAACCAAAACUUAAUAGCCAAUAGCCCUAAAAAAACAGAUCUCCUUAACCAAAAUAACUCACCAUACAAGUCUAUUCCCAAAUUUAAAAGGAGAAUAGCUAUACCCCAAUAAUAUACCACGACAAUUAACUUAUUAAUUGAUACCAAUCUUAAAUUAGAUCAUAGAUAAUCAACAGAUAACUGUAAACAUGCAAACAUACAAAUUAUAUUACAAAGAUUUCGUAUAAUUAAAGCGGCGGGGCACCGCUGCAAUGAUCACUGGCACAAGCACAUAUUAAAAAAAAAACAAAAAAAACAGCCCUAUAUGUACUGACGAUUCGUACCCACACUGUGCCUAGCACUGCUAAUAUCUGAUAGCAAGCCCAGUUGAGGAUUCCAAAGUGUGAGCUAUCUGCAGAUUUUAAAAUAUUGCAAAUAAUGUCAGCCUGAACUACCAAAAUCAAACUGUUUAACAACAGCUUGAAUUUAACCCUUUCACUAACUGACCACAAAAGCGGUGCACAUAUUGCUCAAGGGUUUAUUGCCCACUGCAUUACAUAAAUCCCGUUGUGCUUGUUCUUUCUACUGCGUGCAUUUGUUAAGGGAUGGUGGACAGUGGCCUCUGAGUGACACAAAGACAGACAGUAUGAAACAAGAAUGCUAUCGAUAAUUUAAGAUAAGCCUGGAAGAACCGACAAUGUGUAAAGAGCUUGUUACUUUUCUCUUUGCGACAGUGUCAGAGCUAUUCACUUAAGUGUGAAUUGUCAUAGAUUCAGAGUGAAUAACAGAUUGUAGCCUAAUUUUCAGGUUGUUUUGUGAAUUGGCACCAAUUAAAAUGUAAGAUUUAAAAUUAAAAUAUUUCUCAACCCUGCAUAUGUAGCUAAGUAAUAUUUUACUUUGUAUAUAACUGCAUUAUGUAAUAUUAUAUACUUUAGAAAAUGUGCCAGGGCUAAGACAUGUGGUUGGGUAGCACGUGAGAUAAUACAACACGUGUAAUUCAUGCUUCGAGGUUAACAUAGAUUCUGCCAUAUAAGUAGCUUGAAUAUCUGUUGUAUUGCCUCACUGUCUACGGGACCUCCAUCAUAGGAUUUGGGGCAAAUACCUAUGAAACUGUGACAUAAGUAUAUAGGUAUAUUACAUAGCUGUCAUUAAUCUUUUUUAACUGCUUAACAUUAGAUGACUUGCUAGGUCAGACCCGAUAUUAAGGGAUUGAUUUAAAUCUUUGCUUUGUAGGGAUUAAAAAGUGUAUGUUUAAUAUGGGUUAAAGGGUUACUUCAGUCAUCACUAGACUGGUAGCUGAUGAUGGUAGCUGGUGCGUUUCCUUGUAAUACUUUACUGGACUGCUUGUCUCCUUUCUUGCCGGCUUGCGACAUCCAUCUUCUGCUGCACCGCAGAAAUCGGAUGCCGAUCUCGCCAGCCAUUCAUUGGCUGAGAUGGUCCGCUGAUUGUUCUCAGCCAAUUAAUGAACAUCUGUGCAUAGAAAUAUGUACAGAAUGUGCAUUAGGCAGUCCGGAACUCUUGAUCUAAGCUGACUAAUGACUCCAAAAUGGCACUGCCAAAGAAGAGUUACACCCCCGGCUGCAAAAGGUAGGAAACUCGGCUUGUGCAAUGUUUCAUAACAGAAAUCUGCACCUACAGACUUCAGGCAACAUGACUGUGAUGGAAACUGCCGUGCCACAGACCUUUGGAGAGGCUUGAAGGCCAGCCUCCUGCCCAUGGACUAAGGGACUGGUCCCAAGAGCCCCUAAAAGGGGAGGGGUAUGGGUGCCUGGGAAGCUUACUGUGUUUCCCAACUGGACUUGAGGACCUCUGAUGAUUGCCUUGACUCAUUUUAUACAACGAGUGCCUAUUUACAAGAUACCGUAAAAUACUCAUGAACUAUACCGUGGAUUACGACUGUGCCGAGGUCCAGUCAAUCUUUAAUCGCUCUGUCCACUGACAUCUUUUUGUAAACAAAGAAAAUUAUCAACAAAAAAAUUUGAAACAUUAAAAAAGUACCGUAUAUAAAAAUGUGUUUUGUUCCCUAACUUGCAUGUAAUUCAAUCAAUCCUAAUAUAGAUCUCCCCUAAUUCAUUUUCCUUUAGAUUCCCUUAAAUCUACAUAUCACACAGCUGCUCCACUGACAAUCUGUACUUAACUGUGCUUGCAAUCGGUGAACAGAUGUUAUAUAUGCUUUGCAAAGCAGAUGUGUUUACUGUAAACACAGUCUCUGUCUCAGUGUGAUGUGAUUUAAAGGCUUGGAGUGUUGUGAUAUGCCUUGAGCAGCCAGCAAAAAAACCAUGAACGGCUCUGAUUGGUACACUGAGCUUAAUCUCUGAAUAGUAUAUAUUUAAACAUGUUUUUCUGUCUCUGACCAGCAAAUAAUCUACUUUAGUCCCAUCUGGUGGUUUUAGUGGCUAAUGUGGUUUUCUUGCAUCAGAGAAAUUCACUCUACGAGUUUUCACAUCAUGUCACAUGGGGUUCUAGCAUAGAUUGAAAAAAAAAAAUAAGGAUAAACAAACACUGCGUGAAAAUAUUGCAGAAGUGGAUUUUCAAAGAAAAUCUUUAUUUAUAGAAAGCAUGAAUGCAAAGGUACCUCGAGGUUCCAUUUGUGAAAAGAAAGUCUCAGAUGCCCUAGUUUUAAGCAUAACAUAAAAGACAAAUUGAAUGAGAAGAGUAAAGAAGACGAGAGUAAAGAGGAAAAGGCAGGGAAUAUGGAGGUGGACUUGGUUGAGUUUGCAGGAUUUGUGUUGUGAUACAAUGUUACCUGGUGUAGGCCCCAUAUCUCAGACGUUGUAGGCUGUCCAUGGUAUACACACAGUAUGGACGUUUGGCCUAUUAACCAGAAUGGUUCUUUGUAAAGAUGGUCUUGAAAGAUGUCUUGGCAGAGGUGAUGAUACCUGCUCUGAAAUUGGUUUGGUCAGAUGGGAUGAUAACUUCCUCAAAAAAAUUAUUGGAUGAUAUCUGCCAGUCCAGUAUGUAGAGAAGAAACAGAAGACCUUACUCUGGAAAAUUGCUGUGUAAUUCCACAUGGUCCCUGGUUGAAGAGAAGAAGGGUCGAAUAAUGUACUAGGAUGGGUCUGGAUCCCAAGCCUGGGGCUGACUCCCCUGUUCCCAUUACAACUUUGUGACAUUUCAGGUUCGAUGGAAUCCCCAAUUUAACCAAGCUGGGGGUGAUUUACAAUGUGACAUUUUAACAGAAACAAGAAAAGUGUAAAGUGCUUAAGAAUACAAAAUGUAUAAAUAGUGCACAAAUCCACACAAUUACAGAAGUACUCACCAAAGUGACAAACAAACUAGUUUCGGAUGAAGCCCAGGAAGGUGGACGAAACUAGUCACGAAGUGCGUCGCUAAGAGGAAGCCCCACGUGGUUGAGUUACGUUGGAACCCAGAAGGGACCACUGAACACUGGCAUCUUCUUGUUUUACAUGCUCUGUUGUGGGUACCUUGCAGGCAAUACCCACCACGAUUUAUGUAAGAGUUGCUAACCUUUUUUUUUAUUAUAAUAAAGAUUUGGAUACUGUUGAAUUGUGGUCCUGUCCUCUCUGCUUGUCUCCUACUUAUAUAGAAGAACCUAUCUGGCUCAACACACCUGAUAAUUGAGAAUAUGUAUGCUGUCUGGUUAUCCUGUUGUGGGAAGUGUCCCUCUCCAGCUGCAUUUUUCAAACUCAGAGCCAGUGGUGAUUAGGCUCUGGUAAAUGUGAGUUUAAUUACUUUUUAGUGACAGUGUUGCAAUUGAGUGAAAUGUAAUAACUAACUAAAGCAUCUGUGUACUUUCAUAGUGAUAAUCCAGUUUAUAUAUAUAUAUAUAUAUACAUACAUACACACUAUUAUAAGAAUUUGUGUGUUUUCAAGGCGCUUUCAGUUAAUAAUUGAGUAAAAUGACAGCAGCUACCACACAAAUAGGGACUCUCUACCCUAUAGAUUAGUACAAAAAAGAUUAGGUGUACACUCAGUAUUGGAAAUUAAUGAUAAAAACCACCACUGGUGUGCAUAUGGAGCGCUUACAAAUUUGUUGACUCACCCAUAUGGGUUAACAUACAUAUGUAUGGAAAACGUGACUCAUAGCGAUAUAUCUGAAACAAAUGUAAAUGCAAGAAAUAGUGCAGAUAACGUUUUCAAUAAGUGCAGUGAGGGAAUAUUCUAUAUGGUCUCACUCACAUGUAGCAGAGCCCUAUAGGAUAGGCUCAGAUCUCAAUGGCCUGCGUGUGCGUAUGGUGACACAGUUAUGCCUGAUCUCGUCAGAUCUCAGAAGCCAUCCAGGCUUAGGCCUGGUUAGUACUUGUAUGGGAGACCAGCUAGGAACCUACUAUAUAUUUAUAUGUUUUUUAUAUAUAUAUUUUAAUAUUGAUAUCAUCAUUGAAGAUAAGCUGCUGACACAAUUGAGACCUAUUCAAUAAUAAUCAGCAUUUCUCCUAAAAGAGCACACUCCUAUUCACCACCUAUCUUUAUGCAUGUACUGUCACUUUGAAUGAAAAACAUUAGAUGUUUUUAUUUUUUUUGAUAUGUAAAUGUUAUGAAUUAACUUGUAAGCAAUAUACAAUAAUACUAUCCCCCUUUCUCCCUUCAUUUUUUCGUUUAUAUAUCGCUCAAAUUGAGCACCUGGCUUGUAAAUAGGAAGGGACUUGGUUGAAGGAAGGGCAUUUUGCCCAACUUAAAAAUGGACGAUAUGGAACUGUGAGCCCUACAUUGAAAACACGCCCAAUUUGUGAUGCGGCACGUGAUGCUUCGGGUCACAUGACUUGUUCCGAGACCGGAGCAUACUCAUUACUAACACAGCACAGCUGUUCAUGAAAAAGGACGCCAGCGGAUUGGAGGGAGGGAAGUUUGAAGGACCACACAGGAGGAAGUACAAAGUAUUUAAACAAGUAACAGCAGCAACUAUAUUACCGAUUGAAAAAGCUGUCUGGGUACAGUGAAACAUGUUUCGGCUGGAGGAUUGAAGAUUCCACAUUUUAUAAUUUCUCACAAUUUUGUUUAUAUUUUACUUGUAAGUUUUUACUACUUUAUUUAAUAAAUUUUGUUUUAUAUUUGGAAUCCACCCUCCAUUGUUGCUGCUUAAAGAAGGGUAGUUGCCCCCUUAAAGGCACAGACACCUACACACCAGGAGCCAGGUAUAGGGCUCCACAUCAGGUGAGAAGCCACUUUUUCUGCACUAUUUGACAUUGUACAUUGGGAUUGACCGCACUAGGGGUUCUCCUCUUCCCCUUGUUCUCUCUCUCUCUCUCUCUCUCUCUCAUGUAUGCAUAAGGAUCUCCAGACGCCUAGAGGACCGAUUGGGUACUGUGUCACCAUAAGCACACGCAGGCCAUUGAGAUCUGAGCCUAUCCUAUAGGGCUCUGCUACAUGUGAGUGAGACCAUAUAGAAUAUUCCCUCACUGCACUUAUUGAAAACGUUAUCUGCACUAUUUCUUGCAUUUACAUUUGUUUCAGAUAUAUCGCUAUGAGUCACGUUUUCCAUACAUAUGUAUGUUAACCCAUAUGGGUGAGUCAACAAAUUUGUAAGCGCACCAUAUGCACACCAGUGGUGGUUUUUAUCAUUAAUUUCCCAUACUGAGUGUACACCUAAUCUUUUUUAUACAUACACACUAUAUUGUACACGGAGAAUGUUACAUUUUAGACCAACUUAAGUUCUCUGACUCUAUUGCUUCCACCACAGCUAAAAUGUGAUAUUCACUGGUCAUGUAGUGACCAGAUGUAUUGCUAAGGGAGGCUGGGUGGGCUCUAACCUCCUCCUAAUGAGGAGUUUCUUGGUCCCAAACCUAUUUGGCCCCAUGGGCAAUUAAGAGCCCAGAAUCACUAGAUCGACACUGGUUUUCCUGCCCAGUCUUCUCCAUAAGUUUCAGGUGGGAGCUGUCAAGAGUCACAGAGGAGACCAACAGGGAAAGCAGCACAGAGCAGUAUAGAACAAGCAAUUUGCUGCCUAUGAGUCUAAAGAGAUUCAAUGCACAUUCAGGCACCCCAGUUAAAAGGGACAUAUUGUUAUAUAUUGUCAUCUGCCUGCACUUUUAUCACUGUUCUGUUUACACUCCCAUUGAGACCAGCCAGACAGAGAGAUCUGAAUGUUGUAUUUAACUUCUAACCACUGGCCACUUUCCCCCCAACUCGCAUCAGUAUCAGAGUCAGUAUCCUUUUUCGAAAGCAAGUGCGUGAGUAUCUGUGUGUAUUUGUGUUCAUGUGCACCUGUGUGUUUGCGCAUCUAUGGCUUUAUGUAUGCAUCUGUGAAUGUGUAUUUGUAAGUAUUUAACUGUGAGUACGUGUCUCUGUAUGUAUGUGUGAGUGUGUUUUCAUGUAUGCAACCAUAAGUGCUUGUCUUUAUAUAUGUCACUGUGGGUGUGUGAAGAGGCGUAUUUUGCAGGUGUUAUGGUGAGGUGUUCAGGAGGGGCCUUGAGUGGGGUUUGGGUGGGUCUUUAGGAAAGGGUCACCAAGUUCUGUUUUGGACUGCAGUCCCGAGUAUGUUUCAACCCCAGAAAUGCUCAUCGUAGUGACAGAUCUUGCUUUAUUGAAUUACACUAUCACUAUUAUAGUUUAUACGUAGGUAUUAGGUAAUCAUUUUAACUUUAGUUGAUUCUGCCAUUGACACAGGGCAUAACACAAUGGACAGGCGCAUCUGUACGCAUAGCUUUGUAUUUUCAGAUCUGGCUAGCACUGAGUAUUAACCAUGUUGAUUCUGCAUAGUACAUCAGCAACUGCAGUGAAAAAAAAACCCUAGCACAAUUACAAUAUCAUAGUAUCAUAGUCAACCUAACUUCUUUGGACUUAUUGAUAUCCUUCAGUGUAUCAUCAAGUGAUGUCCAAGGUGUUCCAAAACAUGUCCCUAUUUAGUGAUGUGAUUGUGUUGGGAUGUAGGCGGUAAAGAUACAUUUAUUUAAAUCUGGUGGUCAAGCCCAUCAAGUUCAGGCUUUCACACAUUUCUAUUAAUGCCGUGGAUCCUCAAGAAGAUGUUAACCUCCAUUUUUCAACAAAUUGUAUUGGCAUCUUCUUCUUGCAAUGUAAAAUUUUUUGAUUUUUUUUCCAUGUCUGAGCAUGGCUUUCCCCUUUACUAAUUCAUGCCCUGAACAAGAAUGCUCUGUCUUUGACACAACACCUAAUGAUUUAACAGGCCUCUCCAUGCAUUCAUGACGGUAGCAGCGGUGAUCUGAAUAUUCCAUAAAUGCAGGAUUAUUUGCUAGAGUGAGAAUUUAAGGCCAGAAUAGUCGACCUGAAAGCACAAUUGACUUAGAGAAGGGUUCCAGUUCAGCUAUUUUGACCUUAAAUGUGUCACUCUCUCUUUUUCAACUAUUUUCCCAAAUCAUAACUCCCGUAUGUCCUCUGCUCUCCUUUUACUUUCAUCUCUCUCUCCGUGUCUCGUGUAUCCUUCCUCGCUGAGUAUUUUUCCUGUUGACCUUUUAGACUGCAAUGCGUUCUCAGUCAUUCUUGAUCUCCAGCUCGUCUCUGUUAUAUAACAUUGAUACAGAUUUAGCUACUCUGAAUCCCUAGGAUUAAUUCUCCUCGUUGCCAUCACACAAGAGAGGGAGGAUGUGGGGCAGCCCAGCGGAUUCUGGGUGGGGAACCUCAAUGAAUUCCAUUAUCCAUUUAUUAAUAUAUGGAGCUUGCACGGCCAUGCCCUCCUGUGUUAAACAAAUUGCGUAACUGAAAAACGUGCUGUCUGUGUGAUAGGAAGACAAGUUUUUACAAUACUGUUCUAGGUCUGUGAUCGUAGCCAUCAAUACGCACAACACUAAUUAUGAGAAAGAACACGGUGAAUGAAAAUCACUUAAUAAUAAUUAACAUUUUUCCCAAAAGUUAAAGCCCUGUGCUAAAAAGGAUUGAUAUAUGACAGGCGAAGCCUUAAGGUAACACAUUAAAAGUGGUCCGCAGCAAUCUGUUAACAUAUUUUUACACAUUAAAUAACAAUCUGACUUUGAAAUAUACAUACAUGCGGGUGCAUGCACACACAUACACAUACAAUAGUAUAUUAUAUUUUUGAAUCUCUGGUUUUAAUACUAUUUUAGAGUAAGUAAUUAAUCAGGCAUAAAUAAAGGUGAAAUAAGUCUUAAUAUGUCUGUAUAAAAAUAAAAAUAAAAUAUAUAGCUAGUAAAUAUCAAAACCAUAUUUUAAAUGUUCAUUUUGCCGUUACGUAUGCUUGUAUACCAACAGAUUUUCAACCAAGGCAAAACAAGGAAUGAUAUGCAAGAAACUUUUUUACCAAAUGGUAUUUUUAGGUUUUGAGCAGGUGUAGGAAUGUUGAGUAUGCCUUAGCUUUCAGUAUGGAUUGGCUGCAACAAGUUAAAAUAAAAACUAAUUUUCCCGUACAUUUUUCCAGUGUAGGACAAAACAUAUCCUGACUCUACAACUUACUAAAUGGAUAAAUACUUUAAAAAAAAAACAUAAUAACAAGGGAAAUAAUUUUACCGGAGUAAUAGCUGCUUGAUCCAAGUAGAUAUCUUACUGCUAUUCUGAGUUCAAGAAGGAAUUGUUUCCUAGUUUGUUGCAAAAUUGGAAGCACUUCCGACUGGGUUUUUUGCCUUCUUUUGGAUCAACAGCAAAAACAGAUGUGAGGAAGGCUGAGCUUGAUGGACGCAAGUCUCUUUUCAGCCUAUGUAACUAUAUAACUCAAGUACUCUGUACAAAAUGCAACAAUCUCAGAGCCUCCGGACAAUUACAUGUUGAUGGACAAAUGUACUGUUUUCCGCUAUGGCUUUCCCAAUAAAUUGCUUAUCACAUGAAACAGAAUUACACAUGGAAUGUAAAUGUAUAUCUGGUAUCAAUGACCACAUAGCCCUAUGAUUAUACAACAAUGUACAAACACCCAGUACCUACCAAUUAAUACAUGACAAUAUCGUCUUUCUCUAGAAUGAGGCAAACUCCAAAGGGUAUACAGAAUUACUAAAAUAAGAAUUCAAUGGGAAUUCCAAGUGAAUUUAAAGGUCAAAAUAGCUGAAAUAGAAAAAUUAUUUAAGCCAGUUAUGCUUUCAGAUUGACUGCUAUGGCUUUAAAUUUCAAAUUUUUUUUUUUUUUUUUUAGUAAAUGACCUUGUUUGUUUGUGUUUCAUUAAAUCUGAAAAUAAGGUGAGUUUUAACCCAUUCUGAGGGGGGGGAGAUGAGGGGGGGCAAGCCACCUAAAUGGUGGGUUUUCACUAUAGGGUUAGGAAUACAUGUUUGUGUUCCUGACCCUAUAGUGAUCCUUUAAACCUACCUUUGUCCACUCCUCUGAAACAGUGGAAGGGUGCAGAGACAGGGCAACAAGUUUCAAAUGCUAUUACAUAAACAUCAGGUUUGUAUAAUUUAUGGAGUUGUAGAACCAGGAAAUAAGGAAUACUCAACACUUACAUAACAACUAUACAAGAAUAGACAUGUUUUUUGCUGGUUAUGUUGUAGUCUACACAGUACAGGACUUAACAUUUUACCCAACUACUUGGUCAGGUCAAAGUCCAAUGAUCUUAACACACACUUUGGUGACAUCAACACCUACAUUUGAUUUAAUGCUCUUUAAUGGUUAUGUUGCCCGAAGAUCCCAGUUUUUUUAAAAAGGUUUGAGCAGUGAACAGACCAAGAACCUUGUUAUCGACUUAAAAUAGAGCAAUUGAAUAGGAUAGAAAAAGAAAAAAGGUGGUUUAAGCAUUCCUAACCUUAUCCACUAAUGCCAAGCAACACCGGUAGCAUAGACACUACCUUUCUACUCUGUAUCUAAAAACAUAUGUAGGUAGAUAUAGCAGACUGCAGUCCACAGUGCGGUUGUAACAUACAUAUUCAGGUUUCUCUGGUACGUGAUGGAGAGGCUGUGGUCUAGAAUACUUUGGGGGAUCUGGCCAAAUCGAAAUCUUUGCAAUAAUAACAUUUAGUACAUAGUGUAAUUAAGUUCCAUUUAGACUUUAAACCAGAAAUUGUACUUUUAGAUCUGUACCCAUCAGACCUCCCAAAGGGUUACAUCAAACUUACUCUUACUAAAAGAACAUUAGUUUUCUCUUUUUUUGUCUCUGAAUAUAUUAUUGGAUCAAAACAAAACAAAACAAAAAAAUAAAAUAGAAAAGCACAAUAGUGACUGAGCUACUGCAAGUAAAAGUUCUCUUAGAAGAUAUACGGAUGCGAUAUGUUGCACAUUCAUCUACAAAUUACCGACUAGUUUAGUCAACUACUUAGCACUAUAUAGACUCUGUCUUACAGUGACUCAGUAUUAUGGGACAAUUCGCGUGAUGAGUGUCUAUCCUAAAAUCAGACUUCACUAUAGGAAUUAUAUAAAAAAAUAUAUACAUUAAUACCAUGCACGUGUCAUUGUCCAUAUCAUAUCGUAUUUACGGUAAUACCGAUGCCUGCAAAAAACCAUAGCUCACUGAUUAAUGUAUCUACAAAUCUAUUUGUUAUUGCUCUGUCAUAUUUUGAUGUUAACUAGAAGAUACCCAACUGUCAGGUGACCUAGUAAUCAGACACUUUCCUGUGAUGCUGUACGUCAUCCCAGGGGCAAUUCUGAUCCUGCCAAAUCCUGUCCUUUUAUUCAGAGGUUCUACAGCAUAAUUCUCGAGGGAAUCGUAAAAGUGCGUCAUGCAUGCACGUUUAUUCUGCAUAAUAGCAGGUCGCUUAAUCCUAUAUAAACUCUUGUAGCCUAUGCCCGGUCAUGAUUCUUGCCUCAUGAGAGUGCGUUUCAUUGCUCCUAGUGUUACCUGGUUAUUGAUUUGGCUAAGGUUGGCUAUACUUACCUCCUUAUACGUUGACUUGCCUUAUUGUUCUGUUGUCUUUCUGUAAUCCUUGACCUUUUGCCUGUUCCUGACUUUUCCUCACUUCCUUGCAGGCUUGGAUUGCCCACCUGGACCCCAUGAUAGGCCUGGCCAUUCUAAGUACCAGUAAUAUGUACCUAUCCUGUGAUUUCCAAACGUGUGCUCUGUACACUUGUCCUGAUUUCUGUGUGUUGAGUUCUCCGUAUCCUGACACCAACAAAGUGUCAAUUAGCAAUGCAACUAGCAAUCUACAGUUUCCCUCAUCUAGCAUUAUAAAACCUGCAAACCACAACUUUACUUAUGUUUCUGAUCACAUUUAAUUAAAAAUGAUUUGGUUUGAAAACCUCAAUAAAAAAUGUUAUUAUUGUUAUUAAAAAAUAAAAAAUGAAAGCCCCACGGAUUUGGGCUAAGCGUGAUAUAGCCAGCUAUGCGUGACCAAAUUCUCAUAUUGCUUAAUUUAAGAGGCACUAUUUGCAAUCUUUUUUGAAAAUUAACUUUAAUUAUAAUGUUCUAAAAGCUCCUUAAAUUAAAUUAAUGCAGCUUUUAAAGCAUGUUAUAGCUUCUUUAUUGUAGUUCACUGGCCCCUUGGGGUAUAGUAUAUAACAUUUGGUUAUUUCACUAUGCCAAUUAGAAGCUGCACAUUAGGAUCCAGGCUUCAUUUCUGUAAUUUGUGUAUUUGUAUAAUUGAUUUGACUACAGAGUUUAUAGCCCUUUUCCUCCAUGCACGGCCCAGUGUACCAUUUAUUAUGUCUAAUGAUUAGCACAAAUUGACAGAGAAUUUCGGUGUAAAUUAGAAAGAAUUCUAAAGAGAACCAGCUCUGUUCCAGUGUACGUAAUGUUGAUUAAAGGAUUUACGAACCUUCUAUAAAACUCCUUUACAGUACUUGCUCACUGUUAAUGAUUUUAUCAUUAAUUUGUCUUGCUUUAAAGUGAUCUUUGACAUUCUAGAUAGUUUUAAAGUUGAUCUAUCAGUCAGAAAAUAUCUGCAUGGCAAGGUCUUCUCCGGAUUAAAAGAACAAUCAGUGACAAAUUUAUAGAUGAAAGAAUAUGAUUUAAAUCAGUUCCUAACUAAAAACUUUACUAACAAAAUAUAUAUUGGUUAAUAUACAAUUGCCACCUCAAAAUUAGUUGAGUACUUUACUUUUUCCAAAAAGAUUUAUCUUAAACCAUUUGCUGUCAUUCCCAUUAAUACAUGGGCAUAUGAAAUCGGCCUCACACUCUGGAACUCGUAGAUUAUUUGAAAUUUUAUUUUGCUAAAAACAAAUCAGCCUUCCUCUCCGUCCCAUGCAGUGUUUAAAGGUCAAACAUUGUCCAUUUAGUCCUGUUUCUUUCUCAUUAGAUCUCAAACCAAUAAAGUUAUGGUGGGGAAAAAAAGUGAUUGAAAAUCCCUUUUACCUGAAGUCAGUGGAUAAUCAAUACAUUGCUAAACACAGAUCUGCACACCAGUCAACCCAUAAGACUCGCCUUUUUCACAGAAUUCUCAAAUUUGCAGUGAUGUUACUACUGUAAGGGAUUCUGGGUGGGCAUAUGCAAAUUAGUUCAACAAAGAAUAAAAAUUUUGCCUCAUCCCAUUUUAAACAUGGAUUCCGUCGAGUUUAUGUUUGCUGAAUACAUCUACUUUAAAACACAACUCAGGAAACGUUACGAAGCCUAGGACCAGGCAUGUGAAUGUGUGCAUUAAGUAAGACGCUCUGUGAUAACAGUGGAACACUUUUACCCAACUCAAUGAUACUUGUUUUAUCAGCCUAGGAAGCAUAACAGGCACCAAAGGUAUUCUAACUGGUAAAUUAACCGGGUGUGUUUAUCUGAGUAAGUACAAAUAUAUUGUAUUAGCAUCUGUCAAAACAACACUUAUGGACUCUGCGUCCCUUCCUGUUACACUACGUUUGUAACAGUAAGUGUUGAUGGAACACAAUGCCUUCUUUUGAGUUGGCUAAAAGUCUAUCAUUGCCCUCUAGUCUUAAUUUCUCAAUAAGUGAAACUCCCCGAACGUACAGACUCUCAUUACACGGUCGGAAUGAUCAGACAGGUCAGAACGGUCGAAUGAUACAGUGUUUCUUGAACACGAAUGAUGUGCGGACAGAUGUUACUGUCAUUGCAUAGCUACUUUAGAAAGGACAGUAAAUAAGGAUAAUGGGGAAAGAAUCUAAUUUUGCCUCAAAUAUAUAAUUAUGGACAAGGUAUGUGAGCAAAGUGUGAAAAUAGGACUAAAUGUUUUAGAUUACCCUUCAAAAGCACCACCAGAUAAAAAAAACUGUACGAAUAUAAUGUAAUUUUUGGCAUUUGUAAUCUCCUAUCUGUCUUUGCCUGUGGCGCUAGAUUUACUUCCUCUUUUAAACUUAUAGAUCUAAUUAAAAGUUUAAUUUCGUGGUUAUGCGCAGCAAGUGGACAUAUAUCAAAUGCGAUAAAGCAGGUUAACAAAAAAACAAACCAAUAGGCAUUGAUUCUGCAAUAAUAUUAAAAGUACAUAUUGUAAUGUAUGUAAGGAUAAUGCUGAGAUUGAAACUGCUUUGUAUCACUAAAUUAACCCUUGGUGUGACAAAGAGAAUAAGUAAGUGCAGUUUUUAUUACAUAACUAAUGUGAAUUUUUACUUUUUUUUUAUUUAUUUUUUUAAAUUGACCUUUUGCCUUAACACCUCCUUUAACUGCAAAGUUGUUUGCAAUCUUGAUCGCUUCAAAGCCUAAUGUUUAAAUUGUAUAGAUUUGAUGGAACAUGCCAAAAACUGAGGGAUUAUAUAUUGUCCUAUUUUCUGUAAUAUAAGACAUUUUCAUUUCUAAACGUAACUGCUCUCUAUUGCAAUGUGUUUGUUAGCUGGCUAUUAAUGCAAUGAGCCCCAUAUUCAAUUCAAUAUAAUUCAAUGUAUUCUUUGUAGAAUCUUUCUCAUAUACGUUGGUGGUCAUGUGCUAUCCUGGUAGAAUGCUGUCCGAGUACCAGUAAUUGUGCAGCUAAAGUAAAAUUAAAAAAUAACCCUUCUAACUUCUGUUAGAGGCAGCCUGCAGAUACAGACAGUAUGCACCCAGCUAAUCAGGAGUCGCUGACCAUGGUGUGUGGGGUCUGAUCUUAUCCAAUUAUCGCCUGCCUGAAAGGGAUAUGCAAUUUGUCACCCAGCUGCAGUUCCAUUCAUCCCUUAGGAUGAUUGUAGUAGCUCAAUAAACUGAUAGCAGCUUUACUGUGACUGCUAUCAGUGUAUACAUUAACAGGGGGUGCGUGAUAAUGUCUACACCAUAACAUUUGCAGCAUUGUGGUCACAUAACUUUGUUUUGGUGUUUAGCUUGCAUUUGUAAAGGUCCAUCAGCAUCAUUGACAAGGACUGAUACAUCAAUUUUAAAGGAACAAUAUAUGGUCAGAAACACAAACAGGUAUUCCUGAACCUAUAGUGUUAAAAACACCAUGUAGCCCCCCUUGCCCCUUAAUUAUAUAAACAUUUUGCCUUUUACGCAGAUUGCUGCUGCCGGCUCUGCCCCUGAUCUGCCUGCUUGGCUGACAUAAUCAGAAGUAAUUCUCUCAGCCAAUCACAAUGCUUUCACAUAGGAUUGGCUGAGCUUGUCAAGGAGGCAGAUCAGAGUCAGAACCAGCGCAAGCCAAACACAGCCCUGGCCAAUUAGCAUCUCCUCAUAGAGAUACAUGGAAUCAAUGUAUCUCUAUGAGGAAAGUUUGGUGUCUCCAUGCAGAGGGUGGAGACACUGAAUGUUAGUCACACUGUGUAGCACUGUCCCAGGAAACACCUCUAGUAGAUAUCUGCGGAGUGGCCACUAGACGUAUCCCUAGGCUGUAAUGUAAACAUUGUCUUUUCUUUGGAAAUAGAGUGUUCACUGCAAAAAGCCUGAAGGGACUGAUUCUACUCUCCAGAACAAAUACAGUAAGCUGUAGUUGUUCUGGUGACAAUAGUGUCCCUUUAAAAGCUCUGAUCUCUAGUAGCAGUGGUUUUAUGAGAAAGAGUUGUUUCAAAUAAGGGAUCAUUGAACACCUGACUACCAUAAGAACAACUUAAACCAUUGUGCUAUUGAAUACAGUUAAACAACUUGUCCAAUGGCAUAAUCUCAGCACAGAUCACCUGACAUAUUUCUACACAGCUUGCGCCAUUAUCCCAUGCGUACCAGACUGAUUCAACCCAUAUAGAAAUUUUAUUAACUGAAAAACUGUGAAAGAAACACUAAAUUCAUGUUUCAGUGAAGUACACCUUUAAUUGUAAUAAUUUUCCUAUAAUUGUAUAUAUAAAAUCGUCAACCCAGAGAGAUCUUUUCACUUCCCCAUAUUAUUCAGUAUUACUUUUGCUGCAGUAUUCACAAACAAUAAUGUCUAAUCUGUAUGUGUGAGAAUGAUACCGUAUCAUUCUAAAUGUAGGAACAACCAUUUAAAAAGAGACAUGUUACUUCAGUGGACAUAACACCAUUGGAUAAAUGAAAAUCAUCUCUAACUUGUGUUCACCUUUUUUUCGCAGUGAUACUCUGUUUUAUUUUGAAUAUAAAAUAUUUCCUUUCUUUUAAAAUUAUUUUCUGCAAGUUAUGUAAAUUUAAAUUGUACAUCAGACACUCUACGUGACCAUUCAUGCCCCGAUGUGCUCACUUUUUAAUUUGUUAGCAGUAAAGUGUAGAUGAAUUCUGUGUAGGUGAAUUUAGCUAGUGUGAGUAUUGUUAUGUAUCAUGCAUAUUUUCUAACUUUGUUAUUGAUACAAGAUAUAAUUCUAAAUCCAGUACUAGAUGUGUAGUGAGAUUAUUCAAGACUCGGACAAUUAAAGAUACAUUUAUUAUUAUUUAUUGUACAGCAAUAUACAGGCAGACAUUUUAACAUUGCUGCAAUUCUCAUGAUUAAUAAUAUCGGAUUGAUCCAGAGGAAGGCAAAUAAAAACCCCGGUGGAUGAUGUCUCACAGGGGGGAAAAAAAUUCCUUCCUGACCCCAUUUAUGGCGAUCAGUUUAAAACCCUGGAACAACCACCUAAUGUGUUUAACUGUAUAUUGCUGAAUAUAUUACACUAACAAAUAAAAAUAAUACAAUUUAAAAUCAGUCCCUGCUACCAGAGCUUACACUCUAAUAUGAACAGUACAAUAUGGAGAAUGUGGUCCCUGCUCACAGAGCUUACACUCUAAUAUGAAGAACAGUACAAUACAGAGAAUGAUGUCCUGGCUCACAGAGUUCACACUGUAAUAUGAGGAACAGUACAAUACAUAGAUUGAGGUCCUGGUUCGUAGAGCUUACAAUCUAAUAUGAACAAUACAGUACAGAGAAUGAGUUCCUUGCUCACAGAACUUACAAUCUAAUAUGAACUGUAGAAUACAGAGAAGGAGGUCCUCGCUCACACAACUUACAAUCUAAUAUGAACAGUGAAAUACAGAUAAUUUAGGCUCUACUCACAGAACUCACUCUAAUAUGAACAGUGCAAUACAGAAAAUUAGGUCCUUGUUCACAGAGCUUACACUCUACUAUGAACAGAAUAAUACAGAGAAUGAGGUCCUUGCUCACAGAGCUUACACUCUACUAUGAACAGAAUAAUACAGAGAAUGACGUCCUGAAUUACAGAGUUUAUACUCUAAUCUGAACAGUACAAUACAGAGAAUGAGGUCCCUGCUCACAGAGCUAAUAUUCUAAUAUAAAUACAAUACAGAGAAUGAGGUACUGGCUCACAGAGCUUACAAUCUAAUUUGAACAGCACAAUACAGAGAAUAAGGUCCCUGCUCACAGAGCUUACACUCUAAUAUGAACAGUACAAUACAGAAAACGAGGUCGUUGCUCACAGAACUAAACUCUAAUAUAAACAGUACAAAACAGAGAAUGAGGUCCUUGCUCACUGAGCUAAUAUGAACAAUACAGAGAAGGAGGUCGUUGCUCACAGAGCUUACACUCUAAUAUAAACAGUACAAAACAGAGAAUGAGGUCCUUGCUGACUGAGCUUACAUUCUAAUAUAAGCAGUACAAUACCGAGAAUGAGGUUAUUGCUCACAGAGCUUACACUCUAAUAUGAGGAACACUACAAUACGGAUAAUAAGGUCCUUGCUCACAGAGCUUACACCCUAAUAUGAACAAUACAGGGAAUGAGUUCCUUGCAUACACUCUAAUAUGAACAAUACAGAGAAGGAGAUCCCUGCUCACAGAGCUUACAAUCUAAUAUGGACAGUACAAUACAGAGAAUGAGGUCCUGGCUCACAGAGCUUACACUCUAAUUUGGACAGUACAAUACAGAAAAUAAGAUCCCAGCUCAUAGAGCUUAAUCUUUAAUAUGAUGAACAGCUCAAUACAUAAAAUGAAGUCCUUGCUCAUAGAGCUUACACUCUAAUAUUAACAGUACAAUACAGAGAAUGAGUUCCCUGCUCACAGAGCUUACACUCUAAUACAAACAGUACAAUACACAGAGCUAACACUCUAAUAUGAACAGUGCAGUACAGAAAAUGACGUCCUUGCUCACAGAGCUUACAUUCUAAUAUAAACAGUAUAAUACAGUGAAUGAGGUUAUAGCUCACAGAGUUUACACUCAAAUAUGAUGAACAGUACAUUAUGGAGAAUAAGGUCCUUGCUCACAGAGCUUACACUCUAAUAUGAACAGUACAAUAAAGAGAGGGAGGUCCUGGAUCACAGAGCUUACACUCUAAUAAGAAUGUGACAAUACAGAGAAUCAUUGUACGUAAAUUAUAUGGAAAGUAUUUCUAACAUUAUUGAAACAUUUCUAAAUUGUAUUAUAUCAGGUCAUAGUGUAUAAUCCAGAGAAGGUUGAUUGCUCACAGAGCUUUCAUUAUAACAUGAAUUGUACAAUACAUAGAUAGGGUAUCCCUGCUCACGUAGUGCAUAUCCUAAUAUGACAGAGAACGUACUCGAGAAUCUUCAUUUCUUCUUUUCCAAUCCUUCCUUUCUUACCUGCUAUGGAUAUUUUGCAGUAGAUGGAUAUUUGUAUUCUUUACAAUUCCCAUUAGAGGAGCUGUAAUAUUUCCACGCUAUAAACUUGAUGGAGAGACUAUUGUUUCAUGGUUUCCUCAGAGAUGAAGAAUAGACAUAAACCAGCUGACUGGUAAAUCCCCCUGCACUCAAUGAAGAAACAAAGAUGAGCCAGAUCUCUGGAGAUAACUGUUCUAUUGUGAUGUCAUCGACCUGUCAUACCUGUCAUAUGCUGUUGGUCAUCAUGUGGUCAUGUGACAGACAUUUCUGCAUAAUAAAUCAGGUUUAAAGCCCCUCCCCACCACAUAUAUCUCAAGCUCACAGAGCUUACACUCUAAUAUGAUGAACAGUACAAUAUGGAUAAUAAGGUCCAUGCUCACAGAGCUUACACUCUAAUCUGAGCAGUACAAUACAGAUAAUAAGGUCCUUGCUCACAGAACUUGCGCUCCAAUCUGAACAGUACAAUACAGAUAAUAAGGUCCUUGCUCACAGAGCUUACACUCUAAUAUAAACAGUACAAUACAGAGAAUGCUGUCCUGGCUCACAGAGCUUACACUCUAAUAUGAACAGUGCAAUACAGACAAUGAGAUUAUUGCUCACAGAGCUUACACUCUAAUAUGAUGAACAGUACAAUAUGGAUAAUAAGGUCCUUGCUCACAGAGCUUACACUCUAAUAUGAACAUUACAAUACAACAAGGGAGAUCCCUGCUCACAGAGCUUACAAUCUAAUAUGAACAGUACAGUAUAGGUAAUGAGGUCCUUGCUCACAGAGCUUACACUCUAAUCUGAACAGUACAAUACAGAGAAUGAGGUUAUUGCUCAUAGAGCUUACAUUCUAAUAUGAUGAACAGUACAAUACGAAUAAUAAGGUCCUUGCUCACAGAGCUUACACUCAAAUAUGAGCAUUACAAUACAACAAGGGAGAUCUCUGCUCACAGAGCUUACAAUCUAAUGUGAACAGUACAAUACAGAGAAUAGGGGCCCUGGCUCACAGACCUUACACUCUAAUAAGAACAGUACAAUACAGAGAAUAAGGUCCCGAUUACACAUAGCUUACAAUCUAAUAAAAACAGUACAAUACAGAAAAUAAGGUCUUUGCUCACAGAGCUUACACUCAAAUAUGAGCAUUACAAUACAACAAGGGAGAUCUCUGCUCACAGAGCUUACAAUCUAAUAUGAACUGUACAAUACAGAGAAUGCGGCCCCUUGCUCACAGAGCUAACACUCUAAUAAGAACAGUACAAUACAGAGAAAGCUUUCCUGGCUCACAGAGCUUACACUCUAGUUUGUAACAAUACAAUACAGAGAAUGAGGUCUUUGCUCACAGAGCUUACACUCUAAUAUAAACAGUACAAUACAGAGAAUGUGGUCCUGGCUCACAGAGCUAACACUCUAAUAAGAACAGUACAAUACAGAGAAUGAGAUCCCCGCUCACAGAGCUUACACUUAAAUUAUGAACAUUACAAUACAACAAGGGAGAUCCCUGCUCACAGAGCUUACAAUCUGAUAUGAACAGGAUGAUACAGAGAAUGAGAUCCUGACUCACAGAGCUUACACUCUAAUAGGAACAGUACAAUUAUGGAUAAUAAGGUCCUUGCGUGCAGAGCAUACACUCUUUUAUGAACAAUACAGAGAAUGAGGUCUUUGCUCAAAGAGCUUACACUCAAAUAUGAACAUUACAAUACAACAAGGGAGAUCCGUACUCACAGAGCUUACAAUCUAAUAUGAACAUUACAAUACAGAGAAUGAGGUCUUGGCUCACAGAGCUUACACUCUAUUUUGGACAGUAUGAUACAGAAAAUAAGAUCCCUACUCAUAAAGCUUAACCUUUAACAUGGUGAACAGCUACAGAGAAUGAAGUCCUUGCUCACAGAGCUUACAAUCUAAUAUGAACAGUACAAUACAGAGAAUGAGGUCCUUUCCCACAAAGCUUACACUCUAAUGUGAACAAUACAUAGAAUGAGGUUCUUGCUCACAGAGCUUACACUCAAAUAUGAACAGUACAAUACAACGAGGGAGAUCCCUGCUCACAGAGCUUACAAUCUAACAUGAACAGCACGAUACAGAGAAUGAGGUCCUUGCUCACAGAGUUUACACUCUAAUAUGAACAUUAUAAUACAGAGAAUGAGUUCCCUGCUCACAGAGCUUACAAUCUAAUAUUAACAGUACAAAACAGAGAAUGAGAUCAACCGCUCAAAGAGCUUACCCUCUAAUAUGAACAGUACAAAACAGAGAAUGAGGUUCCUGCUCACAGAGAUUACACGCUAAUAUAGACAGUACAAAACAGAGAAUGAGGUCUUGGAUCACAGAGCUUACACUCUAAUAUAAACAGUACAAUAAAAAGAGGGAGAUCCUUGCUCACAGAGCUUACACUCUAAAAUGAAUAGUGCCAUGUAGAGAAUGAGAUCCUGGCUCACAGAGCUUACACUCUAAUAUGAACAGUACAAUGCAGAGAAUGAGGUCCUUGCUCACAGAGCUUACACUCUAAUAUGAACAGUACAAUACAGAGAAUGAGGCCUCUGCUCACAGAGCUUACAUUCUUAUAUAAACAGUACAAUAAAAAGAGGGAGGUCCUUGCUCACAGAGCUUACACUCUAAUAUGAACAGUACACUUCAGAGAAUAAGAUCCUUGCUCAAAGAGCUUAUAAUCUAAUAUGAACAGUACAAUGCAGAGUAUAAGGUCCUUGCUCACAGAGCUUACAAUCUAGUAAGAAUGUGACCAUACAGAUAAAGAGUUACAAUACAGAGUUUUCAUAUUUGUACAAAUUGUAUAAUACAGAGAAGGAUGAUUGCUCACAGAGCUUUCAUUAUAACAUGAAUUGUACAAUACAUAGAUAGGGUAUCCCUGCUCACGUAGUGCAUAUCCUAAUAUGACAGAGAACGUACUCAAGAAUCUUCAUUUCUUCUUUUCCAAUCCUUCCUUUCUUACCUGCUAUGGAUAUUUUGCAGUAGAUGGAUAUUUGUUUUCUUUACAAUUCCCAUUAGAAGAGCUGUAAUAUUUCCGCGCUAUAAACUUGAUGGAGAGACUAUUGUUUCAUGGUUUCCUCAGAGAUGAAGACUAGACAUAAACCAGCUGACUGGUAAAUCCCCCUGCACUCAAUGAAGAAACAAAGAUGAGCCAGAUCUCUGGAGAUAACUGUUCUAUUGUGAUGUCAUCGACCUGUCAUACCUGUCAUAUGCUGUUGGUCAUCAUGUGGUCAUGUGACAGACAUUUCUGCAUAAUAAAUCAGGUUGAAAGCCCCUCCCCCCCACAUACAUCUCAAGCUCACAGAGCUUACACUCUUAUAUGAACAGUACAAUACAGAGAAGGAGGUCCCUGCUCAAAGAGCUUACACUCUAAUAUGAAUAGGUGAAUACAGAUAAUGAGGUCCUUGCUCACAGGGCUUACACUCUAAUAUGAACAGUACAAUACAGAUAAUAAGGUCCUUGCUCACAGAGCUUACACUCUAAUCUGAGCAGUGCAAUACAGAUAAUAAGGUCCUUGCUCACAGAGCUUACACUCUAAUAUAAACAGUACAAUACAGAGAAUGCUGUCCUGGCUCACAGAGCUUACACUCUAAUAUGAACAGUGAAAUACAGACAAUGAGGUCCUUGCUCACAGAGCUUACACUCUAAUAUGAACAUUACAAUACAACAAGUGAGAUCCCUGCUCACAGAGCUUACAAUCUAAUAUGAACAGUACAAUAUAGGUAAUGAGGUCCUUGCUCACAGGGCUUACACUCUAAUAUGAACAGUACAAUACAGAUAAUAAGGUCCUUGCUCACAGAGCUUACACUCUAAUCUGAGCAGUGCAAUACAGAUAAUAAGGUCCUUGCUCACAGAGCUUACACUCUAAUAUAAACAGUACAAUACAGAGAAUGCUGUCCUGGCUCACAGAGCUUACACUCUAAUAUGAACAGUGAAAUACAGACAAUGAGGUCCUUGCUCACAGAGCUUACACUCUAAUAUGAACAUUACAAUACAACAAGUGAGAUCCCUGCUCACAGAGCUUACAAUCUAAUAUGAACAGUACAAUAUAGGUAAUGAGGUCCUUGCUCACAGAGCUUACACUCUAAUCUGAACAGUACAAUACAGAGAAUGAGGUUAUUGCUCAUAGAGCUUACAUUCUAAUAUGAUGAACAGUACAAUACGAAUAAUAAGGUCCUUGCUCACAGAGCUUACACUCUAAUAUGAACAAUACAGAGAAUGAGAUCCUUACUCACAGAGCUUACACUCUAAUAUGAACAAUACAGAGAAUGAGAUCCUUACUCACAGAGCUUACACUCAAAUAUGAGCAUUACAAUACAACAAGGGAGAUCUCUGCUCACAGAGCUUACAAUCUAAUAUGAACAGUACAAUACAGAGAAUAAGGUCCUGAUUACACAUAACUUACAUUCUAAUAAAAACAGUACAAUACAGAAAAUAAAGUCUUUGCUCACAGAGCUUACACUCUAAUAUGAACUGUACAAUACAGAGAAUGCGGCCCUGGCUCACAGAGCUAACACUCUAAUAUGAACAGUACAAUACAGGGAAAGAUUUCCUGGCUCACAGAGCUUACACUCUAGUUUGUAACAGUACAAUACAGAGAAUUAGAUCUUUGCUCACAGAGCUUACACUCUAAUAUAAACAGUAGAAUACAGAGAAUGUGGUCCUGGCUCACAGAGCUAACACUCUAAUAAGAACAGUACAAUACAGAGAAUGAGAUCCCAGCUCACAGAGCUUACACUUAAAUUAUGAACAUUACAACACAACAAGGGAGAUCCCUGCUCACAGAGCUUACAAUCUGAUAUGAACAGGAUAAUACAGAGAAUGAGGUCCUGGCUCACAGAGCUUACACUCUAAUAGGAACAGUACAAUUAUGGAUAAUAAGGUCCUUGCGUGCAGAGCAUACACUCUUACAUGAACAAUAUAGAGAAGGAGGUCUUUGCUCAAAGAUCUUACACUCAAGUAUGAACAUUACAAUACAACAAGGGAGAUUCGUGCUCACAGAGCUUACAAUCUAAUAUGAACAUUACAAUACAGAGAAUGAGGUCUUGGCUCACAGAGCUUACACUCUAAUUUGGACAGUAUGAUACAGAAAAUAAGAUCCCUACUCAUAAAGCUUAAUCUUUAACAUAGUGAACAGCUACAGAGAGUAGCUGUUCACAGAGCUUACAAUUUAAUAUGAACAGUACAAUACAGAGAAUGACGUCCUUUCCCACAGAGCUUACACUCUAAUGUGAACAAUACAUAGAACGAGGUUCUUGCUCACAGAGCUUACACUCAAAUAUGAACAGUACAAUACAACGAGGGAGAUCCCUGCUCACAGAGCUUACAAUCUAACAUGAAAAGCACGAUACAGAGAAUGAGGUCCUGGCUCACAGAGCUUACACUCUAAUAUGAACAUUAUAAUACAGAGAAUGAAUUCCCUGCUCACUGGGUUUACAAUCUAAUCUGAACAGUACAACACAGAGGAUGAGGUCUCCGCUCACAGAGCUUACAAUCUAAUAUGAACUGUACAAUACAGAGAAUGAUAUCGAUGCUCACAAAGCUUAGAAUCUAAUAUUAACAGUACAAAACAGAGAAUGAGCUCAACCGCUCUAAGAGCUUAAACUCUAAUAUAAACAGUACAAAACAGAGAAUGAGGUCUUGGAUCACAGAGCUUACACUCUAAUAUAAACAGUACAAUAAAAAGAGGGAGAUCCUUGCUCACAGAGCUUACACUCUAACAUGAAUAGUACAAUGUAGAGAAUGAGAUCCUGGCUCACAGAGCUUACACUCUAAUAUGAACAGUACAAUGCAGAGAAUGAGGUCCUUGCUCAAACUACUUACAAUCUAAUAUAAACAGUACAAUACAGAGAAUGAGGUCCCGGCUCACAGAGCUUACACUCAAAUAAGAACAGUACAAUACAGAGAAUGAGAUCUCUGCUCACAGAGCUUACACUCUUAUAUAAACAGUACAAUAAAAAGAGGGAGGUCCUUGCUCACAGAGCUUACACUCUAAUAUGAACAGUACAAUAAAGAGAAUGAGGUCCUUGCUCAAAGAGCUUACAAUCUACUAAGAAUGUGACCAUAUAGAUAAAGAGUUACAAUACAGAGCUUUCAUUAUGAAUUGUAUAAUCCAGAGAAGGAUGAUUGCUCACAGAGCUUUCAUUAUAACAUGAAUUGUACAAUACAUAGAUAGGGUAUCCCUGCUCACGUAGUGCAUAUCCUAAUAUGACAGAGAACGUACUCGAGAAUCUUCAUUUCUUCUUUUCCAAUCCUUCCUUUCUUACCUGCUAUGGAUAUUUUGCAGUAGAUGGAUAUUUGUAUUCUUUACAAUUCCCAUUAGAGGAGCUGUAAUAUUUCCACGCUAUAAACUUGAUGGAGAGACUAUGGUUUCAUGGUUUCCUCAGAGAUGAAGAAUAGACAUAAACCAGCUGACUGGUAAAUCCCCUGCACUCAAUGAAGAAACAAAGAUGAGCCGGAACUCUGGAGAUAACUGUUCUAUUGUGAUGUCAUCGACCUGUCAUAACCAUGAUAUGAUGUCACAAAUUGCAAGUCACUGACAUUUUUGCAUAUUAAAUUAGGCUUAAAGUCACCCCACAUUUUUAUCAAGUUCAAUCAUUUGUUUGGUUGAUUCUUAUAAAGGGAUCAUAAAAUAGAAUGAAUAUAUGAUUAUUAGCUAACAUUUAAAUGCAAUUAACACACAGAACAAGCAUGGUCAUUUUUCAUAAAUGUGUUUUGAAUGAUCUAUUUGGUGACCUUUUAUAUGCACUGAUACAUGUUUUCAAAUUAAAUAAUACUAACGUAUGACUUUGUUUCUUUAAAAUCAUUUUAAAAUGUCCCUGAGCUGGGAGAAACAGCCACAUUGUUGUCAGAAUUUGGUUUGAUCAGUUUACCUAAUUCAGCUACAAAACUGUAUGCCAAAUGUAUAGCUAGCAGACAAGCUCCAUCUCCAUUCCUACCUAAAUGAUUUCACUAUGACCUGCCUGGACAUGACAGGUGCACAGUCGGAUUUGCCGGCAUAUGCGCUAACCUUGCCCAGCCCCCAUAAAGACACGGACACAGGUUACACUGUUGGAGAUAUUAAUCCACAGCUUUAUUGAAUUAUAACUAAAUUAAUUAAGUAGGAACAAAUGGGGUCAUUGCAAACAGAACUUAUUAAAAUUAACAUCCCCCACAUACAUAACAUCCCCCUAGCAAUGACCCCCCCCCAAUAAUAACAAUAGAUAACAAUCCAAAUAACAUGUUAAUACAGAAACUGGCCGCCAAAUAUGGCCACGUUUCCACCAGGUUAAAUUAUAGGGGUGUACCGAGACACCGCUACCCAACAUACUGAUUGUAGGGGUGUACCAAGACACCGCUACCCAACAUAUUGAUUGUAGGGGUCUACCAAGACACCGCUACCCCCCAUAUCAAUUGUAGGGGUGUACCAAGACACCGCUACCCACCUUAUCAAUUGUAGGGGUGUACCAAGACACCGCUACCCCCCAUAUCAAUUGUAGGGGUGUACCAAGACACCGAUACCCGCCAUAUCAAUUGUAGGGGUGUACCAAGACACGAUACCCGCCAUAUCAAUUGUAGGGGUGUACCAAGACACCGCUACCGCCCCAUAUCAAUUGUAGGGGUGUACCAAGACACCACUACCCCCCAUAUCAAUUGUAGGGGUGUACCAAGACACCGUUACCGCCCCAUAUCAAUUGUAGGGGUGUACCAAGACACCGCUCCCCAACCAGGGCGCCUAACAAUACUAACCUGAAAAAUACAUGUUGAUAGCACUAUUGUGGAGGAGGUGACUAGAGUCCGGCUCGAGUUAUUAAAAGUGACCGGGCAAAUCCGUUACACAAAGAUCAGAAGACUGAUUUUUAAAUAGAUGUUUAAUUACUAGUAUAAAUCUUGUUUUAUUUUGUUUCAAAGAGAUACAGUAAUGUUUUACACACAUCUUUAUUUCACCUUCUAUUCUGAAAACUCAGGAAAUAGAUCUUCAGGCUCCAGGGUGCCAUUAUAGUCAAUACACGUUUUAAUAGCAUCUUGGACCUAUAACAGCCAUGGGGAGACACGGACGUGGUGAAUGGAUGUGAAACAGCAGGUGAAUAAUUGAUGGCCCUGGGAAAAAAAGGGUUUUUCCUCUAGUUUAUUAGUUCCAAUGCCGCUGUACGAUGUGUGUAUUGAGGAACGUUGCCUGCCAAUGCAGCCUCAUAGCGUGUGAUACAUUUUACUAAUUAAUGAAAGUCCGCAGGGACAGGCAAUGUUGUUUCCCAGUUAAAACUCCAAUUGGCAACACUAACACUUUCUCCUAUAACUAUGGUAACAUGAGUUACUUCUGGCUUCUUUUCCAGUCAUCUAGAGCACUGAUUUUUAACCUUUUUGGACAGGAACCCAAAAUACAUACUGUACGUAAUAAUAAGUUGGUGACCCAAUUUCCAGUUUUGAGCUCAGAAAUUGAAUUCUCGACCCGUUGCCUAAUAUGUAAGAAAAUCAAUUCCGCAGUUUACCUUCCGCCCUGUAUUAGAGGAUUCUCACUGUAUUGUGGAAGGCAGUGCACCUUCAAUAACUAAUUCAGGAAUAUUAUGUGCCAUUUCGCACCAUUGGCAAGCAUGAUAUAAUGCUAAUUACAAUUUUACUAAUUACUAAUUUCUAGGUUGCUGGUCCUGAGAUAAAAAAAAUCACUAAUCUAGAGUUUUUCUAGUUCACGGUACCCUACCCAUAAUUAAAAAAUUGGUUGGAACCCUGGAUAUGAACAUUACGUUUAAAGGGGCAAAGGCCUCAAAGGUGGGGAAGAUGCAGCUGGAAGCCCAAGUAUUGUACAUGCCUCCUGUUCCAUACUACAAAGUGUCUGAAUAUUGUGCUCAAUUACUUAAUAAUAUUAUAGUUUUCCUUUUUUUGUGAGAGUUAAGACACACCAAUGCUCCUUUGUUGUUUUUCGAUUAGCAAAUCUAUCUGUCUGUCUGUCUAUCUCUUAAUAUAUCUGUCUGUCUGUCUAUCUAUCUACCUCUUAAUCUAUCUGUCUGUCUAUCUAUCUAUCUCUUAAUAUAUGUCUGUCUGUCUGUCUAUUCAUCUAUCCAUCCAUCCAGUGUGGCAACUGGAAUGGGGGUGGGGUGGGUAUUAUUGCUGGAAAGGGCUAAAUGACUACUUGCCAAUGGCUAGUGGGUGAAAAAAUGGAGUCUAGAUAUAUAUUGCUUUAUAUAUACUAAUUGCUUGAAUCCUCUAACUAUAACUACCGGUAUAUAGUUGCACACACUACACAGUAUGAAAUGUAACUAGUAGUUUUUUUUCUUAGUUUUUUCGUAUUUUAUUUUUUUAAGUAUUUCAAUGGAUCUUGAAACUGAAAGACACUACUUAAAACAGAGAAGAGAAAGACUGAGUGUUAAAAUUAGCUAUUAUUAGUAUCUUAAUUGUUAGAUCACAGUAAGACUUAGACUAGGGUUGCAUACAUGUAAGAAUGUAUAGAAUUAGUAGUUCCCCAUAUCUCACACAUUUGUGGGUUUGAAAGGAAAUCCUAUGUUCAAAUCCAUUGUAUUAAAAAAAGGAAUGUGACCAACACAGGAAUACUAAAAUCUAUGGCUAAACAAAUCAUCCACAGGAUAAUUUUUAGUGAGAAUAGCCAAGUUGUAAAAUUCACAGGGUUGGCAAAUUGUUGAAAUUUAGUUUUUUUUUAUGGAUUGAAGCUUAUCAGGCCCUUUCCUGUUUCUUCACCGUUCCCAGCUUAAUGGAUAAACUGCUGACAUUUAAAACAAAAGUGUAAGGUUUAAAAACAUUUUCUGAAUGUUACCGUAACUUUAAAUCUAAUAUUUAACAUGAUAGAACCUAAAUACAUUUAAAUCUGCAUUGCAGUUUAAAAAUGAUGUUGAUGAUAAAACUGAGAGUAAGGCCUUUAUUGUCAAACUAAUUCAAAUAAAGCGGAAUUGUCACUGUCUAGGGACGUUGCAUAUUGUCCAAAUAUCCCCGACAAUGACAUUGCCACUGGGUGUCCGGUGGCUGCAAAUGUGAGGUUUACUCCCCUAAAACUGUCCCUCGCUGGCACCGCCAUCCUCUUUUGGCCGAUGCUCGACUGUUCCAGGAGACGACAUCACUGCAUGCGCAAGAGUACGCUGUUGAGGUCUAUUGAGGUCUGGAGGAUUCCGUGAGGCUGUGGGAUUCUCCAUACAUAUAGCUAAUUUCCCUGCAACUUUCACAGGUGAAGGCUGGAGGAUUGUCACUUCUUUAUGGUGGCACCUCUGCCCAGUGUCAAGAACUGUCAGGUGUAAGUAGGGCUGUCUUUAAUAAUGGUUGGACCCUGGGCAAGCAUUUGUUUGGGCCCCCUGGACCCUUUCCCCCCACUCCCUGACACAGCGGAGGAGCUAAAGUAGAGAGGGCCCUGGUGCAAGACUUAUUUUGGGCCCUGCUAUUGCAAGGGUGGCCAAAUGGUCAUGCAACUCCAACAAUGCUUUGACAGCUGGGGCUCUUCCAUUUUCCCAUGCUUACAAGGUUGUAUUUAGCACUGAGCAGUAUUUGUAUGGUUGAAUGUAAGCAUGUUUUUGUAUGGAGUCUGUUUGUGUGAAUGUAGGGUUGUGUUUGUAUGUAGUGUUAACAUUUUAAUGCAGGUGUGUGAUUGUAUGUUGUGUUGAAGUUUGAAUGCAGUGGUGUAUUUGUGUGUAGUGUUGGCAUUUGAAUGCUGAGAUGUAUACACAUACACUGCCACACACACACUGUGAUAUACACACACACACUGAUACACAUGUAUAUACACAGACACACACUGACACUAUACAUACACACCAAUACACACCUUGACACUCAUGCAGAUACAGACACAAAGAUACACAUACUAAAACACAUGCAGAUACACACGCUGAUUACAUAUAGAUACACAGAUACACACAAUGACAAUAUACAGAUACACUGACACACAUACAGACACACAGAUACACAACGUCACACACAUGCAGACACACAGAUACACUGACACACACACUAACUACGUAUAGAUACACAGAUACACACAAUGACAACAUAGAGAUACACACACUGACACACAUACAGACACACAGAUACACAACCUGACUCACAUGUAGAUACACAGACACACAGAUACACACACUGACUACAUACAGAUGCACAAAUAUACACACUGACACUUACACAUACACAGAUACACACACUGACAACAUACAGAUACACAUACACAUACUGACACAUAUAUUAACAGACAUGCUGACAUAGAGGCACAUAUACUGACACACAUACAGACACAGACACACAUGGAGACACAUACACUGACAGACAUACUGACACACUAACAUACACAGACACACUAACACACACAUAAAGACACUGACAGACAUACUGACACACACACACACACACACACACAUAAUGACAGAUAUACUGACACACACAGACAGUCACACACACAUACACUGACAGGCAUACUGACACACACACUCAGACACACAUUCAAAAUCUACACUUUGAACGCCACCCUCCAGAUUCUUACCUUUUGCUGAAGGGUGGCUUCACAGGGGUCCAGUGUGCUGGCUGCAGUGGCUGGGAGUUGGGGUCCAGCUCUGCCUUCCUGUCCCUCUCCGCACUGCUUCAUCCGGGUUCUCCCUUCCACGCUGCUCUGCACUAGCUGCCGAAAAGCAAGGGGUCCAGUCGUGCUGUUAAGAGCCAACGUGCCCCUGCUUACAAAUGCCCACCAGGUGGCCCUAACUGCAUGGGCCACCUGAUGGGCCCCCUCAUCAAAGAAAUUGUUGCGGGCAGAGGGCAAAUAGGGCAGCUGCUUUGGGCCCCUCAAAGGAAUACAUGUUUGUAUUACUAACGCCAUAGUGUUCCUUUAAGUAUAGUUGCAUAAAUCAAUAUUAAGUGGAAAGCAAGUAAAUUCAAUACAGCAAAAUAAAUAAAUUUAAUUUAAUAUAAAAGGGCAGCGUGUGUAACAGCAGCUUCCCCACUUUUCAUUGGCUGCCAUGUCAUCUGGUGCCAACUGACCAGAUACUGAACAGGUCAUUGUCCCACUGAGGCCUUCCAGACCAUUUCAAACUCGUUGCUCUGCCAAUAUGUUAAGUCUCCUAUGUGGUCCAUGGCCCGUGUCACUGUCUGUACCCACCCAUGGUUCUCUUAUUAUACUGGUUGUAAUUUAAUUAAACUUUUUAGUGCGAUUGGGUGCUUUCCCAAGUCUUAACAGUUAUUGGUUGACUUGUGUUUACCUGUGUGAAAGGCAUGUAUAAGAACCGUGUGUGUGUCUCAAUAAAGCUAUACUGUUCUCCACUUGAUCAAGUGUCUGGCUGAUAUUUGUGGAGUAAUUUGAGGAACGUGUGCCGAAGCUAUAUCUCUCUGGAAGAUCCUUUGAAUUACUACAUACCUCAGAAUUCUGGUGUUCUGCAAAUCGGGACCCUGGUAAGAGGGAAGUAACAGGGUGGACUAGUGCCUCAAUUGAACCUUGGAGUGUCGCCUGUGUCUUUUAUUAUUUGCAGUUACUCAAUUGUGUCACUAGCUCUGCCCCCAAAGAGUGGACCUGCCAGAAAGGGUGCAGGUCCACAAGAGUUAAUGGCAAAUGACUACACAUCAGGCUUCCUGUUCAUCAAACAGGCUGGCCCACUGAGUGCAGACCAUGUCGGAAGCACAGUUUCAGUGCUCUCUGCAAGAUCCAAGUGCCCUAAUCAUAUUUCAAGUGUGUCUGUUGAUGCACUCUUGCUAUGAAUGUUGAAGACAGUUCCAUGGCCCUUGUCAUUGUCUGUACCCACACAUGAUUCUCUAUUCAUACUUGCUGUAAUUUAGUUUAACAUUUAGUGUGAUUGGGUACUUUUCCAACUCUUAACGGUUAUUGGUUGACUUGUGUUUACCUGUCUGACGAAAACCGGGACUGUCCCACUUAAUGGGACAGUUGGGAGGCAUGCUACUAUGCAGCUAGCGCUGGAAGGAAAGGCAUGCUCUCUGAUAUAGCUUCCCUUAGGAGGAAGGACAAACUCUGUAAGGAAUAGGUCUGGAUCCUAAGCCUGGGACCAGUUCUCCUGUUUCCACUACAGGUAGUUAUUUUGAUCUGUCACUGUAUUCCCAGAGACGUGUGUAGACCAUUUGACAUUCAAAGCUUAUAGUCUCUGUGGGCAUAAAAAGUCCUGUAUGCCAACAGAUGGAGACAAGAUGUCUUCAGCAGCGGUUGCUAAGUCACCAUCAAAUGUGCUAACUAUUUGCGGUCAUGAUUAAGUCCAGUCUUACAGGGUUAUUCUCUAAAGUGAGCAUUUCUGGGAAUUGAAAGUGAUUUUAAAUUUUAAUGCCAAAGUAUUUCAACUAGAAGCAUAGCUGUCUUGGACAAAAUAUAGUUUGGCUAUUUCGACCUUAAAUGCAAAAUUCACUUUCAAUUCCCUUUGAAUUCACGACAAUGCUCAUUUUAGAGUAUAACUGCUUUGGAACUGUAUUUCCAAGUAUGCUGACUGUUAGGGAAUUCUGGGUACUGUAGUUUAGCAACAAUUAGAAGUCCAAGAAGGAUACUCAAGAGAUCUAAAAUAUACUUUAUUCUAUAAAUUGUCCUAACUAUAGAGAUACCAAACAUGGUAUUGUUUUUCCGACUCGGUCAGCGUUUUUUAAACUGUGAACUGCCAGGAAUUCACAAGGGAACUAACACGUUAGGCCACGAUAGCUGAAUUGGAAAAAAUUAUCUUCAAAUCAGCAAUGUUUUCUGCUCAAGUGUUUUGGCUUAAAAAUAUUUCCUGUUGAAAUCUGUUAGAUUGGGACAUUUUAUUCUCUUUCUCAUAAAUUGUGGGUACCAUGACAAGUACCCUUUUAAAGCGUUAACCACUGCCCAUCAUCAAUGUAGUAGAAAGUGUAACCGCUAUCAUUAAUCACAUUUUUCUUGAUACCUUUUUACAAGCCAGUUAUAAGGUCUUGCUUCCAGGAGGAAAACCUUCUCAUGAUAAAGAUUGAGUCAGAACAGUUCACAAAUGGAAACAUAAAAAAUAAAUGGGUUGAGAUGAAAAGAACCGUAGGACAGUUUGGUAUGUAGCACAUCAGAUAAUGCAAGAUAUGAUAUAAAUAAACAUGGCUGAAGAUAAAAGGUAUCAUAGUUGAACAACAGCUGGGACCACAGAUUUCUAGGCAGUUGAUAUGACACCGGAUACAUAUAAGGGCCUAUUCAGUGGGUUAUAGUGAAUCACGUACUGUGCUGUGCUCUACCAGUAUAAAAGAAAUUUAAAUAAAAUUAAAAUUAAAAAAAUUAAAUUGAGGGAUUUUUUUUUGGUUGCAAUUUUUUUUUAGUGUAAAUUUUACAAACCAUGGUAUCAACUUAAUACGGCUCACCGUUUACUAAAUGUAAGCCCUGGCUAGCAGCUAGAUUAGUCAUGGUUAUAUUGCUAGUAAGAAUUCCCCAUCACAGCGUGGCUUGGGAGAUUCUAGCUGUAGUAUUAAUAGUUCACAAAAUCCAAAAUUUGAGUACAGCUGAGUAAUCUCAGUCCAUCAAUGUCAUCCACCGCCGGCAUGAUUUUUUUUGCGGAAUGUAACCUGCGUUUGCUCCACUCACCAGUAGAGGAGCAGAACCAUGGGAUGACUGCGACCCCAAUUUCACAUUGAUUGAAAACAGUUUAACAAUGCACAGUUUAGUAAUUUCUUGGAAUGUGAGGAACCAUAACCACUUGAAGUACACUCCCUUUAAUUGGUGGAUACAUUCAUGCAUCUUUACCUUUGACAAAAUAAUCUUAAAAUGAUAUUUUAUAAGGAGAGAAUUGCAAGGAGGCACUGUGUAACAGAAUGCUUGGUCUACCCAGGGCCAGAUUUCCCACAUGACCACCAAGGCCAUGGCGGCAUGGUGGCAGAUACGAAUGGGGAGGCCCGGCCAGCGGGAAGAGCAAACAUCUUCCUUAACAGCUAGUCCACGUUCAUGCAGUGGGGGCCCCAAAUGCCUGGAGAAUAGUGAAUAAGACAGUUAGGAAUGGAUUAGAAUGUUGGGAAUACUGUGAAUGCCAGAGUUGAAUUACCAGUUAGGCUACUAAGGAGGCCAGGGCCGGUGCAAGAACUUUUCGCUUCACAUGCAAGCAUGGAUGUUGCCGCCCUCCCUCUGCCAAAACAAAAAUGCAUCUUUACUUGUGUUUCUCUUAACCAUUCUUUUUAAAUUCUUACCCCUUUUUGUGUUUCUUAUCCCCUCUUUUUAUUGUCUUGCCCUUUGUGGUCUCUUUCCCCUUUACUCCUGCUUACUUCUUUGUAGUGUGGGCAUGUGGACCGUGGUCGAGAAUCUUCUCUAUCCUCUCCCCACUCGGACAGGAAGCUGUUUUAAGUGAGCACUUUCUGUCAGACCGGGUAGAAGAUACAGAAGACCCUUUAUCACGACUGGGGUUACAAUACUAAGUCAGUUAGAAAUUAAUGCUGGGAGAAUAGUUCGCUUUAUACUGAGUCAGUGAGGAAUCAUUACAAAGAUGAGUGUAGUGAGAGCUUUAUAGUGAAAUAAUUAAAAUGAUGGGAGUAAAGUGAUGGUUACACUGAGACAGUUAGAAUUCCAUCGGAAUGCUGGGAGAACCGUGAGGUGAUACUAAGGUAGUUUGAAUGCAUUAGAAAGCUGGAGUGCAUAUAAUGAGAUAGUUAGAAAGGCAGUAGGAUGCUCGGUGUAAUGUUGGGCUUGAGGAUGCUUCAGAUAAUGUCUGCCUCAGUUACACAGCUGUUUGCAAUAUUCUACUUCCUGCCACACAAGUCCAGCUCAGUAGAUAUAAAGCCACAGCACACUCUUGGGAAUUCAUUAUAGGAUUUUAAGCCUCUGGAAGUUGCCAAAUACCCUGAAUUAAUAAGGAUGUUUAGACAUGGGGCACAUUAACCCGUUUACAAUCAGCACUUUCCUGUGGUCAGGAAAUAGUUACGAUAUCAACAUUUUAAAUUUUUUUUAUUUUAAAAGCUUGUCUUUAUUUCUUCGUUUUCUGCUUUGUGUUCUGUAGUCAGUGUCAUUUUCUUCCAUUUAACGGCCUUUCAAAGAAAGAAAAAUACAUUCAAACAAGACAAAGCAUCCUAAAACCAUGUACGCCUUGUGCUUUCUGUAGCUAUAUUGUACAAACAAGACAAUACAUCGCUACUGUCAUGUUAUUUUAUCACUAUUGUGAAUAUUAAAAUAUGUAAGCAAUAAAUUCGAUUUUUACAUUUUACUACCAUUGCACAAUCAUAGGUUGUAAGCUCACAUGCCCACGGGAUUGCUAACCCAAUGCUAUCUUUCAUUAAAAUAAAGAAUAAUAUAUAUUGUCAUGGUAUAAGCAUUUAUGAGCUCUGGUAGUGAAGCUCAAUAACUUCUGCCUGAGCAUAAUAUGAGUUUUAUUUUUGGCAACAACUCGCGGUAGAUGCAUGUGACCUUUUUAUACUCCUUUAAAAUUGUGUGCAGGAAGGAAAGGGUUAAUGCGGUGACAAGACAUAACUGCCCAAGCUAGAAGACAUAGGAUGGCAGAGCAUAAUAGGGGUUGCAGUUCUAGGGCAUUGAGUAAAAUUAAGAACGUUGGGGUGGGGAGGGGAUUUGAAUGGUACAGCUUUAGAAAAAUACAAUAAAAGGGUUACAUUUGUAACUGUACAUAGAUCACCCCGCCCCCCUUGGUUUAACUCUGCCGCACUAUGACGGGAGUCAGAGCUGUGUUCUGGUAAAUCCUACCUUCCUUCUAAUCUGAGCCCCAUCUGUUUUGGUUUAAUAUGAAAAAUUAAUCAGAUGAAGAGGUAGAGAGUUAGAGACCCAGCCAACAUAUUCUUCAUCUCCAUCAGAUUGGCCACAGAUAGGGUCUUAGCCUUCCAGUGGUCUCCUGCUGCUAUGUGUCAUGCUUUUAAACCUGGCACGACUAAGGACUCAGGGUCUCUGUAGAAAUGGGAUAACACGAUCCGAGAGCAAAUAGAACGAUAAACUAAGCUGGUGCCUAUGUGAGAAUAAGGUUUAUUAGGGUAAAUAAAACCCCAUAAUACAAUAUUUUGGCUCAGAGGUGCCUUAAAGGGUUACUCCAGCUUCAAUGAUCACUGCUGCUUUUAGAAGUGGUCAUGGAGAAAUUAGUCCGUAUGUUCAAGGAUUCUGCUUGAAAUAGAUAUUUGCACUUUUGUGCCAGGGGUUAGAUUAAUUCCUUCCACGCAUGACUGUUCCAGGCAGCCUAAUGUUAAUUCUGUGCAAAAAAAUAUAGACGUAGUGAGCUUUUACUCAUGAAUGCAGUGCUGGGAGAUGCAUAAGGGGAUGCAUAAAUCUCCCCUUCUUCCGAGCACUCCCUCCCCGGCUCCCUUCAAUGUUUUUUUUUUAGAACAAAUCCCCUACCUCUCUCUGUACACCCCCACUAUCUCGCACAGCACAAGGCUCUGAGCCUAGAGAUUGGUUCAAUCAAAUGCGUCUCUCUGGGACAAUUUUGAUUGGACCACAAAGAAGGAAUGAGUGACAUGUCAUUGGGACGGGGCGUGCAAAAACCAAUAGGCACCCAGUCCACUUCAGCUAAUUGAAGUGGUCUUGUUUACAUUUCAGCACUAAGUCUGCCUCCAGUGGCUUUCUCCCAGAUCCUAACGGAUCUACAUGAGGACCUCCAGCGUCAUAUUUUUCCCUAUAGGAAAGCAUGAUUCAAUGCUUUCCUAUGGGGAGGUCUAAUGCAGGCUCGGCACUCAUCGUGGGGAUGGAAGAGGUGGAGUCGUGACCCAGCACCGGCGCUCGGGUAAAGAAAGUAAAUAAAUGUUUUUAACCCUUUAUUCACUGACUAGUGGGAGCGGGUGCGAGGGAGGGAGGCAGUGGGAGCUAUAGUGCCGGGAAUAUAGCAUUGUAUUCCUGGCACCUAUAGUUUCCAUUUAAGUCUACCUCCUUAAUUUUCCAUUGUCUGCUGCACCUGUAUAUAAUUUGCACAGUCAUUUCAAAACAAACUACACUCACCUUGGCUCCAUUGAAUCUAUAAACCACACAGUCUACACAUAUAUCAGCCCCAGAACGGUUCUCAGCAUCCCCAUAUCUUGAUCUCAUAGCACCCACCUAUCACAAUUCACUCACAUUCACACCUGGAAAACCAAAAACAUAAAUUCCUGCACAUCUGGGUACAACUCUAAGCAUUGGAGAUUUUAAUUCCCUAGCCCCUGAGCAGGCAACCUUAGGCAUUCCAGAUAUUGUGGACUACAUGUCCCCUGAUUUUGGCUGUUAGAGCAUUAUGGGGGAAGAAGUCCACAACACCUGGAGUGCCGAAGGUUGCCAAAAUCUGCCCUAGAUAUUAAUUGGGAUAGAGGGACUAGUUGUUCAGCUAAGAAAAACAGGUUUUUGAACCAGUUAAACUAUGUUUUCUUGUGGCUCAGGUAGCAGAAACACAAGUACAUGCAUUCUUCUUAGGGAGUAUUUGGGAAAUAGCCACUGUAACAUCGUGGUUAUCUGAAGAUCAACAAUAUUAUGCAUCACUGUAGCAGGCAUGAUUAAUGGCAAAGCCAAGGACCUAGCUUGCAUGUAAUCACAGUGCGGCCAUUCUCAAUAUGCGAAAACAUUCAUGCUUGAACACUUUCUAUAAGUAUUUAAUUUAAAUGCUUUCAUGAGUUCAUCCUUUUCAGCGUUCAAUGUUCAAUGUGAAGUUUUAACCAAGCGCUUAUCUUUAAUCUGAAAAGAAUGACAUUACGAAUGUAAAGCUGAGCUACUUCUUUUUCCACGAUUCCUAAUUCUUUCCAAUUAUCCGAAGAAAACAUAUUCCUUUUAAGGGCUCUAAAGGCAGAAAUCCAGCAUUCAUUUGUGUCAGCAGAGUUUGUCAAGGCUACCGAGGUGUACUGCUGGUUCCUAAAUGUGUAUAUAUUAAUGAAGACUGGCUUGGCGGGGGGGGUGGGGGGGGAGGUAAGGAAAUGAGCUUAACGUCCUCCUUGUCCCAAGAGGUCUUGUUAUGUAAAGAUUUGCUGCCUUUAGUUUUUCAUUAGCUUCAUUCAGACAUCUUUCUACUUGCAAGUGGUUAUUGGGAUGAGAAGGAAAAUUUGAAUCUCUAAAACAGAGGUUUGAAAAUCAACUUCCCGAACUCACCAAAUCGUCUGAAUUUUUACUGUAUGGGGCUUUUUCAUGAAACAUUGAAGUGCAGUGAGUUAAAAACAAAGUUGCAAUAUUUUCCCAAAAAAAGACAGAUUGUUUCUAUGUCUAAGUUUGAGAAUGUUCACAUUUUGCCCUAAAUUUUUCAUUUCUGUUUUCAACUCUCUACAAUUUCAUAUUUAAUACCAUAAUAAAGUCUCAUUAUGCACAUCAACAAAAGCCCCGUAUUUGUAUUCCUUCAUACAAACUUUUUUUCUCUCUUUAUUUAUUUACUCAGUGAGUUUUUAUAAUUUACGUAGUUUUUCACAAAAGUUCAACAAUCCGAUGGUAUUCAGAGUCACAAAUCUGAACUUUAUUCUCAAAUUGAAUCAGUUUGGUUUGGUCUGUGUGGUGGAUACCACCAAGUACACUGUUACAACCUCAUUAACGGUUAUAACUGUCCCCUGGCUUGCUGUGUCCUCCUCCUCUCCAUGUAGUUCCAGCAAGCACCUCUCUCUGUCCAGUCCACAGACUACACCUAGCCGGAGUAUCCCAGACUCUUCAGCGGGACUUGUCUAUAUAUCUCAUGGAAUUCCAGCUCGGCCUCAAACAUCACUUCGGCCCAGUCGUAUUUCAUCAGAGUGCUUUUCAGAGGGAAGCCACAGUCCAUCAAGGGGAACUAUCACUACGAAUGCGCCAGGGGGAACCUCCUUACUUCAGCCUGCCUGAGAUCAUGAUAAAACACCGGCAUAUGACUUCAAAUGCCUGGAACUGUUUUUCGGUCAGGACUGUUCUCGCAGCCAGUCUAAACUUUAACAAGGGUGGCCAUUCCCCACAUCCAUGGAUCGAGGUGCUAUUUGGCCAGAUUGAGUGCUCCAACAAGAGCUAUCUGGGGAUGGAUAACAUGUAGGGGUUCAGGGAUGUUUUAUACCUGUUUUUGGAGUUUUUAGGCUCUCUGUAUCCAUGAGAUAAUUAAUUUAGCAAGCUUUGACACAAUUAUCUUCCAUACACAGAGACGCCAGGGCGAGCUCUGCUACGUAAUGAAUGGAAACCUCAUGCUGGGGGUCUGUGCAUAAAAGGCUGCAUUGUGUGCAAUAAAAUCAGUUAUUCUUCCAAGCAUCAUGUGUCAUCUGAUGUCUGAGGAAUGGAGUUAUAAUCACUGAAGGGUUUCCAUUCCUGUUGAGAGUAGAAUCUAGCGGAGGUAUCCAGCUGGGAUUCCGCGGUUUCGCUACAGUCUGUAAUUUGGAACUAAAGUCUGAAUUAAAUAGAAGUAAUUUUCAAAAAUAAUUGAUGCCUGUAGCAAUACAUAAAUAAAUACAAUUGAAUAAAUGGCAGUGGGAAGUUAAUGAGGGAGUGUCCCUUUACCUGUCACAAUGCGUUUUAUACCCCACCUCCUAUAGACUGUAUGCUCGUCUGAGCUGGGUCCUCUUCAACCUAUCGUUCCUGUAAGUUUUCUUGUAAUUGUCCUAUUUAUAGUUAAAUCCCCCCCCCUCUCAUAAUAUUCUAAAGCGCUACGGAAUCUGUUGGCGCUAUAUAAAUGGCAAUAAUAAUAAUAAUAAUCAUAUGCCAGGAUGAAUGAAAAUGGACUAAAUCUUACGGUCCUCUUGGAUGGGGAGGGGGGAGGGGAUUGCAAGGAUUUCAACAUAUGCAAUUAUUUCUUUUAUAACAGUUUACCACUUGCAGCUUGCCUAGCUAGUGGCCAAAUAUUGUAGAUUUUAUUUUGAGAUUGUGCCUUCUACUAGAACAGAUCGAAGAGAGUGCUAGAAUUUUCAAGGGUUUCACAAAUAACCCAAACACACAAUGACAUCAGACAGCAGAUAAUUCCAAACCAGAUUGGCGCAUUUGGAGCAGUUCACUGUAUUUACCUUUCAAUUGUUUUUAAUAAAUAUUCGAUAUGCAGAUCCGGAGAGAAUCUAGUGAUUUUAUUCACGUUUUGCUAAUCUAGAACAUAUUCAUCAUAACUUUUAAAAAUAUAUAUAUAUUUUUUUAUUUAUUAAACAUGACUGUGUAUAAACAAUUAUGCCUCUAAGUGAAUGAGUUAUUAGUGUAUAUGCAUUAAUUUAUUGAUUUUUCUUUUGUUUUCCGCUCAUUAAAUUAACAAACAAAUUCCAUUUGGAUUUUAAAAGAUAAAAUCAAUACAAAAAUGGAUUUGAGGAAGUAAAUAAUGCAGAGCAUUGCAGGAGAGGGGAUGGGGUGAGGAGUAGUGGCAGAAUUAAAUGCAAAUAUAUGUUAAAAAUUAAAUAUUUUGCUAUUUUUAAUGUUCCAAUUUAUUUCUCGUAUAAAUUGUAAAACGUUGCUUGCGUUUCAGUUUAUGUGACAGUUCUUCCCUGAUUACAGUAGAUCAUCUUAUGAUCAUGCUGACUAUAUCAGCAUGCACCUUCAACCAAUUACCAGAGAUAGACGUGUUACUACACAAGUUUUGUCGCAGUAAAGGAUGCUCAUUUUCAGCGUAAAAUUGAUUCAAGAUGCCCUGUUUGGGAUAAUAUUGAAACACGCUGGUGAUACGAUGCUAUACAGCUCUCAAUGUGUAAUGUAGAAAAUAACAUCUGAUCAUUUACAAAAUGGUUACAAAUAUUUUAAUUCUUAGUGAAUAUCACAUUUGCUGAGUUAUAAGUACCCACCAGAUUCAUUGCUGAAGUUGGGCAGUAAGGGCUGAAGCCCCAGAUUUGGGGUUCUUUAGCCCUGGAUCUCUACAGGUGGUGAAAUGGUGGAACGUCAAAAGGAUUCCUUUUUUUUUUUAAAUCAUUUUUAUGUUUACAUCAAGCAAUUGAUUCUCAAAGAAGUACCUAUUUAAAAAAAGAUCACUAACGUAGUGUUCUACCAGCUGUUUUAGACCAGGGUACUCCAGGCGACAGUGAGAAGAGGGUACUAGGCAAAGGGACUGCUCUGUACUCCUUUUACCCUGCCCAAGUCGUGUGGCUAGGAAGAAUUGUAUUUAAUACCUGGCAAUGAAGUAUGUUGUAGUUUCUGGCUAUUUUGAUUCAUUGACAUCCCACCUUCCAUGGUUUUCACAUUAUGUGCAGAAAGGUGGGGAUAUGACUCCAAGUUUGAAGGCUUAAGGUAAUGUUCAUUGCAAUUUGUUUCGUGCUCAAUCUCCAGCAGUUUCUGAAAACUAGCAAUGCCCAUGCCACGCACUCUUUCAAAACACUACUAUAGGAACUUCAAGGGCCCCGUCACUAUGAAAAUUCAAUAUUAAAGAUGUUGUGCAUGAAUGAAAGAGUAUACUGUGUAUAUAUGAAUGUUGCUUGUAUAGUCAUUGACAUUAUUAAACUGUUUUAACCCUGUGUGCAAAGAUUUUUCUUGCAAUACUAUCCCAAAUCCUCUUGAACUGAAAGCUGUGAUUUGAUUGAAGUGUACCAGUUUCAAGUUAUAUAGAUGUAUUUUAGGAAAAAUAUAUAUUUUUAAAAACCCUGUGUUUUGUUUGUAUAAAAAGCCAUCUGAUUUUUACAUCACUUUUUCCAUUUCAAUUUACGAAGGAUGUACAUUUCCAAUGCAUUGCCGUUGUAAUUGUCCAACGUAGUCAAUGUUUUCAAGUUUCUGUGCAUUGUAGGAAAAGAACUUUCCAAAGCAAGACCCUGAGGCUAUAACAUGUGGUUAAGCUGUGGUUAAACUGCACGUUCUAUGAUUCUUAGCCACCUUCUGGAUGGAAGGAUUCAUGGAAACUGAAGUUCAACAAUAUCUGUAGAUAACAUUUGGUCACCGCUGUACCAGCAGAUGAGCAUCACAUUUGUCCAAUAUGCACAGACAAAUACAAACAAAUUACAAAACACUAUGAAAUUGACAUUAAACUCUAUUGUGUCCCCUUCAGGGUCCUGUCUGCGCUGUUUGGUAGAUGUGGUUCCAGUAAAGAACGAAGAAGGAGAAGUCAUCAUGUUUAUCCUUAACUUUGAGGAUCUGGCACUGCUUUUGGCAAGAAAGGCCAACAAGACGUUACACCAGAGGUUGACACGAGCUGCCUUCAAUUCCGGUGAGUUGGCUCAACAUGUUGUCAACAUCUUGUUGUUGCCUUCUCAUGACAAGUAAGAACACAAUUGCCAUUGAAGAUCUGGUGCUAUAGCUCCAUUAGGGUGUGCCUGGACACACCUCGUACUAAAGCCUAUGCACCUUACCUUGUGUCCUUUAACCUCCACGUCUAUGUCAUUCAUGUUUCUUAUGUCUCUCAAGCUCUUUCCCUGUUUCUUUCGUCUUCUUUCCUUACCCUGUGUCUCUCAAUUUCUUCCUUAACCUAUGUCCCUAAACCUUUGCCUUUCAUGCUCUUUACCCAAUCUCUCAACGUUUUCCCAUGUGUCCCUUAGUUUCAUCUACAUGUGUUGCUCAACCUAAUCCUGCAACGUACAAACCCUUCCUGAUUUUUCAGUUUCGCCCUCUGUAUCUUUCAGACCCUGCCAUGUGUGCCCUCUUCUACCUAUUUCGGCUCAUCAUCAUUCUUUGUAACAUUAUUUGGAGUUUUCUUUACUUAGCAGUUAAUUGUUCUGUAUUGAUAACUACAAAUUUAAAGUUAAUCCAAAAGAACAGUAUUGGAGAAAUAGCUUAUAUUAUAGAUGAUAAACCCAAUAGACAACAGGUCUCCUUUUAGUCUCUGGAGUGAACAGUUGAACUGCACCAAGUAUCUAAGAUACGUUAUUGCUGAGGGUUGGGGAGGCAGUCUGAUGAGCAUUCUGAGAUGAGAACACAUUAGGAUCUGCAAGAGAGCAGGCUAGAUAUUGAUUAAUGAACCAAAAUAUUUGGGCAUGUAAACCAACUAAUGAAUUGUUUGUCUAUAAUCGGUGGUAGGAGGAGCAGACAAUAAGAGAGCAGUAACUUUCAAAUGCUUCAAGUAAAAGUAUAGAUUACAAUACAAAAAAAGUCCACGUUUCUUUCUGUAAAAGGGUCCUGGUUUGGAAAUCAGGGGGUAGUCUAUUUCCUAUCAGUAUUCUAGAGUUAUUUUAUAGUCCAGAAAAUAACAUUACUUAACCAUUCUAUAACCAUAUAAACUAAUAAUAAAAUAUCAUAAAUUGCUUAAAGAGAAAUGACACAAUUAAAUAAAACAACUGAAAAUGACCUAUAAUUUGUGUUUUUUUGUUCAUAUGGUGCUCGGUUUUCUUUAAAACAUACAUGAAACAUUUAGGGAAAAUGGCAGCACAAUCCAAUUCAGUCAUGGCACUGCCAAGGCAUGUAAUGCAAAUGAGGAGGAGACAAUAAACUUUGGUUUUAUCCCUAGAAGCUCAAUGUUUGUUUGUGCAUGCAGCUACGCUAUGCAUGGGUUUGUCCAUAAAUAGCUGAUUAGGAAAAGAAAAUCCAUUCAAUUUUCAAUUUGCGUUUCAAUUCACUAUGAUACGGAGCAGAAAACCAAUAUUUGCAUAUAUUACUUCAUCAUGCAAAAUAACUACAUGAGAAUUUUAUUUUUCAUUUUAAAAUGGUGACCCAGGUCUGAAUUAUCUUCUAAUUAUAAACAUUGUAGGAGGGUUUCAGCUGUGUACACAAAAAUUUAGGACAUUAAACACAGUUACCGCUUCUAUAGUUAAUACAUCAAUAACAAUUUUUAUAGCAUGUAUAGUAGACUUGUCAUUCAUUCAUUCUGUUACAAUAUGGAGAAUGUUGUAUUUUCAGUGCAAUUGAUUUCUUUAAUUACUUCACUUGAAAUCUUUUAUCUGUAAUAAUUGACACCUUUAUCCUAUGGAUCAAUAUCAUCACAGUAUGAGGAUCUUCAGGGCACCAGCUGGAGCCUUGAUUAACAUCACUGAGCUCAUAAUUAGCACAUAUAGAUUACUGUUAAUACCACACCUGACACAUUUAGUUUUGCUAUAAUUAUUCACCCCCUCUCAAUUGUUUCUGAUUUAUGACCUGUUAAUACAAGGACUGAAAAUUUGACACAUAUUUAAAGUAAGUCAACCAGAUAUUUUUAGGAGCCAGAAAGUAAAAAGAAAAAAAAAAAACACGAAACAUAGAAUUAUGGUGAGUUGAAAAAAGAAUGAUAACAUUCAGUCUAAAAUAGCUAAACUGUGACGAUUAACUGAGUUGGAGAAUUAUUCUGAAUCAGCUAUUUCAGUCUGAAUUAUGUAAUACACUUUCUGGCUCACUUAAGUUUGCUGUUUAGUGACUAAAUCAGUUUAAUCUCCUUUGGUGUAAAAAAAAAAAAAAAUAGGAAGUCAUGGUUAGUAACUUUAGAAAUGUCUCUAAAAAUACCAAUGGCAGAUUAAAUCUAUUCUGAAGGCAACCAAAUAAUUAUGGACCAAUAUUUUCAAUUUGAUUUACUAAUUUUAAAGGGGAACUGUUACUUACUAGAAUUUUUACUAUUUUGUAUAUCUAUCCUCUAUAUUUAUCAAAUGUGUGUUUGAAAAAUUAUAAUUCAAUUUCGAAAUCCACACUUUUAUCCGGGAACUGGGCUUCUCCAUCUUGGCUUCAUGCCAAUCAGUGUUAUAAAAGUUGCCAUUUUGUGCCAUUGCACAUAUCCUCUCCUCAUUUGCAUGGUUUGCCCUGGCUGUGCCCUGACCAAGAUGAAUUGCUGAACAAUUAAUAUACAUUAAAAAACAACUGAGCAUCGCUUUAAAAAAAAAAAAUAACAACACAAGUUAUAGGUGAUUUUCAAUGUUUGAUUUAUUGGUAUAAUCUCCAGAGAUAUUUAAAUGGACACUCAACUGCCCAAAGACAAAGAUAAAAAAAAGUAAGAAUCACGGUUUUAUGUUUUAACACCAAUGAAAAUAUGUAUUAAUUUAAGUAUGCAUUUUUUUUUUGUCAUUGGAGGCAUGUCUAAAGGAUACCUCCUAACAAUCAGGAGAAAAAAAUCAGAAUGGGUGGGUGAAUUCCAGAGGAGGCAUCAUUAGUGAUGUGUCCUGCAUCACUGGCAAUGCCCAUAAAUGUUAGCAAGGACAGCAUACAAUGAGAGGCUCAACCAAAUUGCUGGGAUUGUGUAUCAAAAUAUCUGAACAGCCUAUGGAUUGGACCUGUCUGAGUCUAAUCGAUACUACAAAGGGUAGUUGAGAUUGACAGGGCUAAAAUCUUGUGGGAGGUACAGAUCUAGGCAGACAAGCAAAUACUGACCAACAAACCUGACAUCGUGGUGGUAGACAAGGAACAGAAGACUGCGGUUGUGGUGGACGUGGCAAUACCCAGUGACUAUAACAUCAGGAAGAAUGAACAUGAGAAGGUGGACAAAUAUCAAGUAUUGAAAGAGGAACUAGAAAGGAUGUGGAAACUGAGUAGUACUAGGCUUAGUUGUGAUAGGAGCACCCGGAGCUGUGACCCCCUGCUUUAGCAGAUUCCAGUUGGGACAUCUCAGAUCGCUGUCCAGAAGAGUGUUCUAGGAACAGCAAAGACACAGAACAGAACCCUCAGAUGCUCAGGCCUCUGGUAGAGCACCUGAGAAUGAGAAAAACACAAUAUCACCCAAAGGGGUAAGAAAGUGUGUGUGUUUGUGUGUGUGUGUGUGUGUGUGUGUCUCUGUGUGUAUAUAUAUACUCACACUUUUCAGAGUUCAGAGGAUAGAAGACUGGUCUCAUAUAGAGACAGAUUAGAGGCUAUGAGGGAUGAUGUAAUACAGAAGAAUGAAGAAUGAUAAAAGAACAGGAUGGAGAGGAAAUAACAGAGUAAAACAUUAAACACGUUUUGCUCAACAUACAAUGUAAAAAGCUUGCUUCAAAGCAGACUGAUGAACAAAUGUAUGGAAUUAAUUCUAAUAUUCAUGCUGAGUGCUCCACCUUUCAAACUCUUUAUCAAUAGCCCACACUAUAUCUGGCUUAAUAUAUUAUUCACAUCGGAUAGAGGUCGCCAACCUUCAAGGCACAAAUGGCACACCUGGUCCUGUGAUGCAAAUGGAUUAAGGACAAGAUGGAUUAACUUAUUUUCCAUUGGUUGUUCGUGGUAUUAGAUGUCAAUGAAUUCUAAAGUGGAACUAUCAGUUCUCUGAACGUGACAGCUCAUAAAUCACUCACCUCGGUAAAAGCAGGAUUAACCUAGGGUUUGACAGGUGCCCUGAACCAUUAAUUUUCUUGGCCCCAUAAGCCAUCCCUAUGUUAAGAAUGAAGGGGAUGGCAAACUGGUAACCCACCUAGGGCCCCAUGGGAUCUUAAUCCGUCCGUGAUCCUGGUAGAUGCUAUGAAAACACUUACUGGAGGUAAGUAUAAAUAAAAGAGAAUCAACAUAGUAAGGGAGGAGAGUAUAUUUAAAAAAGGAACAACUACCACAGCAAGAGGACAUAGUCUUAAAUUAGAGGGACAAAGGUUUAAAAAUAUUAGGAAGUAUUACUUUACUGAGAGGGUAGUGGAUGCAUGGAAUAGCCUUCCUUUAAGCUAUUCCUUCCUUUAAGUUUAAGCAUGCGUGGGAUAGGCAUAAGGCUAUCCUAACUAUACUAUAAGGCCAGGGACUAAUCAAAGUAUUUUGAAAAUUAGACAGACUAGAUGGGCCGAAUGGUUCCUAUCUGCUGUCACAUUCUAAGUUUCUAUGUUUCUAUCUAAAGCGAAUAAGUCUUCAAAAACACACUUACCUUUGCACUAUAUCCAUGUCUGGUGUGACAUUGUCAAUCACUGCUUUCCAGGUAUGCUCUGCGCAUGUGUCAGAACCUGCAUUAAAAAUUCCAAUGCGAAUGCUGGGGCAUUCAGGUACUUCAUCAAAGUGCCCAAGGACAACCUGGCAUUGUGAAUUAAAAAAAAAUUAAAACUGUUUGGCAAUUUAAAAAAGUGUAAUAAAUUCUAGGGUCCAACAGACUCCAACACAUACCAUCAUAACAUCUUGCAUGAAAGGACAAGCAGAGUGUAUGUUGUGUGUGUAAUGUAUGUACAUGGACACAGGGUGUAUAUUCACGUCAUGCAUGUAUAUUCAUUGAUUGUGGUUUGUUUUUUUUCUCACGUUUAAUUGCUACGCUGAUAAAAUGCUACCCUUAUCCGCCACCUUCCAGUAGACAGGUCAAAACUGAAGCCCAGUUUCCUAAAUUCUACCACAGAGUCCGACCUCAUGCGAUAUCGAACCAUUGGUCAGAUCCCACAAUUCACGCUGAACUUUGUGGAGUUUAACUUAGAGAAACAUCGCUCGGCCUCCACCACAGAGAUUGAAAUUGUGGCCCCAAGCAACGCCUUUGAGAGAACACAGAAUGUCACAGAAAAAGUGACGCAGGUAAGAUUUGGUCCUUUCUUACUGUUCUCAUAUCUUCUGCCUCUUUUUGUUUUAUUGAGAAUGUGGACUAUAAGCACAUAUAAGUAACAUUUGCUCUCAGUUUGUAAAAUAAAUUUUGCUUGGAAAAGUUUAGUUUAUUUUUUGGUUGAUCAUUGUUUAACCAUUUCCUAAUCAAGAUACAGUCAUAUAUUUACUAGUUCAUAAUUUGAAAUAUGUUUAUAGCAACUCUAUACUAGUAUAUUAAUGGAACACUAUAGAGUCAGGAGCACAAAUGUGUAUUUCUGCCCCUAUAGUGUUAAAACCAUAAUUUAGGUGGUUUGUGUCCCCCCUCCCCUUUGUCCCUUAGAGGGAAAAACUCACCUUAUUUCCACCCGCUUGGUGACUUCAUGACAAUUUAUGAUUUUUAGGCAAUCCAAUGCUGCCAAUAGAUUGGCUGAAAUCGGCAAGGAUUGUCAAUGCAUCGCUACGAGGAAAUUUCUCUGAAAAGCAGUGUUUGCAUUAAAAUGCCUGAAGGGAAUGAUUAUACUCACCAGAACAACUGCAUUAAGCUGUAGUUGUUCUGGUAAGUAUAGUGUCCCUUUAAUUCUAUUCUACAGGGAAAAAUAAGCAAAACAGCACCUUUUUUUGAGUUAUUAUAAAGAUAGCUCAUUAAAAAGUAUACAAAAAAGAAACAAAACAUCAGAGUAGAAAAGAUGUUCAAAUGAUUGUAGCUUAACAUCCGAGAGACUCUCUGCAGCUACAGGCAGACCCAUCCCUGACCUGGAAGCAGUGGCGGAUCCAGGGGGGGGCAACGGGGCAAUUGCCCCCCCCGAGAAAUCCGCCGGUCUCCCUCUCCCUCCCCUGCCAGCAUGGCAGGCACUGUGCUGAGAGCCGGCAGGGAAGGGAGGGAGUGAGAGAGAGGACCCGGAGCUCAGGCUGCAGCUCCUCUGGGUCCUCCUCCCGUGAGAUUUGAAGCGUUGCCGCGGUUACCACGGCAACGCUCCAAAUCUCGCGAGAGUGAACUCUAGCCCGGGAGCGCGGGCUAGAGUUCACUCUCCACACUGGGACCACCAGGGAAUCUCCACCGGACCACCAGGGAUCGAAAUAUGUCCCCCCUCCUCCCCAGUAAAGUUAAGAAGGGAGGGGGGACAUAUUUUGGAUAAAUAACUAAAUAAAAAAAAUUUAUUCGAAUUAAAUAAAAAAAAAAUAUAUUAUAAAAAAAAAAGCCACACACACAUACAUUGCCCCCAAUACUGCCCCCCCAUUCACACAAAUUGCCCCCCAUUCACACAAACUGCCCCCCCAUACACACACACUGCCCCCCCAUACACACACUGCCCCCCAUACACACAACUGCCCCUAUACACACAACCGCCCCCAUACACACACACUGCCCCCCCAUUCACACACAAACUGCCCCAUACACACACUGCCCCCAUACACAUACAACUGCCCCCCAUACACAUACAACUGCCCCAUUCACACAACUGCCCCCAUUCACACAAACUGCCCCAUACACACAAACUGCCCCCUCAUACACAUGCACUGCCCCCACAUACACACACUGCUCCCCAUACACACAUACUGCUCCCCCCAUACACACAUACUGCCCCCAUCCACACAAACUGCCCCCAUACACACACACACACUGCCCCCCCCAGGCCACACACACUGCCCCCAUACACACACAUACACUGCCCCUAUCUACAAACCCCACAUACACACAUACUGCCCCACAUACACACACACACUGCCCCAUACACACACAAACUGCCCACCAUACACACAAACUGCCCCCAUACACACAAACUGCCCCUCAUACACACGCACUGCCCCCACAUACACACACUGCUCCCACAUACACACAUACUGCCCCACACACACACAAACUGCCCGCCAUACACACAAACUGCCCCUCAUACACACGCACUGCCCCCACAUACACACACUGCUCCCACAUACACACAUACUGCCCCCCCAUACACACACACUGCCCCCAUACACACACACCGCAACUGUUACACACACAUACUGUCCCACACAUACACUGCAUCCCUGACAUACACUGCCGCCCUCACUCACACACUACAACCUUCACACACACACUGCACCCCUUACACAUUGCACCACUCAUACACACCACUGCUCCUAUGCCCUACUACAGCCCCAUUUUCCAGCAGAUUUCAGGUUAGUUGUCAAACUGUUCUUAAAUGGUUUGACUACUUACUGUGGGAGGGGGUCCCGGCACUAUUGACACCAUAACCACUACACUGAGCUGUAGUGGUUAUUGUGUCUGGAUUAUUUCUUUAAAUAAUCUACAAGUGCCCCUCCCGAGAUCAGGCUCUGGAUCCGCCACUGCCUGGAAGAUACUCCAACAGUCAAUCAGGAGCCUCUCAUUCUAGUCUGUGGGGCCUGAUCUUAUCCCAUAUAACUCUGCCCAGUAGAAGUUUAUGGGAUAAGUAGUUUAUUCGACAACCGCAGUUUCAAUCAUAAAAAUGAAUGAGUGAAACUGCUCAGUGAACUGCUGUCAAUUUAUACAGACUUGUUUACAUUCUUGCGAGCGAUUGAGCAUCUAACUUUUGGUCAUAAGCUACUUAUCCCAUUGCUGAAAAGGUGUUUAUGAGACAAGCAGAAAUUAACAGACAGGAAUGUGAGAGUCCUGAUUGUUGGGGUCUCUUACUGAUGAUGGAGGGGUGGGUUCCUUUCGAUAUUUAAUUUUUUUGCAUAUAUUUUAUGAAGCAUGAACUAUAUACUAAUUUAAAAAAUCAGGGCGUCAUUUUCUGCAUAAUAUGUGCAUUUAUUUGCACUAAUUUUAGGUUGUAAAAUAAUUCAAGGGAUAAGCAGUGCUAUCUUCUGGCCUUUAGGGUUAAUAGCAACAUGAAUGCUUCCGAAACGUUCUCACAGUAAAUCUAGCAAGUCGCUAACGAUCUUUUAAAUCAGGCUUCCCCAAACUCCGGCCCUCCAGAUGUUGCUGAACUACAACUCCCAUGAUUCUCAGCCUAUCUAGUUCGUUCAUAAAAUCAUGGGAGUUGUAGUUCAGCAACAUCUGGAGGGCCGGAGUUUAGGGAAGCCUGUUUUAAAUGUUUAUAUUUUGAGCUAAUUCCCAGAAUGCUGUUUACAGUCUUUCUGAUUUUAGGCACGAAAGAGUCAUUUGGUUAUUUUUCUCAUGUCCUUUAAAAUUUCCAAUUACACUAGCUCCCUCUAGUGCUUCCUCUCAGGAACUGUGUCCUUAGCAUUACAACAUCCCAUUAUGAUCAUUUAUACAUUGAAAAGAGCCAUGAAAUUUCAUUAACAAUUAUAAAAAAAUCUAAUUUGGACCUUUAAAAUAUUGACCAAUCAUGGAGGAGCAAAGGGAUAAGAUAGCCAAUCACCUGCUCUAGUCACCAGCUAGUAAAACAUGUAAAUGUGUUGCUUUCAUAUUCAUUAAAUCAUUUUUUUACAUUUUAAAUUAUUCAAAGGACAGUGUGAUAAAGUGAAGGCAGAGAGGCCGUUAACAUUUAACCCCAGGGGAAGUACAUGUUGUAUGUGUGGUGUGCAACACAAAGCUACAUUUAGUUAUGGGCCCCUGGGGUGGAGCAUUUGGAGAGCAGAGUGGGCCAAUGCUCCACUCCUCAGUUUAUACACAACUGGGAGAAAUAAAUUCCAGGCCAGAGUUUUUUGGAACUGUCUCCAACCCACUGCUCAGCUGCAGAUAAUCAGCUGCAGCAGUAGGAAUAAACCCCUCCCUGCUAGGCAGGUGAAGGGGGAUUGCUGGCUUCCUCCCUGGAAGCAGGUAGGAGAGAGGCUGUUCUCUCCAGUGAGAGAGUCAAGGAGACUGAGCACUGGGAGUGCAAAAGGAAAGCAGUCAAGGCUGGCUUGGAGCACUGGGAGUGUAGAAAGGAAAGCAACAGGAUGACUUAGCACUGGAGUGCAGAGAGCUGAGAAAGACACUAGGUUGGUGAAACCAAUAUUGUUUUGUUCUAGUUUAACCCCUGAGAAAUAGGGAACCUGAAGUUAGUAAGUGCUCAGACGAGCUAGGUUUUUGUUUAAAGGGACUUGUGUUAUAUUUAUGUUUUCAUUUGCUGCUGUCUCCUGUGUGGACUUACAAAUAAAGUGCCUGGAUUAUAUGCAAAUAAAAGGACUGUGCCUGUUGUUUACCCUAGAGGACCUUGCUACCUGCAGACAAGGAUCACAACAGUAAACAUGGUUAUCUACUAAAGAAUUUCCAGGAAUCAAAUAUUUAAAAAUCGAGGUCAAAAUUGCCACGUUAGAAAAAUUCUGCAAAUAAGAUUCGUUUUCAUUUUGGCACUUUUAAAUCCACUUUGAAAUCACUUUAAAUUCUCUGCAAUUUUCACUUCAGUGAAUAAUGUAUUAAAAUACAGUGAGCUUCUCUGUUGUAAUAACAAGCCACCAUUAUUUAUUAAUUUAUAAAAUAUUUUACCAGGAUGGUUACAUUGAGAUUUCUCUCAUUUUCAAGUAUGUCCUGGGUAAUUAGUUAAAUUAUAAUAUCAAAAGAUGCAGAAAUUCAUGACAUCUUUGGUUGUACAAAGAAGAUUAGUUUCUAAGCAUGCCUUAAGAAUCUUAGUUCACUGCAAGAUCAACUAAGAAGCAUGACUCACCUUUCUACAGCUAGUGCGAUCCCCGUGGCGCUAUUGAUCUAGUGGCCAUAGGCACUAAACAACGAGACAUUGGUAACGUGAGUGCAGAACAAUCUCUUAACUAGGUGGCAGGAUACAUAUUAUGCAGUGUCUUGUGAUUGUAGUGCCAUUGGCCACAAAACCUCAAACUGUUCUUUUUGAUUAGAAAACAUGACAUUGUGAUAAAAUACAUCAUGCUACAAUAUCCCGAUUUUGUUUUGGCAGGAAUGCAAAUUAUGUGCAUGAAUUUAGCUUGGUGACCAAUUCUUCAAUUGUAGUAUUAUAAUUAAUAAUAAUAUCAAACUAGCUUCUGUGAAUAUCCUGGGAUCUCUCUUAUUAUUAAUAUAAUAUUUAUUAAAAUUUUUAAAAACACUCUUCCUAGUGUAAAAAGAGUCUCUGUUAUACGGGGCAGGCAGUGUUGCUAUAGUAAAUUAAUUGUCAUGGGCAGUUGUAUGAUAUGUCCAUUCCAACCAUUCAGAUCAGGAAUGGAAUGUUGAGGUGAGGUUAGAUCAAAACUGUAAUGGAGCUGUAUUCACAAAAGUGCAACAUCAUUACCAUACCGUUCAUAAUGUUGCCAAUUUUGAAGUUGCAGUUGGGUUUAGGAUAUACUUUUAGAUUAGGGUUUGGAUUAAGCCAUACUGAAAUGUAGUGUUCGGGGUCUACAAACAGCAUCAAUAAAUACAGACAAAACAGUAUAAUGAGCAAAUUAUUAACAAAUUAUUGGGGAGGGGGGAGGGUUUAUAGGGUUCAAAAUAGGGAUUUUUUUUAAAGAUAAGGGGCUGAUAGUACAUUUUUGGAAUAUUACAUACUUAAAACGUGAGGUAAGAACAGUCACAAUUUAUUUGAUGCUCUGCGGAUAUCAUGGGGUCGUAGUAAAUACAAUAAGGCAAAAUCGGAGUCUGUCUGAUCACAGCAGAAGAAAAGAGCCAUGACAUGUACAGACAAUCCAACAAUGUGAUGCAGGUCUGACCGUAUUGCAUUAAACCCAACAUUCCCCUUAAAACCUAUACCAACAUAGGCUGUUUUCUGUGAUUAUUAUCAUUAGAGCCCCACUAAUGCUAAGUAAGACAUUACAUGAUAGAGGUAUCUAAGGACCAGGUUGCAACGAUGAUAUAGAAAAUCCUUGCCCCCUAAUGGGUUAAGGUUAGGGCCUGAAGAUGAAAUCAAAAUUGAAACAGAGGUCUGAAAUGUGUAACUUAUCACCUAUUGCAUCUGUGAAUCUAAUUUUCACGUAUUAGAAGGCCACAAGUGACAAAAUUAGGGGAAGAAUGAAGAAUGAGCAGAGAUGCGAGAGAAUGUUUUAAGGGAGAGAUAUGACAUGCAUAGGGAGUUAGGACUCUGCGUCUAGCAGCGUGAUGGCAUACAAGGCAGAGCUGUGAAUUUGAGUUUCACAAGUACAUGUACAAAAAAAAAAACACAACGCUGAUAAUACAGCUGAAGCUGGUAAGUGAAUGAGAAUAGGAUAAGUAAACCAUAGGACCCUACGAAAGCAUCACACAUACACUGACGUGUACACAAUCAACUGUUAAAACACAUCCAAUGGUGGUAAUAAUCUCUCACUCUUCCAUAAGCGCACUGCUUGCUCACCACUGAUGUGUUGGUGGAGCUCGGAGUUGACCGUGGACAGUGUCUUGCUUCUCAGACAAUUGUAUAAAUAAUUCAUUGUCAGGCAGUCACUGUUACAAUCCUUUCAGUCAUUCAGAGGUUCAUCUGCCUGCUUCUUUUCAUAUAUGCAUGGGUGAGUAUGACAACAGAGCUAUAUUGAGCUGGUAGGAGGGGUUCCCACAUCAUCUGGUUUGGGAGGUGUUGUAAAACUCAUAAAGUCAUUGAAGCAUCUCUUGGAUAGUGAUAACCCAUGAAGCCAUUUCAUCCUCUGAGCCUGUGAUCUGUAGCUGCCAGCUCGACCAACCUACCUGUGGGUGUGAGAGGUAAGUACUAAAAUAUCCCCCUUACACCUAUCCACCUCUCACUGUUAUCCUAAACCUUUUAGAACUUAAACACCAUCCUUUAGAAUGAUUUAAUUUGACACCAAUGGAUAAAUAUCGAGGCUAAAUAGAAUCAAAUUGUUCUACAAAAGCUUUAUAUUUCCCAUCUGCAGUGAAUCCUCAGGACUUGCUUGAUGUAAAAUGUAGUUUUACAUUCAUAUUUUCUUUAUCACAAGUUUAUUUAAUUUCAGUUAGUAUAAUAAUGUCUAAUUGUGUGUCUGCUUUCAUUAGAUUCCUAACAUAAAAUGUUGCUUUAUAGGACAGAUGAUAGGUAUAUUUGUUUUCGAGGGCUCUAUCGGUAUCGCCAUUUGCAAAAGAUAAUUUUUCAGUUUUUUUUUGUUUAUGUUGUACCAAUUACGGCACUCUGUUACUGAACAUGUUUCUGGCUAUUUCUCUUUGAGCAUGAGUGAAUUACCAAACACAGACAUAUCUGUCAGAAUGAAUAAUUCACUAAUGCAUCCAUCUGCAUCCAUCAGUGCACGGAGAACAAAAGCAGUGUGUAUACAGAGGGUAAAAACCUUUUCCAACGCAUUUUACUCAUAAUAUAAGGAAAUGGCCCAAAAAAUCUUCACAAAAACACAAUAGCAUGGAUGUCUAUAGACAUAAUAUGGAAAAUGUAGAUCGAUAUUACAAUUAUUUGAUGCUUUGACACUUUGUAACUGCUAGUAACUGCUGAAGGACACUUUGCAGAACUUUAUAUUAUUUUGCUGUGCAUUAAAUGAGUGGAUUAGAUUAUCAAUACCAUUGCUAGCUCAGGAUGAAUUAAAGGCAACUUAAUAAUAACACCAUCGUGAUCAUAACACAAUAUACACUUUAUCCGUUUGAGUUGUGCAGUAUAUAACAGGAUAUUGUUGCUUAUAAUGUAGUACUUUUUUAUCGACAUCAAUAGCAGUUAAACCAUUUUCAUCCUUCUCUUAGGUUCAAGGGUGAAUAAGGGUUAAACGCAGGCCUCAGGCUCAACUCUUCUGCCUGGCUGGCUUAUUUUGUGUUCUCCGCUCGCGUAACCAUUGAUUGGGCCUAAUUAGCAUCAAUUUGCCUUUCCAGUGUCCUUUGAAAACUUGUGCUCUGUGUCCAUAGGAAUUAGCAUCUCUUUGUCCAGUGCCAAAGGAGGCAACUGAGCUCUUAUCAAAAUGGUAGGGGUGAGGGCCCAUAUUCCAAUGAAUAAUACAAAUGUGAAAGUAAUAAGUAUUUGUUAAGACAACACAAAGACAGUAUUUUGUUGAAGUCGUAUUUAGUUCCUGCCAUUUAAAUAGUAGGAAUUAAAAAAUGAAAAGGUUUUAUCUCACAGGUUGACAGAUCUCAUGUAGAUAAAUCAGAGCAAUAGCAGAGGUUGUAUGGCCACAAGUCUUAACCUAAUGGGUGCUCUGUAUUAACUAUGUGACGGAUUGAUCAGGUCACUUUAACAACUGGUGCUGGACUCCAUGCUAACUCGUCCAAAAGAGAGCUUUUGUCACCAAAGUCAUGAUCUUGAGCAGGUCAGGUAAGAGACUUUGGCCAGUGUUAACAUCAGAGGCUUUAUUGGUGAGUUUGGACAUACUAAAAAACAACAGCAUAUCUUAUAAAUGAAAUAAUAGGAGAAGGCAAUAAGAGAAACAAAGGUUUAUGCAAUAUGCCCUAUACAGAUAAUAAACCGAAUGUAGGUGGAUAAUAAGAGAACCUAUAGAUGAAGAUAUAGGCUGAAGAUAGAGGGACAAGUAUAAAAGAAUAGAACAGAACAACAUGGUUUCAGGAAAAUAGAAAAAAAAAAGACUUUAGUGAAUCAGCCCCCACUUGGAAGGAGUACUGAUAAAGUAUGGAAAUAACACCUUGCAAUAAUAGAGGCAAAGUCCAGGUUGGUGUUAUGCAGGUUGGUGUAAAUCUGAUUGGCAGGGUAAAGCAGAGUAGAAGUGUAGGUUAGGCUGGUUUGGAACAGGUUGGUAUAAAGCUGAUUGGCAGGAUAAAGCAGAGUAGAAGUGUAGGUUAGGCUGGUUUGGUGCAGGUUGGUAUAUAGCUGGUUAGCAGGAUAGAAGUGUAGGUUUCGGCUGGUUUGGAACAGGUUGGUAUAAAGCUGAUUGGCAGGAUAAAGCAGAGUAGAAGUGUACGUUAGGCUGGUUUGGUGCAGGUUGGUAUAUAGCUGGUUAGCAGGAUAGAAGUGUAGGUUUCGGCUGGUUUGGAACAGGUUGGUAUAAAGCUGAUUGGCAGGAUAAUGCAGAGUUGAAUUGUAGGUAAGGCUGGUUUGGAACAGGUUGAUAUCAAGCUGCUUAGCAGAGUAGAAUUGUAGGUUAGGCUGGUUUGGAACAGGUUGAUAUCAAGCUGGUUAGCAGGAUAGAAGUGUAGUUCCACAUGAACAUUUACAGAAGCCAGGAACUGGUCUUUCAGGAUGAGCAUCAACUUCAUUGUAAAGACAUGUGGUACGUUGGGUGUAGCCUUUUGUAGCUUCUUGAUUAGUCCAGGCAGGUGAGGAUGACGAAGGUGAAAUCCAAGGUUAGUGGUUAGGGAGGCCACUAGUGAUGCAGAGCUAGAACUAGUUAUUAAAGAAACAGGAAUAAACAAACAUAAACUUAGUUGUCAGGAUAGGAGCCUGACAUCCAUAUUUGCUCCUCCAUGCUGUUCCAGGACUUUACAGGACAUAAGGGAGCCUUAACCUGUGGCCCAACUAGCCCAAACAGACUUUUAGGACACUCCUUGAGGCUGAAUGGAGUACAGAGUGCUCAACUGAGAGGUAUCCAGAAACACCAUUAAACUGUACACUGGAUCGGAAGAAUACCGAUGUGAAACUUCAAGAGGGUAUCACUCUGUCUCAGGACUAGCAACCUUAGCACUCUUUGGAAGGGAGGUCCAGGAGGCAAUGAAGCAUUCAGUGACACCAAAGACUUGAAGGAGAUCGCAUUUAUGGGGCUUCUACUUGGUAGCAAACCAUCUAGGAACUCUGCGUCGUAUCGGAGGAUGGUUAAGGCCCAGUCAAACUUCAACUGGUGAUUACUCAGGCAAGACACCUCUUAUUUGAGUUCUUUCUGGACAGCAUGCAUCUCUAAAUCAGAGCUCUCAGGGGGAUGUAUAGCUCUUGGGAAUAACAUAUGGGAAAGUCUCUGUUUUUGAGACACUGUUUAAGGUGUCUUGGUUUCUACUAGCUAAUUAAAUUAUCCUGCAUUUAAAUGAGCUAUGGCCUAGACACCAAUAUUGUGUGGUUGAUGACACCCUUUUGAGAAUACCUGUAAAAAUACGUGAGUUGUUAAAUAAAGAGCAUCUGGUUUACUCUUCAUCAAGCCUUCGGUUAAUGCUUCGGGCUUGAGUGAUAAUCACUCUAGCUGAUCUGAUCCAGUGGGGAAGAGAUACUUGGCGGAGAUACUUAGUCUGCGUAUAGGAGCUCCCUUACAAGCUCCAUGAAAAAAAACAUUUGUUUUUGGUACAUUUACUUGGGUAGGAUGAAUUUAUAGACCCUAAAAUUAUUAAUGGACCAAUUGAAUAAAGAAAAAAAAUACACAAUAUGUUGACACCAUAAGCUCCUCAUCAUGGAUCCUUACUCUACAGCUAUGUGGUGGCAUUUUCAUUUUGGAGAUAUAAAACGUAAACCAUUAUUUCCAUCAUAGUAUGAUAUCAACAUACAGAGUUCUUGAACUCUGGGAUUUUAUAUCUCAAUAUAUAAUUUGACAUAAUUAAUAUGAAGAUCUAAUGGAAUAGUUAUCUUCUGCUAUAAAGUGACAUUCACAAUAUAGUGCUAUGGGACAUGGAACUUUUAUUUGCCAUCACACAGAGAAAUAGGAAGUAUUGCACUAUGGCAUGCAUAGCCUUUAUUUCCCACUGUAGGCUGACAGACAUACUAUGGUUCUAUUGAACACAGAGCUUUUUUUCUUCCAUUACAGGCAGACAUGAGCAGUAUCACCCUACAGGACAUACACCCUUUAUCUCUCAUCCAUGGGUGACAUGGACAAUAUGGAGCUAUGGGACAUAGAAACUUAUCUCCUGCUGCUGGAUGACAUUUACAUAAUGGCACUCUGACAUGCAGAGCCUUUAUUUCCAACUAUGGGAAUAAUACUCAAUAUGAAGCUUUGAGGCAUAGGCCACUUUUCUCCCACUAAAGAGUGAAAUAGGCAGUAUGGAGAUAUGGGACCAUUACAUUUACCAUGAAAUGUUUGGUGACAUGAUCACGAUGAAGUACUAAUUUUCCAAUCUUGGGUGGCACAGGCAGUAUAAAGCUUUGUAGGUUUAACCAGUGGCAUACCUACCAUAGUCGCAUGAGUCGCUGCUGCAACAGUGCCCAUCACUCCAGGGGGCCCGACCACAGAUGCAACUCCUGCGACCAUGGGCUGCUGGCAUACCUUCAGGGCCAGUGUACAGCCACAUCAGCCCAGGGCCCGCUGUUGCAGGGCUACCGGCACAAGGGGAGCUUUGUGCUCUGCUACUCCGCUACUGCCGCUGUAUGCAGCAUGACUGAGCAAUCUGUCAGGAAGUGCUUACUAAGAGAACACUUCCUGUCAAUGGGUACCGAAGCAGUAAUCAGGUACAGAAGGGGAGGAUGAUGAGACACAUGGAGGGGCUGGAGGAAGGGAAUGGGAUACAUGGAAAGAUUGGGGGGUGGAGAAAAUGGGACACAUGGAGGGUGGAAAUUAGACAAAUGGAGAGGCUUGGGGUCAGGAAAUGAGACACAUGGAGGAGAAGAAAGGAGACGCAUGGAGGGGUUUUGGGGGGAAAUGAGACACAUGGAUGGGCUGGGUGGCAGGUAAUGAGACUCAUGGGGGGCCUGGGGUGAGAAUGAAACACAUUGAGGGGCUAGGAGGAGGAAAUGAAUGAGACUUAUUAAGGGGUUGGAAGUGAGGGAAUAAGACACAUGGAGGAGCUGGGGAGAGAAUGAGACACAUGGGGGAAGCAGGGCAAUAUUCACACUGGGGUCCAAUGGUUUCUAGUUACGCCUCUGGGUUUAAGCCUCAGUAUUUGGGGACCUAAACGUUAAGAGGUUAAGAAAUAUAUGAGAAUAUAGAGUCAGUUCCAUGUGCAACUGUUAUUAGGUGGUACUUUGGCACAGAGUAAUGGACCAUGCAACAUUUUUAAUUACCUCAUAUCAUCCGCAGGUCCUUUCCCUUGGGGCAGACGUUUUGCCAGAAUACAAGCUGCAGGCCCCGCGGAUUCACCGAUGGACCAUCCUCCAUUACAGCCCAUUCAAAGCAGUGUGGGACUGGCUGAUCCUGUUGCUGGUCAUCUACACAGCUGUCUUUACCCCAUAUUCAGCUGCUUUCCUACUGAACGAUCAGGAGGAGGAGAGGAACUGGGAAUGUGGAUACUCUUGCAACCCCCUCAACAUCGUGGACCUGAUUGUGGACAUUAUGUUCAUUGUAGACAUAAUCAUUAACUUCCGUACCACCUAUGUCAAUACCAAUGAUGAGGUGGUCAGCCAUCCCGGCAAAAUAGCUAUCCACUACUUCAAGGGCUGGUUCCUUAUAGAUAUGGUGGCAGCUAUACCCUUUGACCUUCUUAUUUACCGGACAGGAUCAGAUGAGGUAAGAGACCUUUCCUAAUUCACCAAUUCCAAUUCACAGAUAACUUCACUAACACUAUAGUCAAAACCCAUAGGCAACCACAUUAAUAUAAGGAUUGCAUCCACACAUAAUGGAUCUUGUGUUACGAUCACAUAACCAAUAUCUCUACAGCAAGCAUAUCAAACGCAAAGUCUAGCACAGGCCACAUAAACAAGGUUUAAGUUUAUGUGUGCCGCAAAAAAAACCAAAUCUUAAAUUUUCAUAGAAACUUAGGUUUAUUUUGAAAAUUACACUGUUAAACCCCCCCCCCCAGCAUCCUCCUCUACUAAACCACAGCCCCCCUAUACUAAAUCCCAGUCCCCCAUAUACUAAACCCCAGUCGUCCCCCUCUACUAAAUCCCAGCCCCCCCCAAUAUACUAAAUCCCAGUCCCACCCUCAUAUACUAAAUCCCAGUCUUCCCCCUCUACUAAAUCCCAGCACGCCCCUCUAGCCAACAAGCAGACUCCACUCACAUUGCUGCUGCCAGUAUGCGACUCUGGAGUCCGGCCUCUGGUAUAACCCAAAUAGCGCCGUCCGCACCCUGUGCCAUUCUGAUCCUGCCGCUACUUCUUGAAACCCUGUGAAGGUGGAGCACGUUGAUGUCACGUCGGAAUGUGACGUUGCGUUGCGUGCCUCCAUGCACUCCACUGUCCAGUGCAGCCAAUGCAACGCUGGCCCACACACUCACUGACACACACACAAAUAAGUGGGGGAGGAGUAUUGGGGUACUGUUUAGGUUCCAAAAGGAUCAGCUGUUAAAUGAUCUUAUUCUGUUUUACACGGGACUUAACACUUCUUCUUGCACCACGUGUCUCCUUUCCACCACAUAACAUCUCAGCAACAAACAGAAUGGUAAGAUUUGCAGUGAUGAUGCCAGAUUUUUUUUGGACUACAUACAUUCAAGACUCACAAAAAAUAUUAAAAGAAAAAAGUACAACAAAAAAAACACUUUGCAUGUUUUGUAUCCAAGUGGCAGUUAACCAAUAAGUCUAUUAUAUAUCACUUACACUGUAAGUAUGAAAAUGAAGUUAAGUGUCCAUGUGCAUCUGAUAUGUGUGUAGUACAACAUUGUGUGUGUGUGAAUGAGUCAAAAGAGUGUACAUGUGUCUGGAGCUUGAGAACUAUGCCCUUUUUUAUGUGUGGGGGGUUCAUUAUAGUUUUGAUGGCGCAUGUGUGGAAGGGUUCACGUGGAAGUUGUAAUGGAAUGUCCAUAUGUGGUGGUUAUAAAGGUGGAGUAAAGCACACAUGUGAUUCGGGUGUCAUGAUAUUUUAGAGUGAACAUGCAUAAUUUUGUGGUCAGCGAGGUAGUAACAAAGUGUAGAAGUACCCUAUGCUUUAUAGUGAAUUCUUGUGGCACCUGGAGUAACUACGAACAUCUUGCAAACAUUAUAGCACAAUGUUUUUCAAGGUUAUUAAUUCAUGUUAAUUUGGGGCAAUUACAAUGGUAACCAGUGGACCAGAAAUCACAUUAACUUGGUGACUUUGCCCCUUUUACGAAAGUUUUUACGUUCCUCAGCUACAAGCUAAACACAAGUGAAGGUGCAAUUUCAAAGGUACAUUUCGUGACUCUAAUCUGACCUUUUUGCACUCCUAAUAAUGGCUACUAGUGAUUUUACCUAGAGUUUACCUAGAUUAUACUGUUCAGAGGAAAAAGGUUCUAUUUGUUUUUCAUUGUUGUAAUCACCAUUUCUUCUUUAUUAAGAAGCAUCAAUGAGAUAUAUGGUGGUUAAUAUGUUCUCAUGUGGGACAUGUGCCUCAAUUUUCCCCCCCAAAGUUUUUUUUCUUUCACCCUAUAGUGUUAGCUAUGUAUGUUUUAUAAUAAUGAGCCAUUUAUUAGUAACACUACAUGUGCAAAACAUCUGGAUACUUUAUAUAUAAUCAGCAAUAAUGACAAUACAAGUUUAAGGACUUGUUAUGGUUCUAUUCAUUUUACUUUAGAAUUUUGUUUCAUUAAAAACUUUGCUAUUUGUGCCAGUUCUCCCAAUAUAUUGAAUAUGUGUUUAGCUUCAAUAAGAAAGACUAGUUGGCAUGUGCUGUUACACCCUCAUAAGUCUAAUACCCAUCAUUUUAUGGCCCAGAUGCAUCUUUGAUUGUAGGAUUAAGUUUAAAAUAUCUCCCCCAUUUUGUACUUUGUGCUUUUGUUUGCAUGUUGAUCCUGCUUUUCAUCUGUUGAUCUUGGCUUUCAGUAAAUACAUUAAUGACUCAUUCACUCCAGCUCUAUUGUCUUUGUCAUGUAGACUACCACUUUGAUCGGACUUCUGAAGACAGCAAGGUUGCUCCGUUUAGUUCGUGUGGCAAGAAAACUAGACCGGUACUCUGAGUAUGGAGCAGCUGUUUUGUUCCUUCUCAUGUGUACCUUUGCACUCAUCGCUCAUUGGCUGGCAUGCAUCUGGUACGCCAUUGGCAAUGUGGAACGUCCGUACAUGGAACACAAGAUUGGCUGGUUGGACAAUCUAGCCAAUCAGAUUGGAAAGAGCUACAAUGACACUGACCAGACCUCCGGGCCUUCUAUCAAAGACAAGUAUGUGACUGCUCUUUACUUCACCUUUAGCAGCCUAACCAGCGUAGGCUUCGGGAAUGUCUCACCUAACACCAAUUCAGAAAAGAUCUUCUCUAUCUGCGUUAUGUUGAUUGGAUGUAAGUCCUUGGAAAUUGAUUUGUGUGUUACAAUGGCACAAUGCAUGAUUUAGAAAAUACGUUCUCGAGGGAUAGCAAUUAUAGGCUAUGGACAUUUGAAUUUGUUUUAAGUAGUUUUAAUUUGUAAUUUUAUACAUUAUUAGACAUGUGCAUUUGUUGCACUCUUACUCACACAAAUUGAUCCAUUUGACAAUGAUUAAUCAGUUUAAAAAUUAAUUGAAAGGGGUUCUAUGCAGGAUGAAUCAAUUUGUUGUAAGAGUGCAAUGAAUCCACAUAUCUAUUUAUUUACUGUAACUUAUAUUUUUAAAUGGGUACUCCUACGAAUGCAUAUAAUGUAAUGAGUCAAAAGUCUCAAUACCUGUAAGAAUGUUAGAUUAAUCUUAUAAUUACUAUGAAACACACUAGUCAGUGGAUCGGUGAUGUAUGUUACUCUAACCUUUAAGUCGAAAUUAUUUCAUUAAUUAUCUUCAAGUGUUUUACAGAAUGUUACUUUAGGUUAUUUUGGCUCCUGCCUGUAUACAUAAUAAUUAAGUAUAAUUACAAUUGUAAUGACUUAAAAAUUAUUCUAUUAACUCAGGGCCUAGGAACCCCAAUAGCCACAGUCCUGUGUCAGCUUGCUUAUUUAUAUGGGCAUUAUAGCUAAUAUUUUAGGAAUAUACAUCUUUGAUGGUUCCAAAAAAAGAUCAAAUAGCCUCUGUGUUUUGUGAGUUAUACUAUAUACUUUAUUAAUUGAUGUCUGUUAUAAAGCAUACUGACGUCUCUGUAAAACAGAUGCUAUGGGUACAGAAUAAAAACUAGUUUGCUAUGAUAAUAAAGCUAAGUUUAUAGAGUAAAUAUGGUUAGUUAGUCAGUUAGUGUUUUUAGGGGAAUCUCUCAUGUUUAUUUUUAGCAUAUAAAAUUUUUUAAGCAAAAUGUGAGCAAAUAUUGUUUUAAAAAUAUGUCAAUUACAAAAGGGAUUACUUUACCUUAUUAUUCAUCUCUCUGAAGGCUCAGUCAGAAUGUUAAUUAGUUUCAGAGUCUUAAUUAGCUUUCACUGCUACAAUUCUCCUUGUUUAUCACAACUUAAUGUCUAACUUGUUGGUUAAACUAUGCACAUUUUGAAAAAAAAAAAAAAUAAUACCUAUAGAUAGACAGUUUUAAAAACAAACAAACACUAUGCUAAAAGCAGAUAUAAUAUAUAAUCAGAGUUAAAGAAAUGAAUGAUUGAUCCUCAUUGAGUAUUUUUUUUUAGUAGCGACAUUAAUGAGACAUCCAGAUACUUUCUACAUUUCUCAUUUUUUUUUUCCCUUCCUUGCACUCAGCUCUCAUGUAUGCCAGCAUUUUUGGGAAUGUCUCAGCUAUAAUACAGAGACUGUACUCGGGUACUGCUCGUUAUCAUACCCAAAUGCUGCGUGUCAAGGAGUUCAUCCGCUUCCAUCAGAUUCCCAACCCCCUACGGCAGCGACUUGAAGAGUAUUUUCAGCAUGCUUGGUCCUACACAAAUGGUAUCGAUAUGAAUGCUGUAAGUAACCUCGACCACCUGUAAGUAGCUGUGUAAAAGUUCUAAAAUAACUUACAAAGGGAUAAGGAAAUUAAAGACAUUAGCGAUUACCGAAAGAUUACAGGGGUACAAUUUCGCUAUAGAGAAUGUAGAUUAAAUUUACUUUCAGUUUUCACUGAUACUUACUGAUAAUUCAUUUUUGUUUCUUGAAAUCUUUCCUACCAUUCUAUUUAUAUAUAUAUGGGGAGAGUGGGCAUACACACUCAUAGGAAUUUCUUACAUGUUUGUAUAAAGUGAUAAACUUUCAUUAGUCCCUGGCCUAAUCUAAAGUCUAGGAUAGCCUUAUGCCUAUCCCACACAUGCUUAAACUCCCUCACUUUGUUAACCGCUACCACUUCAGCUGGAAGGCUAUUCCAUGCAUCCACUACCCUCUCAGUAAAAGUGAAUUUUAUGUGAAUUCCAAAUUUAGGCCAAGGUAGCAGAACUGGAAACACAUCGGAACUAGAGAAUUUUUCUGGUUUAGCUAUUUUGACCUUAAAUUUGAAUUCUCUUUGAAUUCUCGCUUUAGUGAAUAAUCCUGUUUGGGUUUUUUUUUUAACAAUCCGUGCACAUUACACUAUGAUAGUUGCACAUGUGUGUUUAGGACGAUCCAUGAAUACAUUUAACGAAAGAGUUAAUUAUUUACGUAAAGCAGACAUUUCUGCUGCAGGUGAGGUAUAUGCAUGAAUAAAACUUUUUUAUUAACUCUUUUGUACUUUAUUGGCGAUCUGUGCUCUAGGAUUCCUCUAAUAUAAAUCCAAUGUCUUGAAUUUCUGGGAUGUGGAGCCGGGAGGAGGAAACAGAGGAAUUUUCAUUCACAGCUAUUGGCGAUUUUUAUUAAUGUAUUCUUAAUUUUAUGAUAGAACCAACAUGUUCUACAGCAUUAUAGAAUAAGGGAAGAAAUGUGUGCAAAAUUGAAAUGUAAUUAUUAAUUUUUAUUGACUGAAAGGACCUUUGAUGUCGCUGUGGGCGGUGCCAUUUCACAAUGCACAGGGAGUUCAUUAAUAUCAUUGCCGCAUCCUAAAAUCCUGCACGUGUGUAAGAAUGAUGCCCAAGCAGGCACUGUAUCUGGGCGGGAUUGGGGAGAAAGGGAUUUUUGUCUGUAUAUGAAAUCAGAUUAUUGUGAAGGGCUGCUUGUGCAUUUGUGAAAUGUAUCUCUAUAAAAGAAUUGUUGAAUAACUGGGAAUGCGUGUGUGUCUGUAUAUUGAACGAACCCUGUCUAAGCAUAGAUUGUAUCUCUGUACCAUGUUUGCAUGCAAGAAUUAUGUCCGUGUUUAUCAGGGGUAGACGUCCUGAGGCUCCUUCUGGAUUUAGUGGUGGUAGACGCAGCUAAUUAACAGCUGCAGACCAUCAUCACAUCGCUUGUUCUAAAGAAGAAAUUCUCAGUUAUUAUAAUAUUUAACCAGUGUUUUCAAAAUAACUGAGUAGGUCCUUCAAAAUGACUGAUUGCUGGAUAAUCUGAGAGUGAGGACACCCUAAAUCACACAUUUUCAUUGUGUGCUCCAAUACUCGGAAAUCUAUACAAGUCUGCAAUAGGCCCUGUAAUUAGACUUUGCUACAAGGAUAAAGGGUUCAGUAAUGGCCUCCCCCCUCCCUUUCUACCACCAUGUGUGAGGUGGUCAGGGGCUGUAUUAAACUGGUAAGCUCCAGGUGACUUCCUCUACCCAUAACCCCUCGUUGUGGGAGGAUGGAAUCAAAUACAGAGAAGACGUUCAGUGAAAGAGUGUAUCAUUUCUUUAACCCACUGGCCUGUUGCCUUAUAUAAAAAGUAAUUACUGUUUUUCUUUCGUUGAAUAAUUUGCAUUUUCCCAUUGGAUUUUUCCUUCAAACUAUUUUUUUUUUUUUGUUAUCAGCUGCAGCGUGAUAUGAGGGCUUUUUUUCGGAGAACAUUUUUUCGACCAAAAAUAGGAACGUUAAGCAAGAUUUUGACAUUAUAUAUAUUUUUGUAAGAGUUGUAUUAACUGUGUAUCAGAAUGUCGAAAUCUCGGAAUUUAGGAUGUUGCUAUGUUGUCUGUCAGAUAUAUUUCUGUUUCAGAAUGUUGGCAACAAUGUUCCCAUAUAGAUCAGAUGCAGCAACAGUGUAAUUGAGGCUUACUCACUGAUAACUGAGUUUUUCUGGGAAGUGAUCAGGUAAUCGAGAAUUGUUGGCAAUAACAGCGAAGCAGAGAAAAGGAUAUUUUUUUCCCAAUUUGGCAAUUUUAAUAUUAAGUUUAAAUUUCCCUGAUUAAUCCUAAUAGUUCUGGUUUAAUAAACCGCAAAGGCAAGCUUAUUAAUAAAUGUAAAAAUUCAAAGUGGAUUUUGGAUUAAAGGCGAAAGUAGCUAAACGCUUUGAGUUCACUUUGAAUUCUUACUAAGUGAAUAACCCUGUAUGCGAGAAGCCCAUACACUUUUGUAAAGCUAUUCGGCUCGUUUCCAGUCCUGUUGGUAAAUAGCAGUCGUAACCUGUUGCUAUUCGCAACGGCGGAUAGCUAGAAGCAACUACUAUUUAGCAAUUACAAACACAAAGAUAAAGCACUGCGCUUACAGCAGCAGUAGCUUAGUAUCCAACAGCUUAAAAUACAUAGUAAAAACAAAGAGAAUGGCCUAAAUCCUCAUGUACAUUUAAACAAACUGGAGGCUCUUUAUUUUAUUCCAAUGGAAAUUUGAAUAUAUAAGCUCACCUGCCACGUCAAGGAAAGCUUCAAAAGGUGAGUUCCUACACUAGCCAUUAGAUAUGCUGAUAUCAGCCAAGAAUCUCCAGUAAGACAGGAAGGGGUAUUUUAUACACCCUUUCACAUUUAACCCUUUAUAGGGCUUCUACACAUACAAUAAACUUUGCUGGUAUCAGACAAAGUGUAAACCUCUCUAAUGAGACAGGCCAUUGGAAUAAAACUAAAGAGCGCUAAUUUUUACAGGCUGACCGCUAAUAAGUGUGCUCAUAAAUCUUAGUUGCUUGCUGGUAAAGCACAGUAACACAUAAUGUGUAAGUUUUCAUCAUAGCAAUGACACCUUGCCGAUAAAAUAGGUUCUUCCUGAGCAUGCGCAUUUCACCCUGUGAUUGAUGAGCAUGAGCAUUUCACCCUGUGAUUGACCUUUGCAGUAGCUAUCGAUAGUGUAUAAAGUGUAUUAAACUGUGAAUUUGUGCUAAGCCAAAUACAUAUAUCUAAGUAACUUUUAAAGUUCAUGUUUAUGUCAGUUGCUCGUUUAAAUGACAUAUGCAUUUUGCUUAUAUAAAGAAUAAUUUUAUGUUUUAUAUCACGCAUCCAGCUUUCUCUUUAAUUCUAUUGCUCUUGAUAUGGUUUAAAUAUGUUUUUAUAUGUGCUUUAGGAUUUUAAUGUAAUGCUAAUGUGUAUUUUUCCUAUAGGAUGUAUAGAAUGUUAGCUAUUGUUAACUUGAUUGCACCAGUCAAGAGGCUGGAGCAGAGGUGUAACUAGAAACCACCGGGCCCCAGUGCGAAACUUACCCUGGGGCACCUCCCCCACAUGUCUCAUUCUUCCCCCUCACAGUACCUCCAUGUGUCUCAUUCUCUUCCCCCCAAAUUUCUUCAUGUAUCUAAUCCCCCCAAGCCCCUCCAUGUGUCUCAUUCAACCCGAGCCGCUCCAUGUGUCUCAUUUCCCUGAGCCACACCAUAUGUCUCAUUUUCCCUCAGCCCCUCUGUGUGCCUCAUAUCCCUCCAGAGCCCUUCCAUGUGUCUCUAUUCCUAUCAUCCAUGUGUCUCAUUCUCCCCCCCAGGCCAUCUAUGUGUCUAAUUCCACCCCAGCCCAUCCAUGUGUCCCAUUUCCCCCCAAAGCCCUUCUAUGUGUCCUAUUUCCCCCCAGAGCCCCUCCAUGUGUCUCAUUUCCCUCAAGCCCCUCCAUGUGUCUCAUUUCCCCAGCCACUCCAUGUGUUUCAUAUCCCCCCCCGAGUCCCUCCAUGUGUCUGAAUUCCUUUAUUCCUUCCCUCCAUGUGUCUCAUUUCUUCCCCCCAACCCUUCCAUGUGUCCCAUUCCCUCCCCCCAGCCCCUCCAGGUGUCCCAUUCCUUUCCCCCAGCCCAUCCAUGUGUCCCAUUCCCUUCUCCAGCUCCUCCAUGUGUCUCAAUUCCCUCUCCUCCUGUAACUGCUCACCGCUCUCUGCUCGGCCAUGCCACACACAGAGAUAGUCAGAAAGGGAGCAGCACAGCGCAUCGCUUCCCUCCUGCCAGUAACCUUGCAACCGCGGGACCUGGGUCCCAGGCCGUUGCAGCAGUUUACCUGCCCUGAAGGUAUGCCAGCAGCCCACGGUCAGAGGAGUGACGGGCCCGGUUGCAGCGCUGACUCCUGCGACCGUGGUAGGGACGCCACUGGGCUGAAGUUAAGCGUUGAUGAUUAGCGGCAGCUGAUAAAUAGUAGUCACAGGUAGGAAACCAAUCACUACGUAGCAGUUAGCUGGUCUCAUAAAGAAUAAUGGGAGUUGUUAUUUGCAACAUAGCGGCUGGCUUUCUGUAGCAGCAACUCCGUGUAGCUACAUCUCAAAUUUGACAGUCGAUACCCAGGCUGUACUUACUGAUGGGCACUUUAGAGAGUAGCAACUGGCCGGUAAAAAGUAACAACAAAAUUAGAAACUAGCCCAAAUUUGUAUAUGUAGAAUGAUAGAAUGAUGUAAUUUGUAACUAUAAAUAUACAAAUGGCUAGUUUGUAUUUAUAAGAAUUAUGUCUGCCUACACAAUAGCUAUUUCUGAGCUGUGUGAAUGUAUUUGUGUGCGCUUGCUCACAAUGUAGGUCCGAAGGUAUAAGUUGUGUUAGUUUGUACCUAAUUGUGUAGCAAAUAUUUCUGUGUGUUUAAGUUGUGUCUUGGUGUAAGAGUGCUAUGUCUUUGUGUUUUUCAGUAAAGGCUGUGUGUGCCCUUCACGUGUGCAGGAAUCCUCUCUGUGUGUGUUGUGAUCUUGUCUCCACAGGAUUCCUGUGUUUAUUUGAUCCAUACAGUUCCUCCCAGGAAUCCUGUCUGCAUUGUGGAUGAUAUUGGAUGUUUUUCUGUCUUUGGGGAUCAUGCACAGCCCUCAUGGUUUCUCUUCCCUUUGAAAGGCUAUAAUGCAUCCCGAUGCUGGAUCUCAAGCCAAGAUGAUGGCCAGGGCACAGAGCUUCCUCCCUGCUCCACGUGACUCAGCGGGUAGAAUGACACUGGCACAUCAGGUCUGAUGGCCCAGGCAUGGUUAUAAUGUAAUAGACAAAAAAAGUUCAAAAGAAUUUAGAAUGACAAUGCAACAUUAGUGGCCUAGAUUUACUUAAGUUUGUAGGUUAUAGCAAAGAGAUUGUCACCUGACACUCUCAGGAUUAUUCGCUAGAGUGAGAAUUUUGGGAAUUCAAACUGAAUUUAAACUUUAAGGCCAAACUAAUCAAAAUGGAAGGAUUUUUUAUUUUUGACUAUUUCGACCUUAAAUUUGAAAUUCCCUUUGAAUUCCCAACAAUUAUUGGCGAAUAACUCUAAGUGAUAUUAUUACAUCUGGUCUGACCAUUGAGAUGUAGAGACAUUUUAAAAAGGCAAAAAAACUAAACAAAAUAAAACCCAAAACAGUUGUCUAGAUUAUUAGUCUGAUUGUCUCAAAGUAGAAUAUCCAGACUGAAACAGGUCUGUAUAAGUGGGCCACUUAAUGGCACUUAUCUAAAAUUAACUUUUUGCCUUAAACCAAUCUGACAUUAAAAAAACAUAUCUGUUUGUUCAUAAAUUUGCAAAACAUUAACUCUUUUGGGACCAAUAGCAAUAGCCAGGUUGUAGGCCCAUACAGCUAUCUUGAUUUGAUGACUCCAGCAUGCUGGCAAAGUGAAAUAUUAAACUAAUUCCCAAUGUAGGUCCCAUGUUGUGUUAGAUCUAGAGGAGAUCAGUUAUCCAACGAAAGAUAGGCCUAAUCGGACACAUCACAUUCAUUGCCAUCCCCAUAAAUGGGGAAAAAUAGUUAUAUGUACUAAGAGUUUUUCCACUAGAUUCAUGAUCACAGAAAUUAAUAUGUUCAAGAGGUCAGACAUCUUUACAAAAUGUAUUUAUCUGCAGUGAUACUUUCCUGCGGAACACAUUUACAGUAACAAAGAUUGUCGCUAAAGGAGAUGUUCUGACCAUUGAAUGUGCAUUGUGCAAUGCGAGGUGACAGUGUGGUUGCAGUGAUUCUGCUUACAGGAUGUGCUUCACUUGCUGCACAAAGCACACAGUGACAGAGAAGAGACUUUCACUUCUUACAGGUGCACAGUUGUGAUGGUGUCCAAAAGAUUCACUGCACCAUAACUACUACAGUUAGCUGAGUUGACCAUGAUACUUAAAAUGUUCCUUUAAGGAUCCAUUAUCAAUUGUUUUAAUUGUAUUGCUUUUUUUUUUCCUUCAAACUUUCAGUUGUCCUUUUUCAAUGUGCAGAUGAGGCAGUCACUGGAACACAUGAUAUAUUUAAUUCACCAGUGAUUUAUAUAGUUGUGGGCAUGGGGAGGGUGACUCUCUGGCACUUUAUAAAUGGUACAGGAGCUUUGGCACUAUUAAUGUGUGGUGUGAAAAUCAUAGAGACCUGGUAAUAAAUUAAUGUGAUUUUGUUAGUUGCAAUGGGUUGUGAACUCCAUUAAGCCACUAGGGAAAGGUAGUAUUAAUGUGGAGAGGCAGAUGGUGAUAUUGGGGGUGGUAAAAGGGGAGAUGGUGACAAUUGAAUGGAAAGGAAGGGACAUUGGGGUGGGAUGGGAAUGGGUAAGAGUGACAAUGGCAUUGGAAUGAGGUAAUGAUGGGAGGAGGAGGAGGUGAUGAGUUUAGAAUGACCUGACGAUGACAAGAAGGGGUGAAAGAGUUGGGAUGAAGAACAUCUGGUUUGGGAAAGAUGAAGAAAGACUGGGAGAUGUGAUGAAAAGAGAUUGGGUAGAGGGAGUUAAAGUGAAACUGGAGAGGGACAGAUGAAAGGAGACUAGGGAGGAAGAGAUAUGAAGGGAGUGAAAAUGGACUAGAGAGAGGAAAAUGAAAUUAAAAAUAAUGGACGAUGAAGAGUUGACAGGAGAUUGAUGGGGAAGAGAAAGGGACAAGAAGAAUGAAUAACCACUCUGGUGCCUUGUGUAGAAGUAUCCCUGCAAAAUACAUUGCCCAAAAAUGAAUCUCCCCUCACAAACUUCAACGCUACCUCCUGUCAUUCCGUCUAAUAUAUAUCUUUAAGUUUCUAUGCUUUUACCUACCCAAUCUCCCUCGGCGCUGGUGACCUCUCCUCCCCGCUGACGUCAGCUCCCGAGUGGAGUGGAAUGCGCAUGCGUGGCAAAUGCCGCACGUGCAUUCAAACAGGCCAUAGGAAAGCAUUUCUCAAUGCUUUCCGAUGGACGGUCUGCUCGAUGGAUGCGAAAUUCGCAUGCAGCUUCGCAGAUGCGCCUCUAGCGGCUGUCAGGAAGACAGCAACUAGAGGUUGGAUUAACCCUUAAUGUAAAUAUAUCAGUUUCUCUGUCCCUUUAAUUUCCUCUUCACAAAAUCGGAUGUGAUGUGUCAUUUUACAUGAAUGUAUAUUUGAUGCAUGCAUUACAUUAUAUCAUGUGCAGAGCCAGGUGCGGCUGUGAAGUGCCAUCCGCAUGAUGUAGAACAUGAAAUCAUAAGGCUCGUAAAUAGAAAUGAAAUGAUGUAAUGUAGAAAAUAACAUAUUGCAGCACUGGCUAGUACAUCUGUCUGGAAAAUAUCACACUUUUUACAGAAUUUACUCUUUUUCAUCCAUAUUACUGCAUACUUGUCACACCUUCUGCAUUAACAGGGGUGAAGACCCUAAUUUUAUGCUGACCCAAGAGGUACUUAUAUAUACCAUAUAUUAUACUUUUUUUUCUAAAACAAAAUAAAGGAAGAUGUGUACUGUGGUACGUAUCAUUGAGCAAAUGAUAAAAAAAAAAAUACAGAGAUGCGGUCACCCUAAGACUAAAAAUUGCCAGCCCUCCCCUCCAGAGACCCUCAUUUUAUUUGUUUUAUGCACUUUGUCAUGUGUGCUGUACAGUGAGCAAAGGAUAGAUCGUAAAAUAACUCGGCAAUAUUCUGAUAAUUCUGGAGUUUUCUUUCUUGACAUUCUUUGAUUAGUUUUUAAAUCUUUCCAAGAUAUCUGUCUUAUUCUUCAGUUCCUUUCAAGAGGCAGAUGUGCAGAAAUCUCCAAAUCUGCCUCUGAAUGGCUCCAUAUUGGUCAAUUUGGAUGUAAUUUAUUGCUUUAUAAAGAUCUAAAGUUCUGAGCAAAUGGGUGAAAUGCGUGGGAUUUCCCUAAGUUUUGCAUUUUGGAUGCCAAGUUUGAUUUUACUUUUGUUAUGGUUUGGUUAUACAAUUUGACUACUGAUAAACUUACAAAGAAUCAGACUACUGUUUGUCAAAUACUAGAAGUUGGAGAAUGGAGCACCAGAAGUGUUAUAACUGCAACCACUAAAAUACCAAGGCUAAAAAAAAUUAUAACAACUCUUGCUUUUUUAUUAUAUGCACCACAUAUAUGUUUAGCAUAUUUUCCCCAUUUUUUUUUUUGUUUAUUCUCAUUGCUUUAUCCUAGCUUUAAGUGCACCCCAUAACCCAUGUUAUAUAAUUGGACAGCAAAAAUAAAACUAUUUUCUCCAUAGAAGACAUGCACACACCACACGAUACAUAUAAUUAUAUAUAAUGUUUUUUUUUAAUUAAAAAAGUAUAGUAAUGGGUUAUAGACAAAUAAAAGUCUGAGAUGACACUUAUGGAACAGGUUCUACAGUUCAGGUAUUAACCAACUAAACUAGCUUAAUAGAUGCUUAGCUGAACACUCCUUCUCAUGUCACUGUGUGUCCAACCACCUGUCCCUUUUCAUUGAUACAUGGCCUUGCUACACUGAGGACAGAUAGUUUUGGUAGAAUGCUUUGUGAAGUCUUUUGAAGUUUUAAUUAGAAUCAGCUUAUUAGAAUACAUGGGAUGUAUAGGAAUUAUUAUCUGAUUUGUGCCUCCUUUCGCUUAAAUAAUUCAACCUGUCCAUUCCCAAUCUUCUAUCCACACCACCCUCUUAUGGUCUGGAUCUCUCCUUUCAACACUCUCUCUACUUUUCUUUCUUGCUUUAAACUCUUUUCCAUGUUCCUCUCUCUUUCGUUCAGGUUCUCAAAGGAUUUCCAGAGUGCCUCCAAGCAGACAUCUGCCUACACCUCAACCGCACACUCCUCCAAAAUUGCAAAGCCUUCCGUGGUGCUACAAAGGGGUGCCUAAGGGCACUAGCCAUGAAAUUUAAGACUACACAUGCACCUCCAGGGGAUACGUUGGUUCACUAUGGAGAUGUGCUGACCACCCUCUACUUCAUCUCUCGUGGCUCUAUAGAAAUUCUCAGGGAAGACAUAGUGGUAGCAAUUCUCGGUAAUAAAGAUAAUACAUGAAUAAUUUAUCAUGCUUGAGUGCCCGUAUGCAUGUUUUGUUAACAUUCUAUUAUAUGUUAUAUGCCACGUUAUAUGUUCUUUACUGUCAUGAAAUUUUCAAAAUGAAGACCCUGCCAUUUAUUCCACCAAAGUUAUGUACCCGAAGAAAUAAAACUCAGGAUAUGUUGGUGUAUUUUUAACAAAUCAUACAAUCAGUGCUUUUCACUAACGUUUGAGUUGUCAGGAGUAACCCUGUAGGACUCAUCACACUAGUUAUACGACACUGUAUAGAAUCAAUAUUGGAAGUAUAAAAUUUAAUUAAACGAGAGCAGUCCAGAGACAUUGUGCACCACUGCCUUUCUAUCAGGUAUAAACACUGUGUGCCAAGCAUGAUUUAUAAGCAACACUAAUGCAAUGGUAAGAUCUGGGGUAUCAUAUAGUAGCCUUUCAACUGGACAUUUUGUUGCUUUUCAGUAAUGAUAGCAUCCUCUUGAGCCGAAAAGUAACGUCAUAAGCAAAUUUUUAGUCCCUUACCUCUAAUUCCAAAUUUUCCAGGGCAAUUAGGUAUACAUAUUAAAAUUGCCACUUCCAGAAAAGUUUCCAGAUCUCAAACCCAUACCAUAAUUUCAUUUUUGUUGUUGUUCUUUUAUAUUGUUACUUUGACUUUCUGAUUACUUUUUUUUACAGGUAAAAAUGACAUAUUUGGGGAGCCAAUAAGUCUAUAUGCACGGCCUGGGAAAUCGAAUGCAGAUGUGAGGGCACUGACUUACUGUGACCUUCACAAGAUUCAGAGGGAAGAUCUUCUUGAGGUUCUGGACAUGUACCCAACGUUCUCAGACUGCUUCUGGAGCAACUUGGAGAUUACCUUCAACCUUAGAGAUGUAAGGAGGUUACAUUUAAAAGUCUGGGAAAUUAGUAGAGGAAUUACCUGGAAUGAGAUGGAAAAUUGCUAUAAAUAUGGCUGCACUAAUUGUUGAGCAAAAAAAGAAAGAUCUUAGAUAUGUAGAUACAUCAGCCUGAGGUACAUCCAGUCCAGACAGCUUUACUGUUAAUAGAGGAGGCUAAAGCUAUGUGCUUUAUAAUUAUUGUGACGGAGCUUAGAACUCAGUCUAAGUAUCUCCGUUAAUAUCCCUCCUUUUCCAGCAGGACAACUUCAAUAAUUAUAGCAUCUCACCCAAACAUCAGCCUAGACUUAAUGAAGGGUGAAAACACUUUAUGUGGUUCAAAUGUGCAUAUUUAUCCACAGACUGAAACUAAGGAGAUACCACCCAGGCACCUCUGUGUUUGAGAGAUAACUAGGUCAAGAAACACUGAUCAAAUCAGCCUCCAGACAACAAGGUGCCUUAACAGAAAAUCCCCAAACACACAUCUAAACAUCACAAAACCCCACAUUUGGUAUGCCCAAAAUAUUACUGCGAUCUGUCACAGGGGGUCUGAGCUAACUCAGAUUAAAGUUUCACCAGGCUGUUUCAAAGUUCGUAUCUACUCGGCAGUUUCACAGAGUUUCAAGUUGGUCCUGGUCGGGCGCAUGGAACCCUCAGUCUGUUGAAGUCUGGUCUGGGCAGGCCAGCUUGGCACAGGAUGACUUAGACAUAAGAGGGGACCAUGAAACUUACAAAAGGAGACCCCCUUAAAUCCAUCAUGGCCCCCCUCCCAAAUUCAAACCUACCCACAUAUAUGAUAAGGGCCGCCGUGACACACACAUUGAAACACUAAAUCUGGAACCACGUGUUUCCAGCCCUAGGCAAUUGCUGUAACAAUGAUCUUACAUCUAAAAUGAACUAAAAUUAGUUGCUUUAGGAAUUGUAUUGAACAGAGAAGAUAUUGACUGUUCUGAGAAUGAUACGGGUUGCAUUUUGUUGCUGUGGAACAGACAAUUCUACCACAAUAUGAUAUGUAAUAAGGCCAUUGAUAAAGUUUAAAAACUGUCUCUUGACACUGUAUGUGCCAUGCAAAAACAAAAUGCAUUUUUUUCUCCAUAUCAGGCAGAUAGUAUCCCCAGAUCGCCCACCAGUGAGGAUUAUAACUGCAGUUACCGUAGGACGAGGAGAUGCAAACAAACAGGCAGACGACGAAAGAAGCAUGGUGAGUCCAAGUACAGUAUCUUAGAAAUUGAACAUAUUCUUUUUCUGGGGUGCUAACACUCCCCCUUCCACAGCAAUGUGCACUAAUAAGUAAUUAGGUAUGAAUUCUUCUAUUUAAAAGUUUAUUAGCAAUACAUAGUAGCAUCCACAAAUUGACUGUUGUGUGUACUUUGGGGAUUAUUGGACUCAGGCGUCUUGACAAUCCUCUGGCCACAUAUAGUCAUUUUAAAUGUGGACUGUGUUUCUACCAUCUAAUCGCACUGCACUUGACAGGGCACAGUUAUAAUUGCUGUCUUUGCACGCAUGUGGUGAAAUAAGAAGAGAGACUGUUAUUGGUAAUUGAAGCUCUAAGGACUCCAUUUACUUAAUUUAUUUGCAGACCAUUAUGUUGGUUGAUGUAAAAACCUCUUGUUCAUUUUUUUCAAGGGGAUCCUCUUUGUGGUGAACCGCUGUCACUAAGUACCAUGCCUACUGCUUAUUUGUGUGAUUUCCCCUUGUAUUCUGUGUCUCCCCAUGUAUUUGUAUGCCUUUCGUGUAUUUUGCCCUUUUGACCGUUCGGGCGCGCUCAUGCAAAUGGAGUCCGUUUGCUUCCCGAACGCGGACCACCCCGGUACCCCAUUAGAAUGUUUACACCAAUCAAUCAGAACGUUCGCAUAAGUGCGACAUAAGUAUGAAACCACAAGGGAAGUAAUUAAUGAGUGCUCCCCUGGGUGGCUGCCAUUUUGUAUAGGCGAACGCCACCCAGGGGGAGCAUUUGUAUCCCGACAGGAUACGCUUCCCUUGCAGGGUCUUCACACUUGGACUCCACGAAUGAGUCCCUGAUAUUGCUGGGGACACUGUUAGGGUACUGGUGGUUCAGAUCACCCUACCUGCUCCUAACAGAGCUAUAAUCACUGUUUCCCCUCCCGGGAACGCUCUCCCCGGAGCUGCCUAAGUGGAGACCCUGGGGCUGUGAGUCGGCUUCGCUGUGUCAGGGUAUUUAUAUCGGCAGACAUCUUGUGCUAUGAUAGAAAUUAAAAGUGUAUAUUCUGAGUCACUCUGAACAGAGCAGACUCCAUUUUGUUAUUUCCAAGUUAACAAAAAGACACAAGAUUUCUAUCUGUAAAACUAACCACUUUGCCAGAGCUAAAGGAAUGCAUAGUAUAAACAAGUGAUAAGAAGAACGAGGGUUGGAUAGACUGUCUAAAAUGCUAAUGGAAUAGUUCAAUUCUAAACCCAGACAUUUGUGACAGAGAAGAUUAAAUAAUUUAAUUUUACUGUCUAUAUAUGUAAGGUACCAUUGUAAGUUAUGGGUCAAAACUCAGAUUUGCCAGACACAUAGUCUGGACAAAACUUAAAGAAACCCUUUGAAAUUUUAAAUUAUGGCACUAUAAAGAUAACGCAAAAUGACGUCAAAAUAGCCACCAGGAAAAGUUAACUCUUUCCUGGAUAGGUAUGUUUAGUGGGACAAGACUGCCCUCUAUAGACCAAAUACCUAAAUUGCGAUCUGGAAGAUAACCACACCUCUAGUGCUUCUAUUGGGUUAUCAACUGAUGACGUACAGAGAGUCUGGCCCUUUAAAAGUUAGGACAAAGGGAAGAUAGGAAGGCAAAGGAGGAAAAAAGAGGAGAGAGGAAUUGGAAGUUUGGGGACUCCAACCUCCAUGCAGAGAAACCCAGGACAACAUCUGAGACUAACACUCUACUCUUAAAACUCUAACACUUAGAAUUUCACUGACUUUCUAACCAACACCACCUUUCACCAUAACUCAUGCACCUAGAGACAUCCAAAUAAGUUCCUGAGACUAUCUACCAAUCGGAUGAAAUAUCUACUCAACUGGUAAUUAUACUGGUUUCAUUUAAUUAAUUAAAUUAAUUAAAAUUUACUAAUAGCAUUAUAUAUGACUGGAUAAAGCACGGUCAGAUUUCCAUAUUAAGAAAUCUUAGUUAACUAAAGAAUAUAUAGUUAUAAACAUUCCAUUCUGCAGGUGGAAUUAAGAAUAAUUAUAUAUUGAUGUGAUAUUAUCACGUGUUAGCAUACCGCUGUUUUUAUCCAGGUGUAUUGAUUUGCUCUAAUAUAAGAUAGAUAUCUUUUAGACAAAUUAAAAUUAAAAUCUGCUUAUAUAAUAUGGUAGAUUCUCUUAUUGGAUGGUUCCAGGAAAUGACUAAUGAACUGGUUUAAAUGUUAUUUUAUUUAAAAUUACAUAAGAAUAGAUCUUAAUUACUUAGGAGAUCUAGCCAGCAUUGAAAGGGUUAUUCUAACUGUUAGCCAGGGUUUUAUGGCCCUUCGCUGUGAAAAGCUUCGCUUUCAGUCUGUGUGAAAGAUAGUCAUAAAUCGUCAAAACUCUUGACAGAAAAUGCUGUUUAGCCAUUGAAAUGUGUAUAGCCAUUCCUUUGUAUUGCAUACCAUUUUAUACUGGAUAUUCAUUGAUUAUUAUCACGCAUGUUACAUAUUAUUAUUAUUAUUAAUUAAUUUGUCAUUAUAAAAUAAAAUCUAUUUUUAUAAAUUGUGAUAUUAUUUAUAUGAAAUACUUCUCACUUAACACGAUAAACGUUCUUUGGGAUCUGGGAAUUGAAUUAGUGGGCAAUUCUCACUGUUACUAUUAUUAUCUCAUAAAUAUCCCCACAGCUGCCACUGAGCCCCGCUGGCCACCUGGAAGUACACGCCGAACAAUCAGGAGAAAGAGCUCCCAUUCAAACUGUGAUCGCGCCAUUUGAUGGGUCAGCAUGAGUGAGUGCUGAUUGGUCGCUGUAGGGUGCAGACGACCAAUCAGAGAAGGAGCGCCAUUCAAACAGCGUUUUGCAACCUUUCUCCUGAUUGGGUGGUGAAACCCCUCUCCUCCUCGAGCGCCGACUUGUGCACAGGGGUUUUGCGCCCUUUCUCCAGAUUGGGCGGCCAAACCCCUCUCCUCCCUGAGUGCUGGUUCACACCUUUUUCCCGGAUUGGCUGUUGCUUGGGUUAGGCGCGAAGUUUGAAUUCGCCGGACUAAACCAAGCAACACUGUAGAACUCAUUUCAGGGAUGUACAGAGCCUCAAGCUCAGACUUUAGACAAUAGUUUCUAGGGCUCUGUAUAUUCGAUAGCUCCGCUGUUUGCAGGAUUCCUAGUUGGGACCAGGUCCUAUCCAGUGUCAUGUUUUACAUGUGUGAUCCCUUCCAUUUUCUGGCCGCGGAGCCCCUAAGUUUGCCCCCCUGUAUGUAAUAUGUUUUAAUGUAUGAAACUGUUGUCCUGUUGGUAUCUUCCAGAGCGGGAGACGGUUAUCUGUAUCCCAUCUCCCCUCCUGCCUGGGACUAAGGGACGUGUACUGAACUGAAUGGAAACCCCCUGCGGGGAUCUGUGCAUAAAAGCUGUGUGUUUCAAUGAAGCAUUGUCAGUGUUUAUUUUAGCCAUUUUAUUUGUUUAAUUAGUUGUUUUUAUUUUAGUGAGGAUUUUUGAUGCUAGCUAGAAAAUGUAAACCUGCAUUGAAAAGAUUUUGGACCUAAAAAAUAAAUGAAUAAACUUGGCCGUGCAGAGGUGAGGUCAUAUUUUACAUUUAGGGUUAUGCAAGAAACUCCAGAUUUUAGCGGAUUGAAAUCCAAAAGGCAAAAUAGCUGAUCUGUAAAAACUCUCCAACUCAACUUUUUUUUAAAAGUUUUUUUUAUAUAUUAUUAUUCAUUAUUAUAUAUUAUUAUUUAUAUUAUUGGCUGUUUUCCAAUUUGAAUUUAAAUUCACUACAAUUUUGAGUUGGGAAAAGAAACCUUACUGGAUGUUGACCAGAACUCUUUAUCAUUUUAAUCAGAAAUUAACCAUUUUGGGACUUUCCAUAAUUCCAAGAGUGGCAUUUAUUUUUUGCUCAACAAUGGCAUGCAUACCUCCCCCAGCUGAUGACAGUCAAACAGAAGCGACGAACAGUUAGAAUUUCAAAUAACAUUCCGUGGUGUAAGUUGGAACUCUGCAUUAGUGCACACUGUCUCUACUUUUCCCUUUAGAUGGUCUGGAGGAUAUAAAUUCUGAUGCCGAGCAGUAUCAUACAUACUCAGAACUCACCAACCUGCAGCGGCCUCUGAGCCGUGAGCAGUGGGACGAGAUGGCCAGCAGCACCACUCCCUGCUCCCAGACAAGCGAUGAUGAGACCAAACCACUCAACUCAGGACGCCUGGACAGACUGCCACCUGCGGACAAGCAGGAAUUCAUCCCCGCUGUGGUAAAUUUGGUCACAGCCAAUAUUAGCACCCGGGAUGGAGGAAGGAACGUGCUGGAGACUGUGGAGACUUAUUCUGGUGAGUGAGUUAUGGGUUUAGAUGUGAUUGGUUACUUCUGGCAUUGGUGACUUCUUCUCUCUUUUUAUUUUUCAUUAUUUAAAAUAAAAGUCAUAGGGUUAUUCAUCAAAUACUGAAUUGUAGUACACUAAUAAUUGGACUGCAAACUAUAGGCCAAAAAUGACUAAUUUUGGAAAUAUUCUAAAAACAUUUUUUUCUUCUUUAUUGUGGCCUUGGAUACUGUCAUAAGCCCUCGAAGAAAAAUAAAGAUAAUAUUGUAUGUGUGGCGGCCUACUCACAGGUAGCCCAAAUAUCACCAUCAAGGACUCCCUUCCCCUCAGUGAUUAUAAUCCAGAGUAUAUAGCUCAGUGAUUAUAGCUAUUAUAGCGGGUUCAUCCAAGCACUAGCCGAGACUUAGUGUAGGGUGAAGUAGAACUGAUUUUAUUGAGUGAAUGGCACACUUUUACACCUGGGUCCAUAAAAGGAGGUCCCCAGGAGAACAAUGAACAUUGCGAUAUAUCUGGCACCUAGGUGCCUAUACCUGACCAGGUAAUUUAAUUAGCUGCUAGACACUUCUGCGCCAUUUUGACCAAAAAGCACUUGGAUUGGAGGCAUCUCCCAUGCUACGUUUUUAAUGUGAACUGCACCACAGUUAUAACCUUUUUUUGCUGGUGGCAAUCCCCCAAAGCAUCAAUUUAUACUCACCCAUGAUUGAUUAAUAUUAUUUACAGAUGUAUGUGUUGAGAGAAGAGAACUUGAACUCUCCUCUUCUGUCGUUUUUUUUUUUAUUUCUACUCAAAUCAGCCUCUCCCAUUGAGGUUCCAAACUUGUUCAGUUUCUGGGGAGAACAUCAUGCAGCGGCUUGCCCUGAACCUCCGCAGCACAUCUCCCUCGUGCACAACCCGAUGGAUCCACCACUCACUCCGGAUGACAGACCAGUAGAGGUGGAAUCACGUCUGGAGCUUCUCCAGGUUCAGCUAGACAGGUGUGAAAAAACAGGUUUCAAUGAAGUCCACAUACAUUGUGGGUUAAAAUUUAAAGAAACAUUCCAUUAACCAUAACCACUACAGUGGCUAAGGUGUAGUGGUUAUACUGCCAGGAGUGCUCUCAUGUUUAAAUUAAUGUAAUGUAGUAGUAGGCGUAACAAAAUAUGGAAUUAUGGUAUAACUGAAUCCACAUAUUUGUUUGCUAAGAUAAGUGAUUUUCAGUAGUCUUGUAACAUUUAAAACUAUUUUUCUUGUGUGUAUGUUGUUCCCUAUCUAUGCUCUGGCACCUACCCAGUAGUUAGUAGGUAGUCAAAUCAUUUAGGAAGGGUUUGACAACUCAUCUGGUUUCCACUGGGUGCCUGUUGCCAGGUGCUACGGUUAAUGACCUAAGCCUGGCUGUGCAAGGCCUUGCUCUUUGGCUGAGACGCUCAUCUGACGCUUUUAGUCAAUAAGCGUAGACCUGUAUGACUUUGUUUAUCUCACAGAAGGCACUGAUGGAGCUCUGUGAUAUUAAUAUAACUCUGGUUCCUCUGGCAGACUGGAGACGAGAAUGUCCACCGACAUCAACAUAAUCCUGCAACUGCUUCAAAGGCAGGUCUCCCAAAUCCCACCUGCGUACAGCCCUAUCUCCCCCAGCUCACACACUUUGGGACUCUAUCACACGGCAUCCAAGAGCCUGGAGCCUCUACAGAGCAGUCCAUCCCUACCUACAGACUCACCGAUAUCUCCGCUCCAGGUGAGUAGAACUCUUACUGAUUCUUCCAGUUUUCAAAAUGGGGUCUGGAUUCCACUACAAGAGGUGGAAUUAACUGUAAUACUCUGAGAGCAUGUGAAUCACUUCAAAGUAUUGCUGUAUAAAUACUUAUUAUUAUUAUGUGUGCAGAAAGGAUCUCUCUCGGUAGGGUGAUCAAACCCCUGUGCUCCACUGAGGGUAUGGAGGGAGUCAAAAAAAUUGAGAUUGACUCUGUUUACUGUCCUCAAUAAUCAGAUCACUCCUUUCUUGGUAAAAUUAAGACCCCAGAAGUACUGAAAAGACUCUAGAGAAGGUAUUUAGCAAAAAAAAAAAAGUACAUAUUAUGUUGAAUGAGUGAAUAUGAAUCAUAGAAUUUAAGUAAAAAAUAUUUUGCCAAGCUAAGAGCACGUACAUGACUUUAAGGUAAUGAUUAAGAUUCAAACACUGUACUAGAGUUUCAACUUUUUGGGUUUGUGCUCCUUGCAAAAUAUAAUUAAAUGUACAGUAUUUAUUUUAUUCUAUUUUGUUUCUCUUUACCUAUCAUAGAGCCCUGGUCUGACUGACUAUUAUGACUUGGAGCCUCUGAACCUUAAAUCUAGUGUUCUGCACCUCAACUCAGGAUCCCAAGACCUAGUGAACCGCAUCCCAGUAAACAGACUUCCUCAAGUCCAUGUUCGUCCACCUUCUGAAACCCAAGCAAUCCUCGGAGGCUUUCGUUUUCCAUCCCUUCCUGAGCACUUGGAAUCCCCUUCUCCUCCGGACCUAGAAUUUCAAAGACACCUUUCAGACCCAGGGCUACCAGGAAGUUAG